CCUUGGAUACUGGUUGCUAAGGAAACCUUGCAGGGCGCUCGGUUGCUAAGGAGAGCUGCUCUCACUUGGAUCGGAACCAAAAUGGACGCCACAGCGAAACCCCUGCGAAUCCCCCCUGAGAUGGCUGUGUAUGCCGAGGAGCACAAGGUGUUCGACAUCAUCCAGGUGAGGGAGCAGAAUCCAUUGCUAACCUGCGGCACCAUGUUAGAAUACUGUCAUGGAUCAUGGCUCCAGCUUAAAGGACAUGGAGAAGGGUGUUUAAAUAAGGGUGCAGUCCGUGCAGAGUAUUAUGGGUGGGGGCAGAUGUUUAUGGGAGGCAAUGCAGGGUACAGAGUAUUAUGGGGUGCAGUACAGCACUUGGGGCAUGGAGAAUGGGGUUUAAAUGAGGAGUGCAGAGUAUUAUGGGUGGGGGCAGAUUUUUAUGGGAGGCAAUGUAAGGUGCAGAGUAUUAUGGGUGGGGGCAGAUUUUUAUGGGAGGCAAUGUAAGGUGCAGAGUAUUAUGGGUGGGGGCAGAUUUUUAUGGGAGGCAAUGUAAGGUGCAGAGUAUUAUGGGUGGGGGCAGAUUUUUAUGGGAGGCAAUGUAAGGUGCAGAGUAUUAUGGGUGGGGGCAGAUUUUUAUGGGAGGCAAUGUAAGGUGCAGAGUAUUAUGGAUGGGGGCAGAUUUUUAUGGGAGACAAUGCAGGGUACAGAGUAUUAUGGGGUGCAGUACAGCACUUGGGAAGUAUAGGAAGUAAUGUAGAUUUCAGGGUAUUACACCGUAAAUGUAGGUUACAGAACAUCACGGGGUGCAGAUUUUUUUUGGCGGGGGGGGGGGGCAAUGUUGGGUGCAGUUCAGCACUUAGUGUAUUAUAGGAAGUAAGGUAGGGUACAGGACAUCAUGAGGUGCACACCAGUAUCUAGGUCAUGGAUUAUAGAAUGCACAAUUACAAUUAUUUGUAUAUCGCCAAGAUAUUCCACAGCGCUGUACAAUAGGUAAACAAGGCAAACAUUUAAUUCUAACAAAACAUGCGCUACACAGGGGAACAGCAGGGAAGAGGACUCUGCCCAAUCGAGCUGCCCUCCCCGCACUCUCCCGUCCCCGAGCUGAGAAAGGUGGAAAACAACUUUUUACUUACCCGAUUUCCAGUGCUGAUGUCCCUUGGUGCUAGGUUGCUCUCCUCCUUUGCCGACAACAGCCGAUGGGGGGAACACCAAAUGCUUAUGCAUGGCAUGCAGAUUAGGUCUUCCCUAUAGGAAAGAACUGCUUAAAUGCUUUCCUGUCGGAUAUUAAAAGAUCCUGCCUCUAGUGUCCUUUUUAGGGGCAGUUUGGGCACCAUAUAUAUCUUGAUCGGACACAUACAGAUUUAUUCUCUAAAGUGAAAAAUUAAGGUGUAUUUCAAAUUUAAAGGAACACUCUGGGUACCAGAAUAACGCAUUAAAAAUUAAGUUGUUAUGGUGUUAGGAGGUCCCUGGCGCUGGUUCAUCUUAAGUGGUUAGACUGUUCUAAAAAGUUUUAACCCCAAAUUCUGUGGUCCAGCACCUAAUCUUCCUGCCUCUCUGUCAUUUUGGCCGAAACUGACUUGAAAAGAAACGUAUCUUAUUCAUGACUGUGGAGUCACUGAUUGGCUGAAAGCAUCAGCUGAUCACUCUAAGGCAAUCAGCGACGCACCUGCCUGAUUCUGGAAGAGCCUUCCUUGAUUUUAAGAAACGGAAGAACAGAGAGGCAGAUAGAUUUGGCGCUGGAACAAAGACUUUGGGGUUAAAGCAUUCAAGAUUACGUUGUUAUAGUGCCCGGAGUAUUCCUUUAAAUUUGAAAUUCACUUUAGUAAAUAACCCUGCAUGGGACUGAUCAGGAUGUGUAUAGAACGUUUUAGUGAAAUCACAAUCCCAUAUACAUAUAAGCUAUUCUUAAAACGUUUAAGGACCAGUAACAGCCAAUGCCAUUAUUAAAAAUCAAGUCAACCUUAUUACUAAAAUGAACUUUCCUACUCAUUGUGGAGACUUUGUGUAAAGAAAAGUUAUGAAGAAUUGAAGAGGAAUUGUGCAUAUUUAGGUCAAAAUAGCAUAGCUGUAAAACUUUUCCAAGCCAGUUAUUUAUCCAGCUUGACUAUUUUGUCUUAAGAUUUCAAAUUCCUUUCUCAAUUCUCCACAAUUUCUGGUUUAGAGAAUGCGUCCCAUAAUCCCACAGUUUCAAAAUAAAUAAGACUUUUCAUUUCUGGAAUAGGGUGGACCAGAUAUUUAUGAAGGCAGAGAUUAAAGAAUAGCUUAUACUGUAUAUUUUUAGAUGAGAUCUAGAUAGUGAGAUAGGUGCAUGUGUAAAUCCUGUUUAUCCUCAUUUUUUUUUUGUUGUUUUUUAGAAAAUGGUGGAGAGACUUCUAGUAGACAGACCAGAAAACACUAUUCAAUACCUGAUAGAUCACCUGCGCAAUGAUAAUGAUGAAGGUAAAGCUGAACAUCAGGAAUUGUUUAAUUGUUUAGAACUGUGUAAAACUCUGUUAAUUUAGUCUCAGAAUACCAUCUGAUUGACACACCAUGGUACUUUGCUGUGCAUGCCUGCAAGCCUCGCAAUGCUUUCCUAUGGGAAAGCAUUAGUUUGGCUGAGAUCAUUAACAUUGGAAGAGCUUCCCCAACGACACCUGCAAUGUGAGGGGAAAAAAAGACAAUUAAAAUGCCUCUUUUAACCCUGGCAGCACUGGUCCGGUUACCUAAAUGGUGACUAUGGCACUAUAGCAUUAGAAAUACAUAUUUGGGGGGGCGGGGCCGGACCGCCGAGCUGGACGGUCGCAGGCAAGCAGAGCUCCUGCACCACAACAAUAUAAACGACCAAAAACCAUGCCUUUAAAAUGAACAACAGACUGACAGCAACGAAGCCAAACGCAGAGGGACGGCUGGAUCCAGGGCGAGGCUGGCUCCACAAGCUACAGUCCCCUGGAAGAGAAAUUCUCGCUCUCGUGGGGCCUUCUCCGGCGGUGAGGCGGACGGCCGCUGCCCCACCGACCUGCAAUACAACACCCAACCUAAGGCACUAAUCCGGGCGGAUUCGGCCCUGUUCCCCCCCCCUAUGGACCGGGGGGGUGAUCCCGGUCCCCACCUUAAGGCUUUGACCGGGACGCCGCGGCUGAAGCUGUGGAGUCAGACUGAGAGAUCCAAGAUGGCGGGCGCCAUGUGCGCAGGGGACGAAGAGGUGACCGGCACCCAGCAUUAAUACCCACGGCUGACAACGCGGUUCCUACCUUCGAACCUGGCAAAGCUGAGAAGCGAGACCAUUGUCACCUCCACCCGCAGGUAUUUGAACCAGCGACAAUGGCAGCGUCAUGGGGGGAAGGAGGUAACCCGCGCAACGACCAUUGCUACCUGAAUGGACUGAGCCUGUCACCGGCGCGAAGACAGACCAACCACACACCCAGUCUGCAACAAAGCCACCCAAGAAUCGACAGCACCCUAUAGCGCUACAUAGGUGGCCCGUGGCCUGAUACCUGUUCCAGACACUCGACACAUGCCACACAGAUCGAGCAGAGCAGGUGUUGGUUACCAGUGGGACUCCCCGCGUAUGUGAGGACUCAGGACCACCAAGAAGACAACUCCCCGCGGAGGCAGCAUGGGGGUCCCGGCCGGCCGGGGUGGUAACAGCGCUUAAGCGUUCAACCGGACUCUAGCCUGUCUAUAACUAAAACAUACUUAUUGUUUAAACUUACAGCUUUAGCUUGCUUUUAUAAUAUAUGUUAUGCACCAGCAAUAUUCAGAGCAUUUAAAAUAUAGUCAACGCAUAGACACAACUUGAAUAUACCAUAUAGCUACUGGUAAAAUCGAAUGUUUAAACUUGUUACUAAUAUAAAAUGUGCUUGUCCAACUUGUGCCCCGCAUGUUGAGCGUGGGAAUUGCUGAGGGAUUGCUCUUGGGGCAUCUCUAGACUGCCUGUACGGUACACAUAUGCACAACAAAAAUAAAGAAUAAAAAAAAAAAAAAAAGAAAUACAUAUUUGAAUUCCUAAUGCUAUAAUGUUCCUUUAACAAUCAUACAUUACAUUUAACACUGCACUUUUGCAACACACCUUUCAACACUGCUUCCAGUUGAUUUCUAUGAAAAGUUUAUAUUUUUCCUAUUUGUAAGUAUGGAGUGCGUUGUUCAUUCACUGUGUCAUUUGCUUGCCUUUUUCCUGCGAGUCAUCUGUAAAGUGCUUAUAUUAAUAUGAAGCAAAAAUAUAAAAUACAUAGAUCACCUAUAAAGUGAUGAGUUGAUCAUUAUCUUAUUUGUGCACAAUACGACAGUGACAGUUUGGCAUAAUUGAAAAGUUCUAGGCUUAAAGUGCUUCUCCAAGCACCAUCACCACUUAAAGGACCACUAUAGUGCCAGGAAAACAUACUCGUUUUCCAGGCACUAUAGUGCCCUGAGGGUGCCCCCACCCUCAGGGACCCCCUCCCGCCCGUCUCUGGAAAGGGGAAAGGGGUAAAAACUUACCUUUUUCCAGUGCUGGGCGGGGAGCUCUCCUCCUUCUCUCCUCCUCCGUUACGACAAUGCUUUCCUAUGGACGCUGGCGUGCUCUCACUGUGAAAAUCACAGUGAGAAGCACGCAAGCGCCUCUAGUGGCUGUCAAUGAGACAGCCACUAGAGGCUUUGGGGGAAGGUUUAACCCAUUAAUAAACAUAGCAGUUUCUCUGAAACUGCUAUGUUUAUUAAAAAAUGGGUUAACCCUAGCUGGACCUGGCACCCAGACCACUUCAUUAAGCUGAAGGGGUCUGGGUGCCUAGAGUGGUCCUUUAACAGAUUGAAAUGGGUCAUGGUGCCUCGAUACUGUAUGUGCAGCGUAUUGCUGGCAGUGGGCAUCAUUAACCAAUGUAAUUGGGGCUAAUGUGAAUUCUUUGCAUAUUUGAGUUUAUAAUCAGAAUGUGCAGCAUGCUGGUGACAUGUCUAAACCUACUGCACAUUCAGCGGCCACGCGUCAAUGUGUCUUACUCCUGCAGCAUGUCGGUGGAUGCCGGCUGCUGUGGAUCCACACUAAUUUGUAACCCAACGUCCGCCCACGGCAUUGGCGACGUCGGCAUGCAUGUGACGUCACGUAAAGGAUGCACAUGCACGUUCUGGGGUCAAAGGUCAGGUACGACCAAUCGGAUCUGAGAGGCCUAUUAAAACUCCUUUUGCCUUUUCCUCAUUGCCCUGUCGUGGUUUCCCUAGUGGUUGUCCGAGAGUGUAUUUCUGAGUGUUUAUUUCUGGUUAUUGACUUUGGCUUCGUUUGACUUCCCUGUAUUCUGGUAUCCUUGACUUUUGGCUUUCCCUCAUCGUUGUGUCCCCGACCUCAGCAAGUAUUCUGACUAUUCUUUGGUACAUUAAGUCCGGCCAUUCUAAGGCCUGGCAAGUUACCUGUUAGUCCUAGGUGUGAUACAGUUCUACGUGCCGGAUCAACUUGUAAUCCUGACAGAUCUCAAGGCAGCUGGGACCAUAGUCACCAAGAAAACAAUUAGUAACACACUACGCCGUGAAGGAUUGAAAUCCUGCAAUGCCUGGAAGGUCCCCCUGCUCAAGAAAGCACAUGUACAGGCCCGUCUGAAGUUUCCCAAGAACAUUUGAAUGAUUCAGAGGAGAACUGGGUGAAAGUGUUGUGGUCAGAUGAGAAUCAAACCGAGCUCUUUGGCAUCAACUCAACUCGCCGUGUUUGGAGGAGGAGGAAUGCUGCCUAUGACCCCAAGAACACCAUUCUCACCGUCAAACAUGGAGGUGGAAACACUAUGCUUUCGGGGUAUUUUUCUGCUAAGGGGACGGGACAACUGCACCACAUCAAAGGGACGAUGGACAGAGCCAUGUACCGUCAAAUCUUGGGUGAGAACCUCCUUGAAAAGAACCACAUUGAAAAUGUGUCGUGGAUGGGUAUUCCGUAUCAUCAAAACUGGAAGUGCACUCCGCUCCUCACUAGGGAAUCCAGGGUGCUCUUGAAAAAGUCCCAGUACCCAAAAGGACCAAGCAGAUACAUUUGUAGAAAAUUAUCAAGGCACUCCAAUAGUUUCCAAUUUUUAAGGCAAUUUAUUUGGACCAGGAACUACAAAGCAACGUUUCAGCCCCAACAGGGCUUAUUUCAAGCUUGAAAAAAGCCCUGUUGGGGCUGAAACGUUGCUUUGUAGUUCCUGGUCCAAAUAAAUUGCCUUAAAAAUUGGAAACUAUUGGAGUGCCUUGAUCAUUUUCUACAAGUGGAUGGGUAUUCCAGCAUGACAUUGACCCAAAACACACAGCCAAGGCAACAAAGGAGUGGCUCAAGAAGAAGCACAUUAAGGUCCUGGAUUGGCCUAGCCUGUCUCCAGACGUUAAUCCCAUAGAAAAUCUGUGGAGGGAGCUGAAGGUUCGAGUUUCCAAACGUCAGCUUCGAAACUUUAAUGACUUGGAGAGGAUCUGCAAAGAGGAGUGGGACAAAAUCCCUCCUGGGAUGUGUGCAAACCUGGUGGAAACUUCUGACCUCUCUGAUUGCCAACAAGGGUUUUGCCACCAACUACGAAGUCGAAGAGGUCAAAUACUUAUUUCACUCAUUGACAUGCAAAUCAAUUUAUAUAACUUGUUUGACGUGCGUUUUUCUGGAUUUUAUUUUGUUUUGUUAUUCUGUCUCUCACUGUUAAAAUACACCUACCUACCUAAAAUUAUAUACUGAUCAUUUAUUUGUCAGUGGGAAAACUUUCAAAAUCAGCAGGAGAUCAAAUAUUUGUUUCCCUCACUGUAAAUCAUAACAUCAGAAAACUAGACUAUUGAAACAUCUUUGUCAUACAUAGCACAGGAGGCUCCUUUUAAUGUGCUGAAGAGUGGAUCUUUACUUGGACUUACCACCUCCUUCUUACAACCCAGCUACUAACAACCCGUUAGCCAAAAUUACCAGCCAGUGCCUAGAGGUUCCAUUCCACUUUGCUGUUUACUCUGCCUCUGACUCUGCCUUACACAGCUGCCUGUGAAAUCCUCAUUCUUUUUACCUAAGGUCUAUCUCCAGCUUUUAUCCAUUGCUAACACCAGGUGCCACCAAAGUCAUAAUCCAUAACCAUUAGACAUGUCCUACCUAUUUCGACAUGCUUAAUUGUUGCCUUAUGCAUUGUGAAGUACUGUAUUGUGCUCCGUCCUCAUUUGAACCUUCUGAAAUGUCCCAUCUAGAUGAUUAGAUCUCAAUCUUUGCUCAGGUAACCCUUUUAAAUCCAUUAUGAGUACCUUUGACCUACUCUUCUCUUACUUGGUCAUCUUUACUUUCUCUUCUGUGUCAGUCACUCCUUUGAUUUGAUCCACUGGAAUUAAUAGAUUCCAGUUACCUCCAGAGGCACAAUUAAAGUCCUCACCUAAAAUAUUCUAAGACAUUGCUAUCACUACACCCGUCAUCAUCUCUCCUCUGUUGGUUCCAAAUGUUCUCCGAUCCAACCUUUUUAGCCAAUACUUAUCUCUUCUCUUCAUCAAUUCCUAUAACUUCUUUUACCCUUAGGUCUUUUGUCCAAUGUACUGCUCUGGCAGCUUCAACAUGGAUGCUGUCCAGGAGGUGGGAGGGUCUGGGAGGGAGGGUCUGCUGGAGAUUGGCCAGGAUGUGUCAGCUGACCGGAGUUCGCCGCGAACGGUUCGUGGCGAAGUUCGCGGACGGUUCGCGACAUCUCUACUGAGAGUGCAUCUCUUUCCUUUUUGCUUUACAUAUCCAGCGUGGGAUUGCACCAAGGCAGUCUUUUACUGAUUCAUUGAAAGGGUGAGUGCCACUAUACUUGUAUAUGUGUGUGUGUGUGUGUGUAUGUAUAUAUAUAUAUAUAUAUAUAUAUAUAUAUAUAUAUAUAUUCCUAAAAAUGAUCAGUUACCUUGCCUGGGUUUUGCAUUUAACCUUUGCAGUGAGAUCUUCUAUUCUGUGCCCUAAUCUUCUGUCUCGGUCAAACUCAUGACUACACAGUAGUAAUAUGUUAAGAGGUAUUUUAGUUUAAUUCAAGCCUUGUUUCUUAGCACAUUAUCUCAUACUGCACGUAUUGUUAUAGUAUGUCAACUUGUUUCUAAUCUACAUCUAUCAUACAUCUGAAUUUUCUGCUACACAUUUAUAUAUAUAUCAAAGUCUCCAACGCCUUUAAAGAUAAAAUAUAUUCUAGAAAGCAAUAUCUAAGAUUUUUAUGUAAAUCUUUUUCCCCAGAAUUCCUUUCCUGUUUUGUUUUCUGUGUCCUAGUCCCCUUAAGUAGAACUUGAAUUGUUUUUGUUUUGUUAUUUUGGCACCAAGGGCUGGCUCAUCUUUCAUGGACAUCUAUGAAAAAAAACAAAAAAAAAACCUCCAAAAAUAUAGACUCAAGCAAUAAUAAUUUUAGAAGCCGUGGCUUCUGUGCUCGCGGGAUUCUUUCAGUUCUGGUGAUGAUGAUAUAUCUACACCUAAAUUGCGCUUUUAAGGGCAAACCAAAAGCAGAACGUAGCUAUAAACCAGGAUUUAUCUGUGUAACAUAAAGUAUACUCUUCAGCAGAAUGUUUUCUUCAUCCUCCAACUAUCCUUUGCUCUCCCUGAGACUGACUGGCACGGCUCCGUUAUUAAAGAUAUUGAUUUUUAUUUGCUACAAAGACUUCUGACCGCUGGAGAAAGAUAUUUUCUGGUUUGUCAACUUGUUAAAAGAAAUAUAAGCACACUCGCUUUCCUCAUCCCACCAGGAUCAUACGUCAGUUUUCUGGACACUAAAUUAUAUAGAUAGAUGGAAACGGCUAUAAGUGUGUAGGUAUCGACCGUCCUAAGGCCUCCAGCUGUUAAGCUUGAACAUAGAGCUUUGAAUAUUCAUGCCUUCAUUUCUAAAUUAUAGUUUGUUAUUAAUGAUUUUACUUGGAAAGUACAAAAAGUGCCUUUUCAAAUCUAGGUUGCUGCUUCAGCUCAUCAUUCUGAAGUCAAUAAAAAUGGUAUCAUUGUGUUGGGAAAUUUGAACAUGUAUAUUUUCAGGACAAACAUGAAAUAUGGACAAUCUAUGCACUAUGCUGUUUUGCAUCCUAGACCCUGAGUCAAAAUAUUUUUGAAUAGUUUGACCAAAACUGGGGUCAUGGAGGCACUUUUGGCAUGGCCUUUGAAGCACUGCUUGGUAAUACUGAUGUUACAUCUACAUUAGAGGUAUGAGUUUUGUUCAUAUUUGGGCAGCAUUGUGAGCUGUUCUUGCCAUCUAAAAAUAGAAAAUAUUCCCAACACCAGCAAAAUAAAUUAUUAUUUGAAAUAUUAGCUUUUACAAAGCUCUUCAUUUAUUUUGGUAGCGAUUGCUGGUGGCACCUUCCCCAGGAGACCUUCCCAAUUGGUAAUCCAAACAGGUCAAAUAUACAACCACAGAUAAUAUGGGGAUACAGCUAAAAACUUACAAAAAAUAAUAAUAAAAUAUAUAAUAGUGUAAUAACAAUAAAAUGUAGUUAUCACAAGCAAGUAUGGAAUCACAGGAUGAAGACUAUAUGAUAAUAUCCCAAAACAUCCGUGCAGGCACCCUGGAGCUUAUUAUAUUGUCUUCAAUGUAUUCAUACUUGCCUGUGAUACUUCCUCUUAAUGUUAUUAUACCAUUGUGUGUGUAUAUUCAGAGUAGGUUUUGAGGAGUCAAUAGUUUUAUUUAUUUAUUUUAUUGAUGAACCAAUUUCAUUGAUAUUGCAUACAACGAAUGCUUAAUCUAUGGAGAUUUGGUUCACUAGGUACUGAAGAUGACAUUUUUGAAAUCGUCUCCACAGCCGGGCUCUUUCGAUUGCAUUAGUUAAUGUUUGAGGCUCUAGCGCUCUAUUUUUUCCCCCCAAAUAUUCUCCUUGAGCUGCUCAGAUGCAUGCAGUUUGUUCACGUAUACCCGCUCCUUCAAAUAUCCCCACGGGAAACAAUCGGGAGCUGACAGGAUGGGCAAAUGUGGUGGCUAAAUAAUUGGGAAAAAAUGGGAAUUUCUUAAAAUUAUCAGCUCGCCGAACAGUUGUUUAAGGAGGUCCAUUGUCGCUCAGGCAGUAAUAGCAGUAGCCCCAUCCUAUUAAAAAUAAACACACUUCAGGCUGAUUUUCCUCAUUGCGUCAAAAUAGUGGACCUGCCAUUCUGAAAAUAAAAUUCUACUAUUUUUACUUGUACCUUUCUGAAAUCACCCAUGAUGAAUAUCCCAAGACUCAGUUAUAAUAUUUACCCGCAUCAAAAAAGCAAUUCUCCUACGUGCCUUCAAAGCUGCUACAGUGCAUGUGUGUCAUGGCAUGUGUUUGUUACUCAUCUCCCUUUUCGGAUACUGAUUCCUAAUAGAGCUGUUUGGAAGUCUGAUAAAAUAAUUUAUACCUGGUCAGGAACAGAAGUGUUCCAAAUCAUGUAUCACAUCUCCUUCUCUGGCACCUCCUCUUCUCCAGUACCUCUUUUAAGUGUAGUACCCAAGAUUCAGUUCUGGCUCCCUUUCUCUUUUCUAUGUGCAUUGCCUCUCUGGGCGAUCUAAUAACUUCUUGAAUUCCAUUACCACCGAUAUGCUGCCAAAUCUGAGAUGUACCUUUUUCCCAAUCUCUCUUUCUCUAUCAGCUACCUGUAAACUUUGUGUUUCAGUCUAAAACCUGGGUUUUGCCUGCAAAGUUCUUUCCUAAACUAAACAUACAAUUUACUGAAAAGUACAAACCAACUUGGACCUUUUUAUUCUGCCAACAAUCUUUACCUGAUCUCCUAUUGUACCCUAAUCUGCUCUAGGACAUCUUUUAGUGCUGCCCUGUUCUUAUGGAAAGCCCUACCUCAAACUUACUUUUGUCUCAAAACCCCCCAACACACUUCUCUAGGAUAGGACAUCCAGAUCCUACUUGCAAAGUUAUUUGUCUCCUGUUGCAGUCUGAUCCUCUUCAAACUUACCACUGGUGCCGUACAACCAUGCUAACAUGAUAACAAGGAAACUAUUGAUGCUGAUAUUAGUCGCUCAUUUCUGCUCAAACACCUUUUAAUAAAUCAUUUUCUAUCUCCACUCAGAGAAGAGCCUUGAUUUUCCAAAUGCCAGUUGAAUUCUAUAUUCUUUCCCUAGGUUUAAAGGAACACCAUAGUCACCUAAACAACUUUAGCUUAAUGAAGCAGUUUUAGUGUAUAGAUCAUGCUUCUCAGAUUUCACUGCUCAAUUCUCUGCCAUUUAGGAGUUAAAUCACUUUGUUUCUGUUUAUGCAGCCCUUGUCACACCUACCCUGACUCUGAUUGACAGAGCCUGCAUGAAAAAAAAACUGGUUUAACUUUCAAUCAGAUGUAAUUUACCUUAAACAAUUGUAUCUCUUUCUCUGUAAAUUAAACUUUUAUCACAUACAGGAGGCUCUUGCAGGGUCUAGCAAGCUCUUAACAUAGCAGGGGAUAAGAAAAUCUAAAUUAAACAGAACUUGCAAUAAAGGAAGGAUAAACUUUAGAUGACUCUUUACAGGAAGUGUUUAGGGAGGCUGUACAAGUCACAUGCAGGGAGGUGUGACUAGGGUUCAUAAACAAAGGGAUUUAACUCCUAAAUGGCAGAGAAUUGAGCAGUGAGACUACAUGGGCAUGAUCUAUACAUCAAAACUGCUUUAUUAAGCUAAAGUUGUUAUAGUGACCAUAGUGUCCCUUUAAAUAUUGCAGACGUGUUUCACAGGAGCUCCUCCACAGUCUUGGCGUUGAAAGUGACAGGGCCCCAUUCAGCCUGAUUUCGGGACCACCUGGAGCCCACUCUGGUGCAUGACAUUGCUGGGCCUGGUAGUAGGGGUCGGUGACCUGGCGAAAGACGAGCAACUACACUAGCGACAGUAUGCGGCCUAGUAUGCACCGGGCAGGGGAAGGUGGCCGCUCUCCCGCUCCGGAGACACUCAGCGACUGCUAUGGGGGACUGUCGGGGGUGAUCACGGUUCAACCUGGGAGAGGGAAACUCCACUGGGAAGGAGGAGAGGUGAAGGAUGGCAGGCAAGCGACUAAACCCACUACUGAUCCACCCCUAAUGGCGGUCACCUCGUGCCUCCCUUGUAGCCAAGAUCCCACUACAGAGACCACGCUUCAGGCGAAACUAGAGGCCAUCCUAGUGGCAUUCUGGAGAAAGCUGGAGAGACGGGCACUACAACAAGUCCAGCUACAGGUAAGCAGCCCCUUACUGAACGGCGCCCUGCAUGCACAGAUCAUUCUUGUGGCUCCCGCAGGGAAGAGGAGCCCAAGGAGAAGGCGACCCAGGUCUCACGUGUCUCACCAGCACAAGCAGCGGCAAAAGCGAAGCCAGACAUGCGGGAGACUUGCGCCUGCACCCAGCCGGGGGUCUCCGGUAUUCCUGGCAGCCAACACCCAAGGGACUGUCCGGCUCCACGUGGCAAGACCGGAGCCCGAAGAUAUGAAGCACCUCACUAAACCACCCACCCGCGGGCUCUUCUGCCUGACCACACUACCUCCGUCAGCACAGCGGAGACCCAAGCAACCCCUGCAGGGCAUUGGCUGACCAGAGGAACAAGCUGGGGACGCUGAGACAGGCACAGGAGUCACUACUUGCCACCCAAAAACGCAUCACAUGAACACUCGCACACACGGUGCAUAUCCGCUAAUGGGACAGUUCUAAAUGAUUGCUUGGGAGAGCGAAUAAGGGCCCUGGGGUAGUUUUGUUUUAUCCUAACGUUUUUAUCCUACGUUAGUCUACUUAAAGUUAUCUUAUGCAUAAUUAUUUAAAGGCACUCCAUUAAACCGGAGCAGGAUGAUACAAUAGCAUGACACAUGUGCAGGUUAACCUGCUUGCUAUUACUGCUCAUUUAUAAAAGGCUUAAUAUACUACUCAUGAGACGUAACAGGUCUACUAAACGCCUAACUAAGACCAGCUAACUAGGUGGCAUCAUCCAGACUAACCGUGCAACCAGACAACCAGAUACGCCCUAUAAAGCUGCAUUAUAGUAAACCAGCUCAGAAUAUCUACCGAAAUGUGCUAAGUGAUGCUCAUGCUUAUAACCCUGGUAGAUAACAACCAGGGGUGCGUAGCUAGCUAGUUUGUCCCCCCUCCUUGCUUAUGUUAUUUAACAGUCAUCAUACCUAGUGAUCAUUAUGCACAAAUCUCCUGGACCAUUCCUAAUUUAGAGAAGUAUGAUUUCAGCACUCGACUUAGCUAAGCUUAAAAACAGUCUUCACGUCCAUAUAUCUAAAAAAAUGUGCAUUGUAUUCCAAGGUCAUGCUAGCAAUCCCUCGUGUUCAUCCUAUGUUCCCUAGCAUGUUAUUAUUUUAACGGCAAAGCAUAUAAUCUGUAUUUUAGUCACUCUUUACUAAUAUGUCUCACAACUGCCGAUAUAACUAUUUUACUCGCAACGCACUCUCUUACGUAUACAACCUGUUUCAUAACAAAAAAUGUGCAACUGUAUAUCGUGAUGACCUUAUAUGCAUUAUUCCGCUUGUGUCUGCUGUCGUGGCACCACAGGUCUGUUUGUUGACUCUGUUGCACCAAAAAUAAAGAAUUUAAUAAAUAUUGCACUGGUUGUGUAACCAGUUGGCGUAUUUGUUCUUUUUUUGUUGUUGUUGCUGUUUUAUUUUUUACAUUAAAAAAAAAAAAAAGAUUUAAUUUGGGGGGAUUGUUUAGCACAUAAUAAUAGCUAAUUACAUCCUAAAUAUGUAUUCUAAUUAAUUUACCAUCAUUCCAUAUUAAUUUAAAUAUAUAUAUAUAUAUAUAUAUAUAUAUAUAUAUAUAUAUAUAUAUAUAAUUAAUUAAAAUAGUUUUUGUUUAAACCAUUACAUUAACACCCAUUAGAUUAGUUAACUAUAAUGGAUAGAUAAAGAAUUCUUCGAUGUUCCAUUUUAAUGCAGUUAAACUUGCCGCAAUAGAUAUGUCCAGAAAGAUAAUACAAUGUAUUCGUUAUUGUAAGAUGGGAAACACUAGGAGAGCAGAUGUUUUGAGUUAUCAAUGUUUAAUGCUUUCUGUUCCCCAUAUGAUUUGUUCUCUUGUAUUAAGCCCGGUAAUGAUGGCUUUUUGUUAGAAGUGAACUGGGUCCCACUCGCUGCCCGUGCUGAUAAGUCCUCGCCUGUUGAAAUUCUCAGGUUAGUUAGAUUCAGGAUUAGAGUUAAUGAAUUCCAAACGCAGCAGCAGCUUAGAUGAAGGAAUAGCAUGUGUGCAAGCUCUACCCUGCAACUUGAGAAAUGCAAAACAUACAGCGUGCUUCCAAGACAAGGCUAUGUACACUCUAUAAUGGGAUUCAUGAUCUGUAGUGCCCCCCUAUGGCAGUUUAUUAUUAUUGCAUGGCAGGACUAUGGGUAGUGUCCUGGUUCUCUUUUCCCUGUCAAUAUUUACACUGUGUGCUGUUUCGAUUACUGAAUGCCUUUCCAACUCCUCUACUGGUAUCUGCAUUUUAUAAUUAAAGGGACACUGAAGAUUUUACCUGUUUAGAGGUUUAGCAUCCUCCACCCUUUCAUGCAUUUGAUGACUGCUAUGGAAAAUGUCAAAUAAUUGAAUACUAUCAUGCAGUAACCACCACAGUUACUAAUUUGCCAUGAAGGGUGCAAGUCACCCUCCUGGUUCCAACCACAACCAGCAAGUCCAGGAACCUUUUUUUUUUCUAAAUUAAAGGAUUCCUUAAGUAUGCCAGUUUCUUUGCCUUUAUCAAGCUUGACUUGAUGACACGGUAAAUGGAUUGAUUUAUUCGCAAACAAGAGUGCUGAACCAUUUUUCUUAGUCUUAAAAAGAAACAAAUGUGCAUUGGGGGGAACCCAAAAUGUCCAUGAAUAUUUGUCUCUUUUUGGCUGAAAAGGAUCCAUUUCUUCUGAUGUUCAAUGAGCAACUGAGAAAUGAAUAUGAGAGGUAGCGUGGAUACAAAUGCAUAAGACAUCAAGUGCGCAUAUGAGCAGCUAUCCUCGUAUUGACGGGCUGCUGUUGCAUAUGUUGUCAUUCACACAGGUAAAGCAAAUCUUGUGACACAUUUCUUUACAGGUGUGUACUAUACAAAUAUGCGUAAUUCCAGUGCAAUCGACGUCAUGGUCAUAGACCUAUUUACUUAUCCCAUUGAAUUCAUCUGGUGAGUUCCAUCGUAUGCACUUCAAUGGCAAUUUGUAAAAAAAUAAUUAUUUAUUUUAGUUGUUCAUAGCCUUGCAUUGCCAAAACAGGUGAUGCAGACAGUUCAGCAAACAUAGAGAAACAGUGGUAUGGCAUACUACAUUGCUCAUUUUUGUGAAAUAGUACAGAAUACAUAAGAAAAGAAACAAGCUCUCUGCACAGUUUUACAGUAACAUCAUGCUAGGCUAACGUGACUAGGAGGUCAUUCCACAGGAGAUAUACACGCUUAAUAUCAGUGUCUAGACAGGUAAGGGCAUAAAAUGAAAGCUCAGCGUUAGGUUAGGUAUCCAAUGGCAAUUUUACCUAAAUUUAGGAUCCUUGGUCAAACCGUAAGGCUCAGCGAAAUUUUAAUCAGACACUCACGUAUUGGGUUAACCAUACUCUCACUUGCUCUUACACUUCUCAGUGCACCACACAUGUCCGGUGCAAUGUGCACGUUAUUGUAGUUGGUUAUGCUGGGCAGAUUUCUACUAAUAUAUUUUUUCAUCUCAUAAUUAGCACAUUGUCCCAUUCACAUAUUGUCAUAUAAUGAAUAACAAAAUGCAUUCUCCACCUGCAUUUCGUCCAUCUCAUUAUCAAAAGGAGUUUCAAUUACUUUUGGUAAGGCACUGCUGAUACAGUUAAAAGUAUAUUAUGGUACCUGGUACCUGUCUAACAUAAUGUACACGUUUAAACCAGUAGGAACUCAGACUGUACAUUGAGUAGUGUAAGUUGAAAAAUAUAAAAAAUAAAAUGAAAUUACCAUUUUAAGCUUAACCAUGGCAUGAUUUCGUAGUUUAUUCUUUCUUUAUAGAAAGUAGAUAACUCAUUAGCGCUAUGUACCAUUUAUGAUAAUCACAAUCUUUUGUUAAAGACAAAGAUGCACCCUUGCCUGUUGACUUAUUCAGCAUUGUCCAAUAAAAACAGAAAAAAAGGAGAUUUAGUACAAACUGAACAUUUACAGUAGCCCGGGGCAAUACUAAAGCAUGAUGCGAGGUAUAUAAUUGUGUGUUUCCUAUUUUAUCAAACGUUUGUCCAAAAAAGCUGUGCAUAAAAGAUCCAAUACCUUGAGGGUUUUCUUGUGAAUUUUAAAUCACUUUCCUCGUUAAGCCUCAAAAGGAUCUGUGGAUGGAGAGGUUUCUUGAUUUCCUUUGAAGUGCUGUGAAGAAGUUGAUUAAUCUUGGCAAGAGAGCACUCUUUCAUGGCUCCAUUAAUAAAUAAUUCCUACACACGCAGUUGGAAUUCCAAGGUGCGAGUAGUUAGACUUUAACAAACCCGAGUUUAAUAAUGGAAGUGAAAGUAUGCUUUGGAUUUUAUUACUCAUGAUAAAAUAUGCAAUGGGUCUGUCCAUAGACAAACAGCCCGAAAUGAACAAAUAGUCUUGUGCUCGUUAGAGAUUUUUUUCUAUUCUGGUUAUUUUGUGGAUCCUAAGCAGGUAGUAGUUGGAUAGUAAGUGUUAAGUUGUGGUUAUCUACCAGUUAUGGAGAACAAUAGCUAAUGGCAAACAAAAACAUGGAUAAACAUACACUUUCUUAGGGUAUUUUUCCUCACAGCAGUUCACUUGGAACCCAAAUGGCCUAGAUUUCAUCAAGUUGAGUUGAGUGAAGCAAACAUCCUGUCAAAUCGCCAUGGUAAUAUUCUUACCUUGAAUUCAGGUAACUAAUGUGCUAUUGUAGGUCCAUAUACUUGUAGUUGGGUAUUAGUAGCAUCAGAUUGGCUCUGGGUGCUCACUUACACGCCAUUCUCUCAUACUAUUAAUGACAUUAAUCAUGUCCCUUGUCCUGGGAAAAGCUGCUUCUCCGAUAUGUCAAUCACAUACCACCUGACCUAGAGGACGCUGCUUUUUGUCUUUUAAUGCCAAAUAUUCACUGUGUAAAUGCAGUCUCUUUUCUGCCUUGUAUGACACUACUCCUUGUGUCACUCUGAUAUCGUCCACUGGAAAUAGUGUGACUAUAGUUCUCCUACUGAUUACCAUUAUCAUGAUUUUGACUAGUCUCCAGUUUUGCUGACUUUUGGGUAAGUUACUUCACCAUUAAUUUAUGGUGUCUGCCCUGACUAUGGCAUUCCCUGACUUUGUCUAUGUAUCAGUCCUCUUAUUACUGUUGUCUGUCAGCUUGUAUGGUGCCAAGGAUACGUGUUCCCUUAUCCAUGUCUGGACGAUACGGGAACACGCAGAAUUAAGUAAAACAAAGAAAAAGUUAAUCUAGUUAAACCGGUUCUUAGGAUGGCCGGACUUAACGUAAAAGAAUAGUAAGUAAAAAGCUGAGGUCAGGGACACAGACAGACACAAAAACGAAUAGACAAAGCCAAAAGGUCAAGGAUACCAUAAUAAGGGAUAGUCAAGAACAAGCCAAAAUCAAAAUACCAGAAGAAAAACUAUAAGAACGCAUUUGCAGAUAACCAGCAGGUGGAAACCUCGACAGGGCAGUGAUAAAACACAGAUUUGGGUUAAAAUAACCCUAAAACAAUCCUCAUUUGUCAGUAUGGGCCCUUUGACCCCCAGACAAUGACGUGACGGUGCACGCAUGUUUGCAUCAAUAAUCAAGUGGCCAGAGGUGGCGCUGUAACACUGCAUGGAACUGAGGUGGUCAACAUCCUUAUUAAUGCCGGGUGCAGCAGCUGAGGCUGAUCAGGUCCGUGAACCGCCAGGAAACAGAUAAGUUCUUCUUCCUCAAUAUUACGUGACCAUACCAAUCGAGUGCCGUUGCACUGCAUCCUCCUUAGGCAGUGUUAUGAUUGGACUGUUGGUGAUUUUUAUUAUUAAUCUUUUCAUUGAUAUAGAGCCAACAUAUUCCGCAGCGCUUUACAGUUAUAAAAUGGGAUUUUUUAACAAAAAGUAAUUUACACAUGGAAUAUAACCGAGACCAGAGGUGAAGAAGGCCAUGCUCAAACAAGCUUAAAGUCUAUGAUACACACAAGAGAAAUAACAGCAUGUCAGAGAGCAUAGGGAUCGAUGGGUAAGAUAAAAAGAAAAAGGAAUACCAGUUGGACCUACAUGGUGUAUUGGUCCAGGGCUUAACAUUUAAGUCAACUAUAGAAAUAAUUUACAGUUCCCAAAAGAAAACAGAUGGGAAAUGCUACCUGGUAUAGAAAGUAGAACAGAAAGUAAACUUAUAAUGCUGAACUAGUUCUAGUAAAAUACAUGGUCAGUAAAAAAUUAUAAUACAAAAAAGCAUUACUGAUCUGCCUAGUGAUCACUUAAACUCCCAGAUAUAAAUGAAAUAGGAGGAGUAAAAAAUGUCUUUAUUAAAGUGUUUGCCAACUAGCCCCUCCUAUAUUAUUGGCAUGUGGAAGUACCAAACAGUGGCAGGAGAGUGAGUGAGAUGGGCUAUAGAGGCGUGGGAAGUGGUGAGGGCUGUGGAAUGAGAAAAAUGAUACCCAGGAAAAUGGUAAACUUUCCUAAAGAGGAGUGUUUACAGUGAUUUCUUGAAGGACUGGAGGCUAGGGUAGAGUCUGAUGGAAACAAAUUCCAAAGAAACGGGGAAGCCCUUUAAAAACCCUGCACAUGAGUUGGCAGUGUGGGAACGAGUAGAUGUCAGGAGAAUAUUAUUUGCAGAGAAACGUUAACGAAAAAAGGUAUAUUUGUUGAGUAAAAAGGAAAUGAACUGAGAAGUGGAGUUACUGAGAGCUUUGCAGGUUAGUAUUAGCAGUUUGAAUUGGAUCAUGAAUUGUACAGGAAGCUAAUGUAAUGAUUGGCAAAGGGGUGAGGUAUGGGAGUAGCAGUCAGGAAGAUCAGCCUGACUGCAGCAUUCAUUACAGACUGAAGAGGGCCAAUGUGGAUAUUUGGAAGGCCGAUGAGCAGUGAGUUGCAAUAGUUAAGUCGGGAAAUGAACAAGUGCCUUAGGUCUUGGGUUUGUUGUAUCAGAUUGAAGAGGGUCAAGGAGAGUAGUAUUGAUAAAGUGAGUUAGACAGGUAAAUACAACCCACUCAUGAAGCUUAGAAGUGAAGGGGAGUAGUGAUAUGAGACGGUAGUUAGGAGGACAGGUUGGGUCAAGAGAUGGCGUUUUUUUAGGAUGUGAUUAAUAAAUGCUUGUUUGAUGGAAGAGAGGAAGAUCUCAGUAGACAAAGAGAAGCUGACAUUCUGCAUUAGUGAUGGUACCAGACUAGAUGAAAGAGAUUGGACAAGGUGGGAGGGGAUCAAGGGGAGAUGUGGUGCACUGAGGGGACAGGAGAAGUUGAAGGACCUUUAGCUUAGAGACUGAGGGAAAUGAGUUAUAAGUGGAAGAAGGUACAGGUUGGGAGGGAGGGGGAAAGAGGAGACUAAAUAGGUUAGUUAACAGCGUGGUUGCAGUGGGGCAAAGAAGGGAGUUAAAGGUAUGAAAGAGGUGUUUGUAAUCACGAGUAGGUUGAAAUGGGAGAGAUAAAUACUCUUGCUUGGCAAGGGAGAGGGCAGAAGUAUAGGAACGUUGCGUGAAUGUAAUGUAAAACAUCAGGUGUGUUGUGAGACCUUCUCCAUCUGCAUUCAGUAGUUUGGGAACAUCUUUGGAGAUAGCGGUUGAGCUUGCUGUGCCAGGGUUGAAGACGUAGCUGACACUUAGAGAGAGCUUUGAUUGGUGCCACUAUAUCUAGAGCAGUCGAGAGGACAUAAUUAUAUUAUGAGAUAGCUUGAGAGGGACAGGAGAAAGUUGAAAGGGGAGAAAGUGGGGAAGAGAAGUGAUUUAGAUCAAGUGAUCUAAAGGUAUCUUAUGGACCGAGAUCAGCUAGAAAUUGUGUGUGUGUGUGUCUAUCUGUCUGUUUGUAAGUAAGUGUGUGUAUGUGUGUGCCUGUUAGUGAGUGUCUCUCAGUUUGUGUGUCUGUCUGUCAGUGAAUGUGUGUGUGUCUGUCUGUCAGUGUGUGUCUGGUAGUGUCUAUCUAUUAAGGUUUGUGUGUCAGUGAGUGUGUGUUUCUGUCAAAUCAGGGAGUGUAUGUGUCUGUCAGUGUGUGUCUACUUAUGUGACCACCCUCCUCCCCAUCCGAUCGCAGUGGAAAGGUGUUUUCAAUUACCUUUACCCACAUGCCGUGCCUGUCUCGCCAUAGCGGAGAUUAUUGUUCUUGAUCACAUGAUGAUCACACUGUGCAGCACUGGGCUAGAAAUCACCACUUGAGUCACUGUCACUGUUUACAUUGAAAAUUGUACAGGGUCAGGAUAUAGAAACCAGAACCACUACAUUAAGCUGUAGUUUUUCUGAGGACUAUAGUGUCACUAUAAGAACUGAAUUUUUGUAGUUGAAAAUGAAACUGUUGGUUUAAAAAAAAACAAAAAAAACCUGUCUCCUAACUUUUUUUUUUUAGCUGGCUCCUUGAUUCCUAGUAAAUUUGUCAAGUUCUACUGGAAAACAUUGGAUUGGCUAAGAUCAUCAAUUUUGAUAAUAUUAGCCAAUUACAUGGAGCAAGGCAGAGCCAGCUGGAGCGAGACCGACGCGGUGCUAGAUAAAGGGGGAGUAAAACAUCUUUUUAAAGAGAACUAGGAGAGGCUGGUCACCUAAAAUAGCUUUUUAAAGCUACAGUGCCAUACCUGUUUGUGUUCCUUUAAGCUAAAGUUGCUUGAUGCCUAUAGUGUCCCUUUAUGUACUCUAAAAUCUAAAAUAUCCAUGAUCACAUUCCCUAAAAUAAAAGUGUGCCUCUUUAGUGAUUUAAAUUAUUGCAACAGUUGUUGCUAAUAAAAUCCUACAGUGUGAUAAUUUGGGAUGUUCUUAUUAUGUUUACAUUUACAAAUACAUGACAUGAAGUUAUACAUACAUUAAAUACAUAAUCCUAUAACUAUAGGAUAGCAAGCAUGAUAUAUUCGCUUUUUAAUUAUAUCUAAUGAAAGAACGUUUUUGACCAUAUCAUUUGUUUUACUUCACAGUGCCAAGAAUUUUUGUUCUGGGUCCCCCUGCAUCAGGAAAACACACUAUGGUAUGCACACUAUUUAUUUUCUUUUAUUUAUAAAUAAAUACAAUUGUCUUGUAAUACAACUCUGUGGUUUAUGUUAUUGCUAUAUAUAUAUAUAUAUAUAUAUGUAUAUAUAUAUAUAUAUAAAUAAUAAUUGCCUAGAAAUUAUGGUAUAUAAUCACUAAACAGUAUACAGCUAGUUUGCAAAUGCUAGUCUGAAGCUCAACUUCAAAAAAUUAUACAACUCUGCUAUUCUGGUAUAAGGUUUGUAAACAUUUGAUAAAUUAUUGUUAAUAACCCCUCAAAGCUUAAAUAGACAGAUAAUAGAUAAUGUAAAGAUGGCCCUGGUGAAAUCAUUUUUUUUUUUUUUUUGGGGCCCCUCUAGUGUCAUACAACUCCCACGGUGCUAUGCCAGCUGAGGUCUACCAUUUCCCCAUCCUUGCAGGGUUGUAUUUGUAAGCAGUGUCUGUGCAUGUGAAUGUAAGCAUGGUUUUUGUAAAGGGUAGGUGUGUGCAUAAAAGGGGCGUAUUUGCAUGUACUGCUGCCAUACAAUGUUGUACUUGUGUGUAGUGUUCUCUUUUAAAUGCAGGUGUGAUUUUUUUGCUAAUGUUGGUAUUUGAAUAUCAUUUUGGUGUUUUAAUACAAAGGCGUGUUUGUAUGUAAUGUUUGUGAUUGCAGGGAUGUGCUUGCAUGUGAUGUUGGCAUAUGAUUACUGGGAUGUAUGCACAUGCUCACAUACACUGCCACAUACAUGAAUACAUACUUACACAGACAUACAUACACAUUAGCACACACAUAUAAACACACUGACACAUAAACACAUUCAGAUACACAGGGGCGUACCUAGAGCAUUUGGCACCCGGGGCGGAUCCUGUGCUUGGCACCCCCUUGGCCCCCCUUACCCCCCCCCACAAAAAAAAAAAACCUGUAAAAAAUGUUAAAGGUUUUUUCUUUUUUUUUUACAAUUUGUAAACUUUGCAAAACCGCUGUCAGCCCCUCCUACAAAACCCUUGUCCUGCCCCGCCCCUCCUACAAAACCUCUGUCCUGCCCCUUCUACAAAUCCUGUACUGCCCUGUCUACAAAACCCCCGCAACCCCCUUCCACAAAUCCCCUGCUUAUCCCCCCUUAUAAAGACUCCUGUCCCAAUACAAAACCCCUGCCCCCUUCUACAAAAUCCCUGCAGCCCCACACACUCAGUUACAGACAGACUGUCACACACUCAGUUACAGACAGACUGUCACACACUCAGUUACAGGCAGACAGUCACACACUCAGUUACAGGCAGACAGUCACACUCAGUUACAGGCAGACAGUCACACGCACACAGACACACAUGCAGUCACAGACAGUCAUAUAUACAUUGACACACACACAUGACAGCAGCAGACAGUCACAUGCAGUAAAUUAGAGCUUAGUGCCACGAAUAAUAUACUAGAUUGCGUACUUACAACGAGAUGAGGAUGAUGAUGGGCUCUAGCUGCAGUCUGGCUCCACUGGUCUGGUGUAGAACAGGCUCUCUGGAGGCGGUUUGUAACUGUGGUCACAAAAAUCAAUGUUCUGGGAGAACGGGAAGCAGCUCCAUUUUUUGGGGGCCCUUUACACAGUUUAAGGUCUGGGUCCCAGGGUCCACCUUCAUGUUCCAUCAAUGAGUUUGUUCACAGGGGGUGGAGUGUGUAAGGGAUGUCCUGAUAUGUGUGUAAGGAAUGCAUUGUGUGAAUCUGCGUUUGUAUGUGUAAGGGCUGCAAGGUGUGUUUCUGUGUAUGUACGGGAUGCAGUGUGUGUGUAAGGGGUGCAUUGAGUGUGUGUAAUGAAUGCAUUGUGUGUUUCUGUGUGUGUAAGGGAUGCAUUGUGUGUAACGGUUGCAUUGUGUGUUUUUCUGUGUGCAAGUGGUGCAUUGUGUGUGAUGAAUGCCAAUCUCCCCCCCCCCUUCAAUUUCCUUCUCUUCCCCCCCUCCAAUUUCUUUCUUUCCCCCCUCCCAAUUUCUUUCUUUCCCCCCUCCCACUUUCUUUCUUUAUCCCCCCCAAUCUUUCUUUAUCCCCCCUCCCAAUUUCUUUCUUUAUCCCCCCAAUCUUUCUUUAUCCCCCCUCCCAAUUUCUUUCUUUAUCCCCCCCUCCCAAUUUCCUCUCCCCCCCCACCACUGUUGUAGUGUGGCCGAGCUCUGUAUGGUCCACGGGUACAGGGAGCUUUUGUUUCCUGUACGCGGCCGGACUAAAAGGAAGUGCACACUGAGUCCGGCCGGGUACAGGAGACAGAUGCUCCCUGUACCCGCGGACCAUACAGGGCUCGGCCACGCUACAGUGAAGGAGUGACAGGAGGGAGCGCUUCCCUCCUGUCAGCCCCUCUCGUCAUGCUGUGCCCUGGCGGUGCGCCCACCUGGACACACCAGCCCGGGUAAAGCUGCAGCCGCCUAAGGCUCUCUACAGAGCGCUCGGGCGGCUGCAGCAUGAGGGUCAUGGCACCCCCCACUCUGGUGGCACCCGGGGCGGACCUCCCCCUCCGCCCCCCCUUAGUACGCCACUGCAGAUACACACAUUGACACAUACACACACUGCCACACUGAUACACACAAUGACAUAUACACAUAUUAUUAUUAUGAUAUUCAUAUAGCGCCAUCAAAUUCCGCAGCGCCUUACAAUGGACACACUUUGACACACACACACAUUCUUACAUUUUUAACCACCCUUCUGUUAACAUAUCAAUUGUGUGCAGGAGGGUGCUUUCCUGGGGUCUAGCUGCUGGCUGAGGCUGAUGGGAGUGUAGGUCUGACCCUCUCAUUCCUCUAUGGUGCUGCCUCUUCUCUCCCUCCUGCAGCCGGUGCCGCCUCCUCUUCUCUCCUCCCUUGCAGCUUUCUCUAUGAAGCUAGGAGGAAGUGACCUGCACUCACUUCCAACCAGGCUAAUGAUACUACAGGGGCCCAGGUCGCGCUGUUAAAGAGCUGUGUCGCCUGUUCAGGCUCAUGUUCAGCAAUGUCCAUCAGGUGGCCCCAGUUGUAUGGGCCACACAAGUGGGCCUCCUUUCCCAAUGUGCCUGCACCAGUGGUAGUUCCGCAGCUGUAUAUUCACUGCUCAGCCACAACAUUAAAACCACUGACCUUUAUUUAGCAAAGGAUCAGUCAGUUCUUGUAUUUCAUGUGUUGAAAGCAGGAAGAAUGGGCAAGCGAAAAGGUCUGAGUGACUAUGACAAUCGCCAAAUAGUGAUGGCUUAACAAGUGGGUCAGAGGAUCUGCGAAAUGGCAAGUCUUGUGGGCUGUUCCUGGUAUGCAGUGGUGCCCAAGGCUUAUUAAUGCAUGUGGAGAGCGAAGACUAGCCCAUCUGGUCUGAUCACCCAGAAGAGCUACUGUAUCUGAAAUUGCUGAAAACUAUAACUCUCCCUGCCUCUGCAGCUCCCCCCUCCUCCCUGGUUCCUACUGGCCAUGAAAGGGUUAAAAACCCUUUUAUUCCCUUAUCUGAUUCCAAUGCUGUUGUCCCUCAGGGCUGGAUCGGGCUCCUCCUCUGACAUCAGCGUGAUCUGGUAGCCAGAUUGCAUGCUUGACAAGCGCCAUGAGCUUAUUGGGCUUCCCCAUAGGAAAGGAUUGACUCAGUGAAGUAUACAUUUGCUAAUGCAAUGUAUCAAUAAAAGUUGAAUCUCUGUAAAGUAACAAAUCAUCAUGGAUGGUUCACUUUAAAGGAACACUAUAGGGUCAGGAACACAAACAUGUAAAUGUUAAAAACACCAUCUGGCUCCCACUUGCCCCCUAAAUGUAGCAAAAUCUUACCUUUAUUCCAGUCUGCUGCUGCUGGCUCUGUCCCUGACCUGCCUGUUUGGCUGACAUCAUCAGAGGUGAUGUUCUGAGCCAUUCACAAUGCUUUCACAUAGGAAAGCAUUGGAUUGGCUGGGACGGUCAAGCAGGCAGAUCAGGGGCAGAGCCAGCACAAGCCAAACACAAUCCUGGCCAAUCAGCAUCUCCUCAUAGAGAUGCAUUGAAUCAGUGAAUCUCUAUGAGGAAAGUUCUGUGUCUGCAUGCAGAGGGUGGAGCCACUACACUACAUGGCAGUACUGCAUAGUGUGCAGCACUGCCUCAGGAAGCACCGCUAGUAGCAACCUGAGGAGUGGCUAGUGGAGUUAUCACUAGGAUGUAAUGUAAACAUUGAAUUUUCUCUGAAAACGCAUAAAAAGCUUAAAGGAUUAUACUCACCAGAACAAAUACAAUAAGCUGUAGUUGUUCUGUUGACUGUAGUGUCCCUUUAAGUUAAUGGGAACAGUGGCUGAAAGAGAAUCCCACAAAAUACUAUCCCCUAAGUCCCUGCUCCUAUUAAACUAACGACAGUACGAUAUGUAGGGGGCUAACAGAAUGCCUUGAGUUUUCCUGCAGGAGCAGAUGGGAAUACAGGUUUGGAAAUGGUAACUAUAGCACUGUAGGUUAUGUAAUAAACUGUUUCUGUAAACUUUGCAAACCAGGUUCUGACUCUCAAUUACAAUGCUGACAUCAUCUGAAAUUCUAGAGAAGGCAAGUCACCCCAUAUUUUGUUUUUCUUUAUACGUUAACAACAAACAAAAUGGCAAUUAUAAAGAUUUUGCUGGCUAAAGUGAAAGUAUAAAUGCUGGUUUUCUCAGAAUUAGGCUGGGGCGCUGACAGUUACGGAACGUCCAAGCAGUGAAAAUCCUCUAUCUCAGCACCUGGGGACUUUAUUUCCAAAGCAUUCAAACAGCAGGUGUGAGCAGCUCUAUGUCUGAACAGAGGACUUUGCAAGCAAAAUGUUUGCAGAUUUUUACUGUCUCACAUAUGCUCCACAUUAGCAUACAUUUCUAUAAUUGAUAUAAAUGCUUGUGCAGUGCGCUCAUAUUCUGUUUUGUUUGUUUUGAUCAUCAGGCUGAUGUAAUUUUUUUUUAGUGUAACGCACAAUUUACUGUGACACUUUAGACUAUAUGUAAUAAUCCAAAGUAUUAUCUUUCUCUACCGUCAGUAAGGCGUGAAGUCAGACAAUGGCCCAGAGGCAAAGCUCCGUGUGCUCCUUGUCCAGCUUAAUGAUCACAAGGGUAGUAAUAAGAUUGAUUCCCCACAUCCAUGAUGCUUAAAACCAGGGCUGCAAUCAGAAAUGUUGGGGUCCCUUACACAGCUCAAUGCCCUUGUGACACUCCUCUGAUUCCACCCACAAAGCCCACCCUUGAUUCCUCUCACGGAGUGUAUGUGUGUAUGGGUUGUAAUGUGUGUGUGUGUGUGUGUUUAGGAAUGCAAUGUAGGGAUUCAGUGGGUGUUCAUUAUGGAUGCAAUGUAUGUGUUUGUAAGGGAUGAAGUUUGUGUGUAAGAGAUGCAGUGUAUGUGGUUGCAUAGUGGAUGAAGUGGAUGUGUGUGUGUGUGUAAGGGAUGCAUUCUGUGUGUGUGCAAAUUUGUUGAUAAUAAAUGGGUUCUCUUCUGUGAGGGGAAAGAGAGAAGCAGAUUUAUAUUUUCAUAUAAAUUGUUUUGUUUUGCUGACAAAUUCUCCCCCUCCCUCUUAUCUCUGGUCAGGGAUAAUACUGUAUUCUUUGGUAGUCUGGUAGUACUCUAAAGGCUCCCAGCUUCACCUCUGCCCCAGCUCUAUGUGGUAUCGGAGUGUUGCUGUAGUUACCUGCGUCAACACUCUGAAAGCAAGGGCUCGCGAAAGAGAGGAUCUGUAAUAGGUUGAAGCGAAGACUCUGCUGGCCCCCACUCUCGGAACAUGCCUGCAAUGGCCUGAGGAGGGAGAUCUUUUGAUUGCCCUUGUCUAUGUAUUUAUAUAUAUAUAUAUAUAUAUAUAUAUAUAUAAAAUCUUGCCUUCACCAACCUCUGUACCGCCUCUAAUCUCUCCAAUAUUCCUUUUCCUCUAUCUGACCACCAUCUACUGACUUUUGACAUCAGCACACCCAAGACCCAACUGACAUCACCCUCGGCAGAUCAAUAUCACAGUUACCUCCAAUGUCUUGACCUACAGCACUUCUCCACUAACCUCCAAACUCUCCUUUUACCCAUCUCAAACCUCACCUGCCCUCGAUCUGCAAUCUCUUUAAACAGAACAACUACAAUUCCACCAUCUCCUCUCAACUAGACAUCAUGGCACCUUCUACACUUAAACGCAGCAAGCGCCCCCAGCUACAGCCUUGGCACGCCAAGCUGACCCGAUACCUCCAAAAAUGCUCCAGAACUGUUGAACGCUGCUGGAGAAAGUCUCACUCCGCAUCUGACUUUCUGCACUAUAAAUUUAUGCUGCGCUCUUACAGCUUGGCUCUUUCCUCUGCAAAAGUAAAUUAUUUCAAUACCCUCAUAACCACACUCUCCUGUGAACCCAAAUGACUAUUUCACACUUUUGUGAAUCUUUUUAAUUUUUUUAUUGAGGCUUAGAUUCUCUAUAAGUUACAAUGGUACAGGCAUGACAACAACAGUCAGAACAAGUAUGUGCACAGUAUGACGACAUGGCGAGUUUGAUUAGGUCGCAAUAAUAAUUACAUCAGAAGCAGGAAUGCAUAUAGUAAGACCGUAUGGUAAUUUCAGUUUGAUCACAGUUACGGUGCACAAUUCUACAAUAAAGCAGUUUUGAAUAUGUCACGGUCAGAAUAAACUAGCCUCUUUUAUAUGAAUAAAACAAAAACAUGCGUUAUACAAGAGCAGAAAGAGUCAAGCUAGGCAGCAUGUCUAAGUGAGUAACAGGCACAACUUUCAGACUCAGAAAUAGGCUAGACAUGGUGUGUGUUAUGAAAAUAUAAUCAUGCUUGCUGAUAAAAUUACAAAUUAAAAAAAUAAAUUAAAACAUGCUGGACAUCAAUAUAAUGUGUUAACCAAGGUAAAAGUACAGGAGUCCACCUUGCUAUGCAUAAGGGGAAACACAGCUGUGGCAAAAAGCAGAAAUUGACGGUUCACUCAAGUUAUUGCUUCAUCCGAUGCCUAAUGUCUAUUUCACACUUUUAACUCUCUUCUUCGCCCUGUUUCUCCUCCUCCUCCUACCAACUUAAGCACCACAAACUUUGCAACUCACUUCACUGACAAGAUCUCUACAAUCAGGGAAGAGAUCUCUCAUCUCUCUACUUCCCCCAAUCUCACUCCCUCCGCUGUUCUAUGUUCAUUCGCACCCGCUACAGCAAAAGUUUCUGAUGUACUCCAGUCCUCCCGCCCCACCACUUGCUUCCUUGAUCCUAUACCCUCGCAUCUCAUUUGUACUCUGUCUCGUUCUCUUGCUUUGCCUCUCACUAAUAUUCUCAAUCUCUCCCUCUCAUCUGGCAUAUUUCCAUUACCCUUCAAACAUGCAACUGUAACCCCGAUUCUUAAAAAAAAAACAAAAAACAAAAAAAAAAACUUUGACCCUAACUCCCCGUCCAACUACUGCCCUAUUUCGCUACUGCCUUUUGCGUCCAAGAUACUUGAAAGACUUGUGUAUGUGAGAUUGACAGACUCCUCGAGUCCAAUUCUCUGCGCGACCCACUUCAGUCUGGUUUAUGCGCCCAAAGUAUCAAACGAUCUACUCGCUGCAAAAUCUCAUGGUCACUACUCUAUCCUAAUUCUCCUUGACCUUUCCGCUGCUUUUAAUACUCUUCAUCAUCAACAACUUCUUCUCAUCCUCUGUAAUCUCGGUCUACGAGAUAUUACUCUCUCCUGGUGCUCUUCCUACCUCACCCAGCACUCUUUUGGUGUUUCUUUCUCAAGGUCUGCCGCUUCCUCCCAACCUCUCUUUGUUGGUGUCCCCCAAGGUUCAGUCCUUGGUCCCCUACUGUUCUCGAUCUAUACUGCCUCCCUUGGCAAACUCAUCAGCUCCUUUGGCUUCCAAUAUCACUUCUAUUCAGAUGACACGCAAAUCUAUCUGUCCUCCCCUGAUCUCUCCCCGCCCCUCUUGACUAGUGUCUCUGACUGCCUCUCUGCUAUUUCUAAUUGGAUGGCUGCCCACUUCCUUAAACUUGUCCAAAAUAGAACUUCUGGUCUUUCCUCCUUCAAGUGUUGCUACUCCCGUGUCUGUCUCCCACCACGUUUACGGUGCUACCAUCAGCUCAACCACGCAGGCUCGCUGCCUAGGUGUUCUCUUUGACUCCGACCUCUCUUUCACUCCUCAUGUCCAGUCAAUUGCCAAAUCCUGCCGCUUCCAUCUCAAAAACAAUGCGCGCAUCCGCCACUACUUAACACCAGAUGCGACUAAGGUCCUUGUCCAUGCCACUGUCCUCUCUUGCCUUGACUACUGCAAUCCGGUUCUCAGUGGUCUUACAUGCUCCCAACUUGCCCCAUUGCAGUCUAUAAUGAAUGCGGUGGUGAGGCUCAUCUUCCUGUCCGCCUGCAACUCCCAUGCCUCACCCCUCUUUCAGUCCCUGCAUUAGCUUCCCGUAAGAUAUAUAGGGCUCAUUAUAAAAUUCUGGUUCUUGCUUUAAAAUCUCUACAUAAUGCUACUCCCACCUAUCUAUCCUCAUUAAUACACAAAUAGGUCCCGUCUAGGCCCCUACGCUGUGCCGAAGACCUGCGUUUAUCCUCUGUUCGUACUCCCACCUCUGAUUCUUGCAUUCAAGACUUCUCUAGGGCUGCAUCGUUCCUGUGGAACUCCCUUCUCUUCUCCGUUAGAUGCUCACCCAGUCUCCAAUCCUUCAAAAAAUCAUUAGAAACUCCCCUUUUCUCAAAAGCAUAUCAAUUAAACUGUUAAUGAUGCCAAAAAAAACCACACUAAGUCUUAAUUGAAUACUAUUCUACCAAUCUACUUCCCUAAUACUUCCCUUACAUUUUGUGCCACUUUACCCCACUCCCUCUAGCAUGUAAGCUCAGAGCACUUCUUGUCAGUACGGCCGGGUACAGGAAACUGAAGCUCCUGUGCCGUGGUCCGCUCCGCUCGGCCACACUACAAGAGAGGUAAUAAGGCACACCAGGGAGGAGAGAGGACCAUUAAGGGGGGUGGAGGGCUGUACUAAAGGGACAGGAGAGGGGAGAGGUACACUAAGGGUCUAAGAGGGGUGGGGAACACUAAGAGACAGGGAGGGGAGAUAAACACUAAGGGGGGGAGGGGAGAGAAAAACUAAGGAACAGGGAGGGGAGAGGUACACUAAGGGACAGGGAGGUGAGGAGAGGAACACGAAGGGACAGGGAUGGGAGGAGAGCAGGAAGGGAGAGGAACACUAAAUAUUCUUGAAAACAUAAAAAAAUCUGACUGGCAUGUAUAUGUUGUGCAUUUACCAUUUAAUAAAAAAAAGACUUGCAAAAAUCAAUAAAUAAUAAACAUGUUCAGUUAACAGUAGAUUUGUGUAGCAAUUGUUUCUUUUUUCAAAAUGGUGAAUGUACAGAAUAUCGGUAAGUUAUCGGCUAUCAUCCUGAAAGUUCACAGAUCAUCUGUAUCAGUAUCGGCUCUAAAAAAAAUAAAUCAAUAUCGGUAUAACUAAUAUAAUAAUAAUUAUAUGUGUGUGUGUAUAUAUAUACAUAUGUAUAUACAUAUAUGAUAAUCUCUAUAUACACAUUCUGCAUGUAGGGCCUCCUGGUGGCCCUGGACCCUUAUAUGUGUAGGGCUGUACCCUCCGAUUGCACUCCUGCUUAGAGAUUUUAUUAAAUAAGUCAGCUAGAGUACUCAUUUUGCCUAUAUGUUGUGUGUUUUAUUUAUUUUUGUUGUUCCAGAAGUCAGUCAUACAAAGGAUUGGAAUGGUUACUAGUUUCCAGUGCUAAAGCUUUCUCUCUUUGCUAACAUCUCACCACAUGUUCAUUUAAUAUUGGCUUACAUCAGGGUCAUUUUCCAUCAAGUUACAUGGAAAUGAAAGGCAAUUAACACAGCGCUUCCAGGAAAAGAUGAUGACCAUAAAGUAAUGUAAUCCCUACAUUUUAACAACAGCUUGAAACGCAAAUUAAAUGCAGCAAAGAAAAAAGAAAAAAAUUAGCCCAAAAUAUGUAGAGAGAGUUAGGAGAAUAAUAUUAUUGUCCUUUAAAAAAAAGGACAACUCCAUUCUAAUUUGUCCAUGUUUUUCUUUUUCUCAUAUGACUGUAUAUUUUCUAUAAUUUUUUUUGUCUAACAUCAAUUAGUACAUAAAUAAAAAUAAAAAAAACGAAUACAUAAAAUGAUCAACAAAUUAGUCAUUAUUUUUUUUCCACUAAAAGACUUCAAAAGAUGCAGGAAACUCAAACUUUAUAAAGAUAUUACUACUUUGAAACUUUUGCUUUUUUUAAAUAAUUUUUUUUAUACAUUGUGUUGCAGUGCCAUUUUUACCCCAAAUCACCUUGUUGUGCCAACUGUAAAACUACGUGCAGGCUGCAACCCUCCUGUGUCCCUUCUGCGUACACAACAGAGGAAUUUCACUGUGUUUAAACAUACAUUUGUUCAUAGAUCAUUUAUUUAAGGCGCUAGCUGGAAGGAGGUUGAAAUUCACUUGGCAUGGGGAAAAAUGCCUUUGAAACCUAUUUUCUCUUGCAAAAAAGUUGGACUUUUCUCUUUCUCUCCCCUGCAGGCAAAGCUGCUCUGUAAGCGCCUGAAUGCCACUCACAUCACUCUAGAGAAUUUGUUGUCAAAUGAUGUGUCUGCGCUGGUGAAAGAAGCUCACUCCUACAAAGAUAAAGGCCAGGUAUGGCGUCUGAAACACAUGCAUUAUUUCCAAAGACAUUGGUAUCUAUAACUGGAAAAAAAGGGUCAUUUUAUAUGUGCACUGAUACAGGCUGCUUGAAAUUUAAUAGCAUGCUGUAAAAUAUUACUACACUAGAACACACAGACUGAAAAUAUGAGUUUGUGCAUAGCUUAGGAGUGAGUUAUUGCCCAUGUUGGAGUUACUAAUUGCCAGGAGGGUAUAUGAAUGGCUAGGAAACAUUGCAUAUGAUUAUUACUGUCAAGUUGCUCUCCAUGUAUAAAGCAUAACAGGGUGAUAAAAAAUAAAAGAACUUAUAUUUAAUAAAAAGGAUUUAAAAACAAACAAACCAAUGUCUGUGUUGUGCUCUUCAAUCCUUUUCAGUUUCAUUCGUACGAUGUACAUCUAAAAUGCUGGAUCAGAAAUAUAAAUGUGAAUCUACCGAUUAGCCGAAGUAAAUGCUUGAUGGCUGUCCAAUCUUGCUUUUCUGUCUAUUGUUGGUCCGGAAACCGCCAUAGUGCUCAGCCAAUAUCAUGCCACUGAGAAAGGUUGGAUUUGUAGUCAUACCACACAUCCACUGUUGUGCUAUGAUAUUUUUCUUAAAUUUUUUAGGUUUUGCCAUCAUUUUUUGUUCUCAAUCUUCGUUCAAAAAUAAUUAUUUUCAAGUACUCCCUAGACUUACAGUCAUGGGAAAAAGAAAGUACAUCUUUGAGUUCUGUGGUUUUAUAUAUCAGGACAUAAUAACAAUUCUCUUAGCAGGUCUUAAAAUUAGGUAAAUAUAACCUCAGAUGGACAACAACACAUGACAUAUUACACAGUUUUAUCAUUUAUUUAACAAAAAUAAAACGAAAAUGGAGAAGCCAGAUUGAGAUCUUGGAAAUUUGGAGGCCAAGGCAACACCUUUAAGUCUUUGUCAUGUUCCUCAAACCAUUCCUGACCAAUUUUUGUAGUGUGGCAGGGUGCAUUAUCCUGCUGGUAAACUCCACUGCCAUCAUAGAACACCAUUGCCGUGAAGGGGUGCAUGUGAUCUGCAAUCUCUAAGUAGGUGGUAUGUGUCAAAGUAACGUCCACAUGAAUGCCAGGUCCCAAGGUUUCCCAGCAGAACAUUGCCCAGAGCAUAACACUGCCUUCACCAGCCUGCCUUCUUCUUCACAUAGUGCUAUCUCUUCCCCAGGUAAAAAACAUACCCUGCCAUCUACUGAUCAAAAAAAUAAAAAGGUGAUUCAUCAGACCAGGCAACCUUCUUCCAUGGUCCAAUUCUGAUGCUCACGUCCCCUUUCGGCAGUGGACAGGGGUAAUCAAAAACACUCUGACCUGUUUGUAGCAACACUGUAGCAUACGUACUAAACUGCAGUUCACUGUGUUUUCUGAUAUCUUUCUGAUAUCUUUCCAUCAUGGCCAGCAUUAAGUUUUUCAGCAGUUUGAGCUACAGUAGCUCUUCUUUGUGAUUGGACCAGACAGACUAGCCUUUGGUCCCCACGUGCAUUAAUGAGAUCCUCUGACACAGUCGUCUAACCAUCACUAUGUGGCUCUUGUCAAAGUCACUCAGAUCUUUUAUUUAUUGUAAACUAGCUUUAAGCCAAUCUUAUCACUAGAACCAUUACAUGCUGUUGUGGUGUUAUAAGGCUAUGAGCACUGUUCUCUGGUGCUGGGUUUAAACAUUUUCACAGAGUUUCACCAAGGGACCUUGAGGCCCCCGUGGCCUGGCUCCCGCUCUUGGAUCACCAAUGCGGAAAUCCAACUUCCUUUUGUAGUAAUAGCAAUUUAGUUGAUAUGUGGACGGCAUUGAUAGAGUGCGCUUUUGAGCUGACCCUCUCAGCCUUUGAAUGAUGUCCAUAGUUGAUAUUGCUAAACUUGAAGGGAACUUUCACUUUAGCAAUAUCACAGAAGACCAGAUGGACUAGCGGUAGCUAGGGUACCCUGAUAAGCAUCAAAUUGUUUGACUUCAAAAAACGUUUCACUCCAUACUGUGCGAUUUUCCCAGGAAGCUAUGCCACCAUAGCAACUACAGCAAGCUAUAGUUGCUUUAGAUGAUAGUCAUUAUUAUUAUCAUUAGUUAAUUUUAAUGGUUCACUGAAAUGAGGCACCUGUGACUAGGAGUGCUAUAAUCAGAAGAAGGGGAAAUAUCCACAAUAACAUUUUAAACAAUAUAAAAUAUCCACAGUAGUAUAAAAUAUCCACAUAUUUUAUGUGGAUAUUUUGUAUUGUUUAAAUAAAGGUAUUUUGGCCACUUCCAUUUGUGAGUAUGCCAUUUUACUUUUUUAUUUGUUCUUUUAUUUUCUACCUGGCAUCCAUUUAUUGUUCCAGUGAGGACUACUCCUAAAGAAUCCAAGGUGGGGAUUAUACCAUUUACGUCCUAUACAGUGAGCAGUUUAUAUGCUCUACUAAAUGUAAGUAAUCAUUUAUUUCAUUUUACUGGCAUUUUUUUUACACAGUGAGCACUAUUGUUUUCUCUUUUAAAUUUAUGGUAUACACAUUGACAAAACAUCUACCUAACAACAUAUCAUUACGUAUCCCUAAGUGGGGAUUGUGCCACUGCAUGCUAUCCAUACUAGAGCUGGUUAUAAGCUCUUAAAAACGUGAGUAGGACUAUAUUAGACUUUUUAUACUGGUAUUCUCUAUCUCUGGGAUAUAUUGCACUAUUAGUUUUUUCUUUUGUUUUUACAUACUGAUGAAUACCCUGAUCUGACACUGUUUUAGAAGAAUUAUUCCAGGCAUAUUUGAGGCUAUAUCUUCUGGCAAGUUUUAUUGGGACAAUAAUUGGACGACUUCUUAUUAUUUUUUUAUCUUGGAUUUUUUUUUUAUAUAUAUAUUGGAUUUUUUAUAUAUUAGUAACUAUAUAUUGUCUAUUCUGUUUUGACACAACCUUAUCUCCUCUUUUUUGUAGUUUUUACUUACUUGUGGGGCUUAGAUGGAGCCCUACCAUUUUAGGUGUUGCUGCCUCAUUUACAUAUAUUCUACAUUUUAUGUUUGGUUUUCCAUAUAGUUCAUAGAUCAGGGAUAGGCAACCUUCGGCACUCCAGAUGUUGUGGACUACAUCCCCCUUAAUGCUCUUACACCCAUAAUGCUGGCAAAGCAUCAUGGGAGGUGUAGUCCAAAACAUCUGGAGUGCCGAAGGUUGCCUAUGCCUGUCAUAGAUCAUAAGAGAGCUGCCUGGAUGAAUUGAUACAAAUAUUCUAUCAAUCAGACCCAGCAGCACCCUUAUAAUAUAGCAUGUGAAUGAUUACAUUCUGUUCUAUAUAAGACAUAUAUUUUUGCCACACUGCCAAUUUCUGUGCCUUUCCUGAAAUCCUCCAGUCUUUACGCCCAUCAGAAGUAGAAGUGCUGCAAUUAACAGAAUAUAUUGCAAAUCCCUCGGUUAAGCUGCAGGAGUUGGUUGAGAUCUUCAGAAUGGAUUAGCAGUUGUGGACUGUGUCAGCGAUUAGUAUGUGCCUGGUAUCUGUUAAUUCUCCAAUGAUCAGGCGCUGGGCUUUCAAUUGCUCGUAAUGAACAUCCUUUUUUCGAGAAACGAUUUUAAUGAUCGCGGUGUUUAUUAAUUCUAGAUUUUUUUAUUUUUUUUUACCCUUCAGUAUUAGGAUAAAAUUACAUGCACUCAUAGAUACAAAGCAGAUUUAUCUACUGUGUAACGGUACAAGGUUUAAACUAUAUUCCUUCACAGGCCGUACUUCCAUGAAGGUAAUUAGGGAUUUCCUUUUAAGCCUUGUGCCGAAUCAAAUGUUAAAUCUGCAAAACAUCAUAAAAGAUCUUCUGGACUUGACUGAACAAAGUAAAAAUAUUUUGACGAGAAACAACCGGGAGAAGAUAUAGAUUUUAAAUAGAACGGUACAAUUAACAUAAUUUUAUAUGAAAAUAAUAACCCAAAGGAAAAUAGAAAAAAGGGAAAAAAAAUAUAAAACAUUGCUUUGUUUUUCUUUCUUUCUUUGUAUGAGAUGUAUCUGCUGCAAGAGAAGAGAAACAAACAAAGAAAUAUAUAUGUAUAUAUAACAAAAUAAAAAUAAAAAGCAAAUCAUUGUGUAAUACUCAAUAAAUACUUGAAAAAACAACCUGCGUUGUAAAGUGAAGAUGGCACUUUACAUACAGGAAACUUCAGAGAUCGAGGGUUCUGGCUCUAUUAGGUAUGUUAAAGCCAGCCUUCUUUUUUCUUAAAUUGGCUUGGUGGCACUGUGUAGACUGGGCCCCUGGUAUACACACGUCUGUUUUUUGACAUGACACAUCAAAGUUGCACACAAGACAGUAAUGCUGCCAGUGAGCUGCAUGAUACACCUUUGGAAAGCAGCAUACUCAAAGCCACAAAUUUGCUCUCCUGCAGCGAGAGGUUCUGACACACCACCCACUGGGACUCGAUGACUGAAGACUGUAUGCUUAAUUUCCUCUUUCCUUUUUUUCAUUAUAUUUCCUGAAGGGUUAUUUUUUUUUUUGUACUUUUUUUUAUAAGCAGAUGAUCUUGUAUUCAUUGUGAGCCCUGUUUGCUAUUUUCCCAAGACAUGCACUAUAUAUAUAUGUUUAUUAUUUUUUGUCUGUGUUUUCUUAUUUUUUUAGGACAUCGCAAAUGAACUGUGGGCCAAACUUAUUCAAGAACGACUGUCUAAAGUGGAUUGCGUAAAACGAGUAAGCAGACAUUUUUUAGUCCAUAAGAGAUAUAUUUGUAGACAGUAGUUUAUCUUGUCAUUUUCAUGGACUUGUUAUUUUUUUUUCACUAACAGUAAUAUUAAGAAAACAAAGCAAAAAAAAUAAAAUAGUUUUUGAAAUUCAGAUGGUGUUUGAUGGAGUUGUUAUUUUAAAAGAUUUGGGUGAAUCAAUCAGUGUGUCAUGUGGCGCUGACAGGUGCUUAUAGAUAUUAACCUAACUGUUUGUCCCCUUAAUCCCUUAAGGACCAAACUUCUGGAUUAAAAGGGAAUCAUGACAUGUCACACGUCAUGUGUCCUUAAGGCUUUAAAUGAACACAUUUAUUCCUGUCACUAUAGGUGUGAAAACAUAACUUAGGUCCCCGGACCUCCUUAUUCCAGUGCUGAGCGGUUCUCCGCCUCCUUGGCUUAGAUCAUCUAACUUGAUGAUCUCAAAAAAACAAUGCUUUCCUGGGAAAGCAUUUAGAGCCUAAUGCGUAUGGAAAACACCACACUGCACCAAUCAGCAUCUACUCAUAGCGAUGCAUUGAAUCAGUGCAUCUAUAUGAGGAACGUUCAGUGCCUCCAUACAAAAUGUGGAGAUGCGAUACAUUAUUGCUACACAUUGUGCAGCACUGACCCAGGAAGCACCUCUAGUGGCUGUCUGAGUAAGUGCAUCUCGAGGUGUUCAUAGGCAGUAAUUUAAAUACUGCCUUUUCUCUGAAAAGGCAGUGUUUACAUUAAAAAGCCUGCACAGACAGGCAGUAGACACCAGAUACACUACAUUGAACUGUAGUUGUUCUAAGGGCUUUAGUGUCCCUUUAAGUUUCAGAGGCCAAGAUAAACUGGACCCAUGAUGACCUUUGCAAUCAUGCGAUUGGGGACUAAACACCUUUUUUUUUUUUUUUUUUGCUAAUCUGUUGAAAUUAAUCACUUUUCUAAGAUACUCGAUAAUAAGGCAUCAUGGGUUACAACAGGGAAAUACCGUACUAAUCUCAUAUGACUUUGAUCAUCAGAUCUCAUAGUUGUAUGUAGACAGUUUAAUGAAUUAACAGAAACUUUUUCAAUACUUACAGUAAUGGUUUCCUCCUCCCUCUCAGCUGAUAGGACAGGAAUAUUCAAAUUAAAAUUAAAGACAUUUAUAAAAGCAAUCUCUUCCUCUUAAACAGCAAUGAUGUAGCCAAGUGACAGUUUGAUGCUGACAUAUUAGCCAGGAAAGGAAAACGACAAUAAGUAUUUUGAAAAAUAUUCUGUUUUCCUGGCUAAUUCAUGUCAGCAUCACCUAUGGAUUUCCAAAGUUUACACUGGUGGGAAACAAAAAAGGACAAAGAGGAGUCGCUGCAAAAAUAUAAAUUAAUGAGACAUGACUGAAUGUUUUACUGAACUGAUCCUUUACUCUUAAGGCCAUAAUAUGUUGUACAUAUAUAUGAAUUUUCAUCAGACUGAACAAAUCCAUAUUGCUCUGCAGACUUCAAAUCUCAAUGAUGUCUGUAAUCCAUGCAUUAACAGGGGAAUGUCUGUGGGCAGCCUUAGCAUUUAAAAAAAUUCAGUGUACAUAAAAUUUACAGGGUCAUUCACUAAAGUGAGAAUUUAAAGGGCAUUUCAAAUUUAAGGCCAAAACAAUGCUUCCAGUUCAGCUACUUUAUCCUCAAAUUUGAAAUUCACUUUAGGUUCUAACGUUGGUGAAUAACCCAAUUAACCUAUACAUCUGUAUACGGAAAUGUUACCUUUCAUCAAAGUUAUUGAAAAUACAGAGUAGGCUGCCUACGUUACUCUGAUAAAAUUUAAAGAACGUGCUGCAUUUCAGGCACCAGCAACUACCUAAUAACUGCAUUUACUGAAAUAUAGUAGCUCAUCUUAGGCAGUAGGGAUAUAUAUUAAUAUAUAUAUUCAAUACUAUCAGUACAUAAGCACUGAUAAGUGGAUCGGAAACAACACCAGAGUCUCAAAACAACAACUGCUAUUAGACCAAGCAGGCAAAUGGGAUCCCAAGACCAUAUACACCGCUCUAUGCACAGCCUGGAUUGACUACAAGAAAGACUAUGACACAGUGCCAUACACGUGCAUGCUGGAAAGCUUGGCUCUAUACAAGGUCAACAAGAUACUAAGAGCCUUAAUCAAGAACUUGAUGAGCAAGUGGAGAGCUACAUCUAAGCCAAUUCCAGGACAAUUACUCAAGUAAACAUCAAAUUUGGCAUAUAUCAAGGUGAUGCACAGUCCCCAAAGCUCUUCUGCAUAGUCCUUAGCCCCCUCAGGCAGAUCAUCAUGAAGCAUGUAUACGAAUAUAUGUUUAAAAAUGAAGCUACCAUCAUUCACCCCCCUAUACAUGGAUGACAUCAAAAUGUAUGCCAAGAGUGAGCAGGACAUUGAAUCACUGAUCUACCUAACUAGGAUAUCGAUCAAGGAAAUUGGAAUGCUGUUCAAACUUGAUAUGUGUGGGCAAAUGAUAGCAAAAAUAGGAUAGAUAAUGGUGGAGUUGAGGUGCCAAAGAGCCAAAAUGGAGAUAUAAAAUAUAGUUAUAAGUACUUUGGGAUACCACAAACACAUGGCAACCAUAAGUAAGAGGCAAGGAGGGUAGCAACAUUCAAGUACCUCCAGAGAGUAAGACAGGUACGGAAGUCCCAGCUUCAACACAUAUUCUACCAUUUAUCAGGUUCCCAGCUGGAAUAAUAACCUCUCCAAACCUUUCCAUUGGCUGUACCAUGUACCACCAGCAGUUAGUGGAUGUGGCUCACAUUACAAAAUCCUACCAGUGGAUGGAAAAAGCAGGACUGAAAGACAGCACUGAGCAUGUGCAAAGAGGCCUCCGAGACAAUCAAGCACAUAGUAGCCUCGUGCAUGGACAGUAUACAAUAGAAGCCCAACCAAAUUGCUGGGAUUUUCUACUGAAAAAUCUGCACACAAAUGGGCUUGACCUGCCUAAGUCCAGAUAGGAGAUACCACAAAGGGUAGUUGAGAAUGAUGGGGCUUGUGAGACAGAAGAGCAAAUACUGGCUGGCCAACCAACCUGACAUUGUGGGGAUAGACAAAUAACGGAAGACUGCAGUUUUGAUGGAUGUCGCAAUACCCAGUGACCACAACAUCAAGAAGAAGGAACAUGAGCAGGUGGGGAAGUACAAAGGACUCAAAAAGGAGCUAGAAAGCAUGGGAAAAGUGAAGAUAGUAGUAGUACCAAUUGUGAUAAGAGCACUCAGGGCUGUAACCCCCAAGUUGGGAAAGUAGUUUCAGAAGAUUCCAGGUGGGACAUCUGAUUAUGUCUCUCCAGAGGGUGCAGUUCUAUGAAGAUAUUGCACAGAACCCUCAAACCCCCAGACCCUAGAAUGAGGAAUACACAAAAUACUAUCCAAGAGCUGAGCACACUGUUCUCCAAAGUUAAGUACAUCAUUGUACUCCCUUAUACACAAGUAUGUCCCGUCUAGGCCCUUACGAUCUGCUGAAGACUUACGUCUAUCUUCUGUCCGUACUCCCACCUCUGAUGCUCGCCUUCAAGAUUUCUUGAGGGCUGCACCGUUCCUGUGGAACUCGCUUCCCUCCUCCGUUAGAUGCUCACCCAGUCUCCACUCCUUCAAAAAUCGUUAAAAACCCACUUCUUCAUAAAAGCGUAUCAAUUAUACUGUUAAUAGCUCCUGACUGAUUCCUCUUCUGCAACUGUCAUUAGUCUAAUACUAUCCUUACCUUUUUGUGUCAUUUUACCCCACUCCCUCUAGCAUCUAAGCUCAUUGAGCAGGGCCCUCAACCCCUCUGUUCCUGUGUGUUCAACUUGUCUGGUUACAAAUACAUGUCUGUUCGUCCACCCAUUGUAAAGCGCUGCGGAAUUUGACGGCGCUCUAUAAAUGUCAUAAUAAUAGUAAUUGUAGCGUUCUCGGCUCUGAGAUACUUUUGCAAAUUCCUUGUGUGCGCCACAACUUGAAAAGCGUUUGUUCUUUUAUUAUUUCAAAGGUAUAGAUACAGUCAAUGUUUCAGACUCACCACAAGACUUUUAGCAAAUUUUGUGUGUGUGUGUGUGUGUGUGUGUAUACAACCACAAAGAAAUUCAGUAUACAGUUUAUGCUUGAUUUUGGGGAGGUUAUUUAAGGUAAAACAUUUUUUUUGCUUUGGUGUUCUAGUGAGAGACUGGUGACGGACCUCUCCAUAAAGGUAGCAGUGCCGCGCCAGCGUGCAUGUCCAGCAGGCUGCACAAUUUCAUGUAGUGUGUGUCACAUGAUAAAAUUGAGUGAAUUGACACAACUGUACACAACGUUAUUCUAUGGUAAAAGCAUCCCCCCCAUAGGUGACUGAGGAAUAGUGUAAAGGAUAAAACACGAUUUGCCUGAUACUUUGCACACCCCAGUACUUCUUGGCUGACAGUGGCUGUCCUGGCCCAGUAUUCGAUGCACGACCUAAGAAUUUCUGUAUAGAAGAAGGGGAGCUUGGGUAGAAUAGGGAAGGUGCUCGAUUAACAGAAUAAAAGCUGAUGAAAGCAUGCAUAUGCUAAUUGAGGAGCACAGGAAGGAUCAAAGGCAGAACAAGGAGAGCUUUGUUGAUUGCCUGGGGCAGGUGGCAGAGAUAAAGAGCGGACCAGGCAGAGCAAAAAAAAAAAACGUGAUCGUCAACAUAUCAUCUGUGCUUUUUAAGCAUGUAUGCUUAGUGUUCAGACUCAUUCUUUAUCAUGUCACCUCUGAACAUCUGUUGCAGUCACCCAAAAUAAACCAGGGCUGGCCUGAUGUACACUAUAAAUUGCAGCUUACAUUAAAAUGUACCCUGGCACUUUUUUUGACAUGAUGGAGACUAUUUUUUUUUUUUUUAUUCUUUAUUUUCGGUGCAUUCAGUUAUGUGACGUUACGUCGUUCAAGGACUUUCUGCAGAGUAGGGUUUUCCGCGUAAUGUCUUGGAAAAAGGUGAGUUGUGAAUCUUCGAAGGCCAGCGGUGUCUUGUCUCUUACCGCUGCUAGUAUGCAGCGUUUUUCUGUCAUGGAGUGGCAGCGGACUAUGACAUCCCUUGGAGCCGUUGUGGGUUCCCUUUUGGCCUUGUUUAUGUGGAAGUGGCUGUAAAAUUCCAGCUUUUUAGCACGUGUGUGUGGCAGGAUAGUUGUCGUAAGCCUACUCAGGUACUGUGUUAGUUCUGAGGGUCCGACUGUGUCAGGGAUUCCCCGGAUCUUAAUAUGUGUGCGCCUACUACUGCGGUCUUCCAUGGCGUCCAGUGUUUUGGUGUGCUGUGUUCGCCGAUUGUAAGUGUUUCAGGGUAUCUCCUAUGCUUUUUACCUCUUGUCUGAGGUCUAGUAUGUCCUCUUCAGAGGCCUGUACUCGUGCUGUCACUGCCUGCGUUUCUGUGCGCAUUAAGUUUAAAUAAACAUCAAACAUCUGCUUCAUUUCUUGUAGCAAGAGUCUGAUAUCCUUUUUAGUGGCUGGGGCUUAGUCAUCCCUUUCUGUUGGUGGGCUGCUGGAGGAUUCAGAUCUCCUGUCUGCUCUGCGUUCUUGUGUCUGCUGUUCUGUCCCUGUGGAGCCAGUCGCCUGGUCGGCCGCCAUAUUGUGGCCUGCAGUGCGCUGUAGUAGGGCCCCUAUGUCUUGUGAGUCCCUGGGUGCAGCUUGUUAUGGCUUUUGUGAUCGCCUCCUCAUUUCGUCACUGGGCGUUGGUAGUCGACCCCCAGGCUAUACCAGUCCUCGGGGCUCGGGAAGGACACCGCUGGCAGUUGUGAUGCCGGCUGGAGGGCGAGGUAGGCCCGAGAUUUGCGGACGUGUUUUUUGCCCAAGUUUGUAUAUAAAAAGGGCAUUGGUGGGUAGCCCUCUGAACCCUGGAGCUGUGGGUCUCACGGGUCGAUGGUACCCCGUACCUGAGAUGUGUGGCAGAUUGCUCGGUGAUACUUGGGAGCCGUGGAGAGCAGCGUCCAUUCGGCUCCGUGGUUAGGCUCCGCCCCGAUGGAGACUAUUUUUGCCGGCACUUUUUAAAAAUCUGUUGCUCAUUUUGCAAAAUACAAUUCUAUUAAUAAAAGGCUGCCCUUCUAAUACUCAUAGGCUAGCAGUGGUAGGUAAGUUGUAGUUUAACAGCUGGGAAGGUGCAGUUACAGGAUUCACUAUUAAAAUAUUGCCAUCUGUUUAAAAUGCCAAGCAUCCUUACAGCCCUGGUCAGAAUGGACUUACUUUGUUUAGGCAGUAACUUACUCUGUAACUCCAUUAUGAAUUGGACAAGAUAAAAAUAUAUAUUUAUUAUAUUAAAAUAUUUUUUUCUGAGUGUUUUUCUUUUUUAUACUCUUAUCUAAUAGUUUUCUACCAUAUAGUCCCCUUGCAACCUGCCAUCUUUUAGGCUUCUGGGUUGAUAUGUUAAGCUGACAUUUGAUACAACUCCAAAGCUGUGGUCUCUUAAAUAAGGGUGCACCAUUAGUGUCUGAGUCACUUCUUGCUCUGGGAAGACCUCAGUGCAGUCGCUGUAAAUCCUGAGUAUAUACAGCAAAUGCAAUAACCAGUCAAUAACCAUGCAGUGUAGUAUCUGUUUGUUUUAAAAAAAUAUAUUUUAAAAAUAUUCUUUUUUUUUUCAAUUUGAAACAUUAAAUUUUAUUUGUGUUUCACAAGGUUAAGCGUUCGGCGCCUGCACGCCAGGGUACAGAAAGUAAAAAGAGGGUAUUGCAGGUACUUUUCGUUACAUCAUACAGGGGUUAUACAUGUUGCUUUCACAUCCCCGCCCUGUUAGUCUAACUAGUUCCAUUGCCCAUUGUUGUGUGUUACUCUCGUGGGACUCGUCCAGCCCCCUAUUGAUUGGCUUUGUCGUCCCUUGGUGCUAACCUCUGUUUGCCCACUUUAUUGUGCUUCAUGGGUUACCCCUGCAGUGUCACCUGCCUCCCUUGCUCCCCCUUCUUUGUUUUUUGCAUUCCCCCUGGGUCCUGUGUUAAGUCUCGUGUGGUGUGUCCCCAUAUAUGCCCACCAUUUCUCUCCCGCUAUGCCAAUGUGUUUUCGUUGUCUUAGGUGUGCAUUUGCCAUCUGCUCGUACUUCCAGUUGAGGGAAAUUUGGUCAAGUAGGGCUUCCUUCGUGGGUGCUAUCUGCGAUUUCCAGGCUCUGGCUAUGAGGGUUACUGCUGCUAUGAGCAGGUGAAAUAUGAGCCCUUCUUCGGUUUUGCUUAGGGUCUUUGGGAUCAUAAAUAGGAUGCUUUGUUCAAUAGUGAGUGGCCAACUUCUGCCUAGCAGGUUGCCUGCUAUAUUUUCCACGUCUUUCCAGUAUUGUAAACAUAUUCUUUUGCAUAUCUUUUUAAAUGUAUUCUCAGUGUAAUGCAUUAAAGAAAGCAUAGGUUGACUUCAGUCUGUCAAGUCCCUUUUAUCACUGGAUAUAUGUAUAUAUAAUUGACAUAUACUGACAUGUAACAUUUAUAUCUGCUCAAAUGUGCUGGGAAUUCUUAUCUCAGACGUAUAAGAUGGACUUUUGAUUACUUAUAUUUUGGCCAUUAUAUCCCAAUGGAUAAUUUCCGCACAUUCUGUCAUGUACACCAUGACCUCCUUCAGGAGUGAAAUAGUUAAACUUUUUAUUCCGUUUUCUAUCCUUCAACCACCAGUCAUAAUCUCUUGUAAUCAGCAUGUUGUGAUCCAGAACUAAAAAGUGCGGACAGGAAGAAAUAAAUGAGGAAAGGGAUUAGAUGCGCUCCACUGCCGAAACUUGUAUGCUAUAAUCAAUAAUGCAGCUCCUCCCUUUGAACUUACACGGUAGAAUUAAGGUUUUUGCAAUGCAAAACGCUGCACUUCAAUUAUUUGUGUCUGCCGAGCUUCCUCACUGCUGGUUCUUUUUUUUUUUUCUUGGUACAGUAAUUUAUAAUAAUUUUAAAGCAUAUUUGUUAUGUAGUACUGCUAGUAAAGCAUUAUGCAGAAUGACUGGUAAGAAUUCUGGUGCCAUAGAGCUUGCACUCUGACGAUGCUCUAUACAUGUUCUGGCCAUUGCAGAUGCUAUAGUCUACAUUUGCCAUUAUGCUGUGCCAGCCAAAAGCUGACAAAGCGUCCAAGGUGAUGUUGUCCAUAUAGCUGUAUUUAAGGUCAAAUCUAAGCACCAUAGGCACUUUGCAUUACUCUAGAGUGCAUGGUGCUUCUGAGAGCCCUAGCCAUCGCUAAUUUCUGAGAGUGGUUUAUGAUUUUUCAAAACGGUCCAACAGGGCAGUCAGUUUGACAGCAGGGAAUAGUAGGGUCCAAGUUGCAUUAUUCCAAUUUUGCAUGUCUUGUGCAGGCAGUAUUCUCACAUCACAUGCAAAAGAAAAAAGGCUAUUUUUCUCCCGGGUGAAGAGAUCUAAUCCUUUCUCCCAAUAGCGAAUCAAAGCAUAAACUGCUAGCAUCUACCAUUACUUUAUAAAAUAAUUCCAAUCAUCUUAAAUUAUGAUUGGAACUAUUCAUAGGUGUUUAUAGGAUAAGAUCAGUCCCCACAGGCCUGAAUGAGAUACCUGAUUGAAACGUCUCAUCCUGGUGUAGGAGAGAGUCUUCCUGCGCUCUUUUUAAUUGCAUUAUUUAUAUAAUGUAAAAAAAAUAUAGGGCCUAUUUUUGCCCAUAUUAACCUUUUAUGUAAUAAAAGUACUUUCCCCUAGCUCUGGGCUAGUUUAUCAGUUAUACAGGCUAAUCCACAAGUCUCCGAGCACCAUCAGUAUCAUUAUAAUUGCUGUAUUUACAGAGUGGCAAUAUAUUCAGCAGUGAUGUACAAUGGGUAACAAAGGCAAAACGCACCUAUGUUUGAAAGCCUUUACAUAAGUAUGGGAAUGUAUCAUGUUGGACAACAGUCUGUGACUAAUAUUUUGUAAUGCCAAGUGUUGUGGGCUAUUUGUUGGCUGCAGGUACACCAUGUGAAAUGUGUUCCUUUAUAGCUAAAGUUAGCCUUCAUUAAUACCGGAGAACCGAAUGAUUUAUAUUAGCCUACUUUAACCCCUUAAGGACACAUGACGUGUGACAUGUCAUGAUUCCCUUUUAUUCCAGAAGUUUGGUCCUUAGGGAUUAAACCCUUGUAGAUUGUAAGCUUGUUUGAGCAGGGCCUUCUUCACCUCUUGUCUCUGAAUGUCAGUUACUUUUCAAAUAUCUCCUUUUGUUAACUGUAAAUAUGUUGGCUCUAUAUAAUAACUACUACUAAUAAUAAUAUAAUCAGAUGAAAUACUGUGCUGACAAAAUCACAGUCAAAGGCAGGGCCGCCAUCAGGGGGUGACAACCAUUACGGUUGUCACGGCCACCGGGCCCCACGUGUAGAGGCGGAACUGCCGCCGGUGCACUUGCACCGGGGCCCGCACGCUGAUGGGGCCCACCCGAUGGGCCCUGUAUCUUCAGGGGCCCGGUUAGCGCUGUGGCCAUGUAAUAGCGCGACCGGGCCCCUUUAAAAAAAAAAAAACAACCGCAGCAGCAGCAAGUGCUGCUGGGAGGAAGUGACCUCGUGGGAGGACCGCCAGUGAGGGAGAGCCAGCCGACUACUCCCAUCAGCCCCAGCCACCCUCCUGCAAAGACAAGGUAAGAGACAGGAGGGUGGCUGGAAAAUGAGCUUUGUGUGUGUGUCUGUAUUUCUAUGUAUGUCUGUCUGUCUGUAUGUCUGUCUGUAUUUCUCUAUGUAUGUCUAUGUAUGUAUGUAUGCCUAUGUAUGUAUGUCUGUAUAUAUGUGUAUGUAUGUAUGUCUAUGUAUGUAUGCAUGCAUGACUGUCUGUAUGUAUGUAUGUCUGUAUGCAUGCAUGUACGUCUAUGUAUGUCUAUCUGUGUGUCUGUCUGUAUGCAUGUAUGUCUAUGUAUGUAUGUCUGUAUGUAUGUCUGUAUGCAUGCAUGUAUGUCUGUAUGUAUGUCUGUAUGCAUGCAUGUAUGUCUAUGUAUGUAUGUCUGUCUAUGUAUGUCUGUAUGUAGGCAUGUAUGUCUGUAUGUAUGUAUGUAUGUAUGUAUGUAUGUCUGUAUGCAUGCAUGUCUGUAUGUAUGUCUGUAUGCAUGCAUGCAUGUAUGUCUGUCUAUGUAUGCAUGUAUGUCUGUAUGUAUGCAUGUAUGUAUGUCUGCAUGUAUGCAUGCAUGCAUGUCUGUAUGUCUAUGUAUGUCUGUAUGUAUGUAUGUCUAUGUGUAUGUCUGUAUGUCAUUAUAUAUGUAUGUCUGUAUAUCAUUAUGAACGUAUGUCUGUGUGUAUGUGUAUAUGGAUGGAUGUAUGCAUGUAUGUCUGUCAGUAUGUCUGUAUAUAUGCAUGUAUGUCAGUCUGAAUGUAUGUAUGUCUGUAUGCCAUUAUGAGUGUAUGUUUGUAUGCCAUUAUGAAUGUAUGUGUGUAUGGAUGUCAGGGUCUGUAUGUCUGUCAGUAUGUUUGUAUGUAUGUGUGUAUGUAUGUAUGUCAGUGUGUAUGUAUGUGUGUGUCUUUAUGUCCUCAUGCAUGUGUAUCUGUAUGUAUGUUAGUAUUUGUCUGUCUGUCACUAUGUAUGCCUGUGUUUCUGUAUAUGUGUGUAUGUCUCAGUAUGUGUGUGUCAGUAUGUAUGCCUGUAUGCGUGGAUGUCUGUUUCAGUAUGUGUGUCUGUUAGUAUGUAUCUAUGUCCUUUUGUAUCAGUGUGUUUGUGUCUGUGUGUAUUCCUGUGGGCGGUAUUUGGAGGUGGACCCUGUGGGCGGUAUUUGGAGGCGGAGCUGAGUUAGAGGUGCUUCCUGUGUCAGUGCUGCACAGUGUCUCCACCCUCUGCAUGUAGACGCUAAACGUUCCCCACAGAGAUGCAUUGAUUCAAUGCAUCUCUAUGAGGAGAUGCUAAUUGACACAGCAUAUAGGGGGCUGGUAUUCUAAAUAUUUACUCCAGCACUGUAGUGUUAGGAAUACAUGUUUGUAUUCCUAACACUAUAGUGUUCCUUUAAAUUCAUUCAGGGUAGCUAGUUAGCACUAUGAUUUCUCUGAUGUGGGUCCUGAAAGUGUUUAAAACAAUGUACUAGGGGGUGGGGCCUAACCGUCGACCAAGAUGGUCGCACAUGGAAAGAGCUCCGAGUAGGAAGCCAGCAAAAAGCGACAUAAUUACAACAAAACUUGAAAUUGAUAGCCUGGGACAGCAGAGGAUCGGCGACAUCCCGAGACUCACCUGGGUGGUUCUCCACGCUUGGAGCAACAUCCUAAGUCCAGAUACAAAACGCGGCCUACCAGCGGCUGCACACGUGGGAGAGUCGGCCGAUCUUCAAGUGGGCAACAAUGCAAGUCAGCACUGAUGGGGGUUAUCCCGGCUCAAGCAAGCAGACACUACCCCCAGGCACACUGAGGCCCCCGGUAAAUCAUCUGCCCCUGCGGCCUACCUCCAGCCUAACCACAGAAGUUAAAAUCGCGGCGGAGGACUCCAAAACCGCACCACGAGGCCCACCAACGACAUUGGAAGAGCGGCUCGACGCGCUGUUCAGCAGCUUUUGUUAAAAGCUGCGAGACAGAGAGACUCAGGCAAGGAGGGAGCAGAAGAGGGAAAACAAACGCCCACACAAGCCUCCGGACCCCCCUGCACCCCCGGCAGAUAAAUGUCAGAUGCGGCAUAUGGCUCCUGGCUCAACGUGGCGGGAGAAGCGACUCACCAACCCCGCUGACGCCCGGCCGGGCCCUAAGAGUUACAAAGCCCGCUACCACCUACCGAAACAGAGGACCCAUAGAAAACAAAACAUGAGGAACAGCACAAAAAAGCGGCAGUACAAACUCCCAAACAGAGAGAAAUUCUAUGGCACCCGAGUCCCUACCGCAGCAGCAAGCGUGACCAGAGCAGCAGGAUAACAAUGCUCAUAACCAGGCUAUAGGACUCUGUACACCCUCGGGUAGGCAUCAGUUAAAAGGCCUCCAACUCAAGGAUUCUAUGGCCACCCAUUCUACCCACUGACGACCACGGGACUUGUCAUACAAUCUCCACAACAAACGAACGCUGUCCUGCCCUUGAUUACCUGUUAUCUCUUCAUGUUAUACAAAUGUUUCAUUCACUCAGUAGAAGUAUACCUCCCUCAUGAGACCCAAUGUACCCAAGUUGCAUGCUGUGUAUCUCCCACCAGGGUACUAUAAAACAUCUGAAUGGGCAACUGUCAAGACAUGCCACUACACGAGUUAAAACAGCAUGAUUGUCAUUGUCUUAAAAAAAAAAAAAAAAAUGUGCCGAGACCUUAAUGCCACAUAUGUGUUCAAUUGUACUACCAAUGUGCUUACAUGUGCCGUUGUGGUAAUGUAAGAUGCCUUGUUAUUUCUUGCACAACAAAAAUAAUGUACUAAAUGUACUAAACUUCUGUAAAUUAUCUAUAAUGUUUCAUAUUGUAUUUUAUUUAUGUAGGCAUUACAGGUGUGUUUAGCACUUUACAGGCUAGAUUACAGUAGAAGGGGUACAGUAAGUAUUCAGUGUAAGUACAGUAGUUACAGUAUACAGUGUAUGCCCAGUACAUACAGAUACAUUAGGAUAGGUAGAUGCCACCCUUAAUUGCUGUCAAUCUGACUGGAAGUGUAAAUUAAUGUGACAUUUAAAUUAUAGUACAAAUCAGUAAGAUGUACCUAUUUGUUUUUUAAAAAACACCAUUCUGCUGUCAACAUUGCUGCCCAGCAGCUUAUCAGCCUAUUGGCAGAGCAGAGUGUUUCAAUCAGUGUCAUUAUUAGGCUGAAUGUUAUCUCAAUUAGAUACUUUUUUCCUUUUCAUUUUGAUAUGAUAUUUAUGCAAGAGACCUACACUAUUGAUCCCCACUAUUGAGCUAUUUAAAAAUUAGUCACUCAAUGCAGGCUAUAGUGAGUGACCUUUAAAGAAAAACAACAGUGUUAGUGUUGGACUACAUCUUUAGAUGACUGGCCCUCCUUCAGAAUGCUAUUGCACAUGUGCGUCAAAACGCCACUCUGCAUCAAUCGGCCUCUACUUAUAGAGAUGCAUUGAAUCAAUGCAUCACUAUGGUGAGCAUUCAGUGUCUCCAUGCAGAGCGUGGAGACGCUGAACACCGGUGUUGCACACAAUGCAGCGCUGAAAUAGGGAGCAUCUCUAGUGGUUGUCUGAGUUACUGCACCUAGAGGUGUUAUUAGGCAGCAAUGUGAACACUGACCUUUCUCUGAAAAGGCAGCGUUUGCAUUUCUGAGAUUUUUGGGACAUAGUGUCCCUUUAACAACAUGGGCAAGGGCAUUCAAUUGUGACAGCUCUCAGCACAUAUCUCAAAAAUUGCAUGCCACUUCAUCCUUAGACUAAAUCCUUCUAUUUUUAGGUUUAUAGAGUUUAGUGCUUCGUGAUUGUAUCCACAUAAUGCCAUGAGUUCUAGCAAGCUGAAUGCUGAUUUGCUUAGAAUUUAUUUUUCUUCCAUUAUUUCAAGCAAGGUGUAAUGAGACAGACUGAUCGAUGUCAUUCCAUUUACAAUCCUAGCGAUAUGAUGAUUAUAGCAAAAAGGGUAUCUUGACUGAGUGUCUUUUAGUGAGUCACACUUUUGAAAUGUGUUAUAUUUAUUCCUAUCACAUUUUUAAAGACAAUCUUUCUCAUUUUGUGCAACAUUAUUUGUACCCAAGUCUUUAAACAUCUGUCACUUUUCCCAAAUACAGCGAGAUGUUUCAGAUAAGUUGAUUGACAGAUCUUCACGUAGAUAAAGCCAUAACAUCGUAAAUUACGUUACCUGUUGGACAGGCCUUCAUUCUGUCCAAUUUAUGCUUGUAUUUCUACAUAUAAACCCAGCCUUCCCCUUGUCUUUGUAGACUGUAAAUGUUAACAUAUUGGAAUAAUAUUGGGACCUUAACUGGCAGCUUCGUAUUUUAUUUUUCCAUGCUGAGUUGUAGUGCUGGCAUUAAUUGCACCGUUCCAAUCCUCUGACAGCGGAAGGGCAGACUUUCUCAUAUUUUGACACUCCCAGGUUUAAAGAUGUCAAGUACUGCCUUAGAGGAGAACGUUUUUUAUUGAUCAACACGCCUGCUGAGACUUCCUGCAGAGCGUUAAAUCUCAUCUAAAUGUGGUUAGGCAUACCAGCGAACAAGCUGCCAUGUAUUAUAGCAGGAAGAGAAAAACUUAUUGCAGGCAUUGUGUUAGAAUGUAGAAGUAAGGUAGCAGAUCUGAUGACUUGUCACCCUACAGGGGCCCAUCCUGUGUAGGUAAUGUCCCACUGAAUCCUGAGCAGAAUGCUCUCACCCCGCUGGAGACAACUUGGUGAGAGGGCCUGGGGAGAAAUUUUACUCUUCCAACUGCUUGUUUUGAACCCAAAUACUACAGUCUGGGUGGAUUCCAGUGGUGAAUUACAGCUGUUCUUUUCAUCGUUCUGCAUUGAAGAUGUGGUGCUCAGCAGCUGUUAGCCUGUCUCCCGAUGAUGGAUUUUGUCAGCACAGGCUGAUAUAGGCUAUUAUUGUCAUAAACGAUUUAUUUGGGAUAUUAACCAUUUGGGUACUGGCAAGAAAUGCACAGGAUAGCUAGCUGUUGCCGACAAUGCAGCUGCAUUUUAAACUUGUAGGCUUUUUAAAUGCCUUCAUUAAAAGACCAAGGUGCUUAGAACUGGCAUGUCUCCUAAUGUAUUUAACAAAGUCAAGGUAAAUGGCUUGUCAGAGAUAUGGUUGCUAGAGGGCAAUGGCUUGGAAAAAAUGUAAACUUAUGAAAAGAAGAAUAGUUUUAUGGAACAUGUUCCAGGGAAAGUUGCUAAAAAGUGAUUAAAUGGGGUAUUUCCAAGUAACCAAAGCUUGAAAUUAGUAGAUUCAUAACAUUCCUCUGCAAAGAAGGCAAAAUGUUAUUUCUUCUAACUUGUAGCCAAAUGGUACACGCACAGUUAUUAUUUGCAUAAGCAGUUGAUUCCAACUACAAAAUCAGAGCUAGGCAGUACAUCACAUAUCCUCCAUCAGACGAGCAGGAGAUCCAUCACCUCUUACUGGUCUGCUUACUGAAUGUAAUUAAAUAUUCAUUGUAACAUUGGAUCAUGUGCGAAUUGACAAGUGAUUAAAAACUACAUUAAAAAGAAUAAAAGCAAAGAAUGAGAAAACAAUAGUUUUACCACAUUCCCAGAAUGCCGUGCAUAAAGAUGCAAAUCAGUCCAUACAAUAAAUUGUUACUCUAUUCUGUUUUGUAUACAUCAUUAAUACUCAAACAUGGCUUUAGUUGUGCAUGAAGUAUAUUUAGUACCUUUUUCAUGCAUUUGGGCCUAGCCGUGCGGAGUUGACAUUUAGAUUAUAGUGAAAAAUGUAUUGUAUGAAGCUUAGCCAAAUGCCAACUGUAAGGUAUGGCAAGGCAAAAAAGUUACAAAAUUCUCUCCACUGUAUAACAAAAACAGCCUCAGAAACACUGGUGUUUAUCAGCUACCUUUAUAAAGAUAUAAAUCUUGUGUAAUUCUGUUUCUAUUUUGAAUAUUACUGGGUUAACCAUGUCCAACAGAUGUCUCGCAACAAAGAGAGAUGUAAGGUGUCCGCAUGCAAUUAUCUAAUCCUAGUGAACACUGCAAAGGUAUCUGAGUACAUAAGGCAGUCUGUUUGUAAGUCAGGUCUUACUCUACUGUGUUUUGCUUGUUACCAAGUGUUUCCCAAACCUCCUCUGCCCUAUGACUGUCCACAUAUAUAUUUAUAAGCAUAGAUUUUAUUUUAUCUGUGACAUCUGCUCGAAGCAUGUCCCUCCUGUGAUACCAGGCUCUGUGCAGCUGUUCAGACCUCCAGUUUCGAGCUGUGCUCGGGGUGCCCGGAGCAGACGUUUUUUUUUUGAUGUGUGAUAAAACAGAACCAAACCACUGGGGGUAUGCAGCUAGCGCCAGCAAGAGAGGAAAAAACGCAUCAGAAUAUCAAUUAACCUGCUCUGAACAAAGCACACAGCUCCAUGGUGGGAUAGACAUUCCACUGAUGUGUCAAGACACCAGAUAAUAUAUUCUAAUUAAAGGAUUGAUUUCUUUUUUUAUUUGUGCACUUGUGUACCUCUGAAUUUCCAAGACCCCAGGAAAUAUCUAAAAUAUACAAAAAAUAUAUAAUCACUACGUAUUUUACAUUCCAUUCAUUAUAUAUGAAGUCUUAGGGUGCAGGGUGGUGUAUUGAGAAAAUAAACAGAAGUUUGUUAUUGUUUUUUUUACCUUUAAUUGCGAUGGAGCAUUUUACGCAAUGAUAUAUUUAUCUCGAAGUGUGCGGUUGUUGUCCUGGGAGAUAUCUUUUAACAGAACAAUAUGAUGCACACUGUGAGGAUAUAGUCUAUUUAAAAGAAAACUUUGCUAAAAAUCAGAUAUUUGCAGGCUUUUUCUAAGACUUAAAUUUAAUAUACGAUGUUGACAGAAAACAACUGCUGAUGACAAAAUUAUUGUGCGUUUUGCUAUUUAAUGCUAUCCUCUAGAAUACACACAAUACUGUUACAACGUAUGGAUCACUAAAAAUUUGACGCAUCAAAACAAAUAGUGAUCUGCUGCAGUGACACUCACUGUAAUAAAAGUUAAGAAAAAGUUCUGGAAGCCAAACGCCAAACAAAAUACAUAUCCUUAGCAUGCUGAGACUGUCUUGCUGUUACAAAACGAACGCAUUCAGUGCUGCAGCAAUCAUCAACAAUACAAGCAGCACUGAAUAUAUAUAUAUAUAUAUAUUAUUAUUAUUAUUAUUAUUUAUAAAACACAAACAGAUUCUGCAGCGCUGUACAAUGGGUGGACUGACAUACACAUAGUUGAAACCAGACAAGAUGGACGCACAGGAACAGUGGGGUUUUUAGAGGUAGUAGGGUAUGGUGUUAUAAAAGGUAAGGGUAGGGCAGAAAAUUAGGUUGCUAGACUAGUUAUUUGCUGAGGGGUUGAUAAAUCAGGGCGCAGGAAAGGAAAGCUUUUAAUAGUUUAUUAUUAUUAUUAUUAUUAUUGCCAUUUAUUUAGCGCCAACAGAUUCUGUAGCGCUUUACAAUAUUUUAAGAGGGGGGCUUUAUCUAUAAAUAGGACAAUUACAAGAAAACUUACAGGAACAAUAGGUUGAAGAGGACCAUGCUCAAAACCAUCUUACAGUCUAUAGGAUCUAUAGUAAAACACAAUAGGACAGGAAAUAGCAAUCAAAUAAGGUCGAGAGUAAAGCAGAGCUGGAGGAGAGAGUAAAUUGCUGCCCUUUAGGAGAGAGCAAGAGACAGGUAUGUAAGGUAGAGGUUACUCUGGGGGACCAUUAACUUUCCUAAAGAGAAGUGUUUUAAGGCACUUCUUAAACGAUUGAAGACUAGGGGAGAGUCUGAUGGCGGUAGGUAGGCUAUUCCAUAGGAAGGGAGCCGCCCACGAGAAGUUCUGCAAGCGUGUGUUUUGCCAUAUGGGUGCGAGCAGCGGACAGGAGAAGGUCAUGGGCAGAGCGGAGAGACGGAGAAGGCGCAUACCUUAAAGGGGGCUAGAAUUGAUGCUUUAUAGGUAUGGGUUAGCACUUUGAAUUGACUACUAUAGGAUACAGGAAGCCAGUGUAAGGACUGACAGAGGGGUGUGGUGUGAGAGGACCAACUAGAGAGGAAAAUCAGUCUUGUGGUAGCAUUCAUUACAGACUGUAGCGGGGCAAUACGGUUUUUGGUAAGACCCAUUAGGAGAGGGUUACAAUAAUCCAUGCGGGAGAUUUCUAAAGCAUGGACAAGCUCCUUAGUAGCAUCUUGCGUAAGAAAGGGGCAGAUGCAGGCUGUGUUUUUAAGAUAUUAUCUACAGGAUUUGGUAACAUGCUAUAUGUGAGACUCAAAGGUGAGGCCAGAAUCAAGUAUGACACCAAGACUGCGCGCUUGCAAGGAUGGACUGAUGUGUAGAUAAAAGUUUAACGCAGGAGGGAAGGGAGCGCCACUGGAACGGUGCAGCCCUUGAGAAGUCUUGAAGGCGCGAGCAUCAGAGGUAGGAGUACGAGCAGAGUAUAGACAUAGGACUUCAGCAGAGCAUAGGUGCCUAGAUGGGACAUACUUGUGUAUUAGUGAGGAUAGGUAGGUUGGAGCAGCAUUGUGUAGAGAUUUGUAAACAGGUACAAUUUUAAAUUGAACCCUAUAUCCAAAAAUAUGUAUACAAAAAAAACGAAAUGAAGGAUUCCCACAUUAGCAGACGUGUGCCUGGAGUGAACUUGAUUGUGAUGUCAAUUUCUAAAUCUUUGCAAUACAUUUGAAAGAAAAUAGAGCAUCAAGUAAAAGAGAUGGACGCAAGUUAUAGGUGAUUUUCAAUAUUUUAUUGAAUGUUGUAAUUUCCAGAGUAGUGACAGUUUGCCUCUAGUCUUUCCAGACAAUUACUUUCAGACUGCCCCACAUAAUUCUUUCUGUUUUAAUUUGAACAGUCUCCUACCUAAAUAUUUAGUUAUUUUGUUCUCGAUCUCACUCCAAUCGGUUUAAGUAUAACGUGUGCGUUGGUUAAUGUUUUGUAGGGUUGGAUUUUGGAAGGAUUCCCACGAACACGUGAACAAGCAUUACUGCUGCAGAUGAAUGGAAAUAUUCCCGAUCAUGUUGGUAUGUAGUUACUAUAAUACCAACAAACAUCAUGACUGGCUUGGGCUUUCCAUAUAUUUAUGAACUACAAUUCUUGUGAUGCACAGCCAGGCUAGAGGCCCAGUAGGCUAUUUGAGUACUACAAGAGACAUACUUCACAUAUAUCAGGGGUGCAAAUGUUAUCUUCAGUUUUCUUAAAGGAACACCAUAGAGUUAGGAAUACAAACCUAUAUUGCCUUUGUCCCUAGUUAUAUAUAGUCCUCCCUACCCUUUUCACAGAAAAAUUAUAAAAUAAAGCUUUUUCAUAGCCUUUUUCCAGCACCGGAACUCCCUCGGGGGGCUUCUCAUCUCUAUGCCUAUUGCUAAAUUAUCUUGGAGGUAUGACCUCGUCCAUCGUUCGUCUAAUCCAAUGCUCCUCAAACAGGAGCAUUGGGGACCUGAUGCUCGUGGGUUGUGAACACCGUGUGUACACCCACGUUUUCCCAUAGAAAAGCAUCCUUUUAAAUACUUUCCUAUCAGUUUCUGCAUCAUGUAACAAGGUUUUACUCAGUCAGUGCAUUGGAAGCCAGUAAGACAACCUCUAGUGGUGGUCAAACCUUGCAAUGUAAACAUUCCCGUUCCUAAGAAUCUGUAAUGUUUGACAUUGCAAGUGUAAAAUGACAAGACCACUGCACCGAGACCAUUUCAUUAAGAUGAAGCUGUCACUGUGACUUUAGUGAUCCUUUAAUCAUUCUGACUGUAAAACACAUCUCUAUCUAAUAGGAAGUAUGGAUAUAUCACUUUGAGUGAAGAAUCAUAAGUAUUGUGUAGAUGCAUUCUUCUCUUGGCUGGAUGUGGAGAUGACUUAAGCUGAUGGAUAUAGCGUUGAAAUGGCUUUAUCUAAUAGGUGCUAUGAUGUGUGUGACCUCAUAUUUGUGAAAAGCUGAUUCUCAUUUUAUUUAAUAUGAGAGCAUGUUUUGAUAAGAUUUGUUGAUGUGGGGUGUAUGGACGUACCAUGAGUGGGAGUGAGAUACCAAAUGUUUUUCUUAUCUUGUAUUCCUAGCUAAAAAUGCAUUUUUAAAGAUUCAUUAAAAGCUUUUAAUGUAAGAAUUGUUUAUGGAAUAUUUAUAUGUGCAUCUGUUUUAAAGAUAGAUCCAGAUUACUGAGCAAGUGCUGUACCUCCCAUUAAAUAACUGUUAUGUGAGACAAUGUUCUACUCGUUGGCACUUUUUUCCUAUAAUUGUCUUCAUGCCCAUAUUAACAUAUUUAUGAAAAGCAUUGUGCUUACAUUAGUACACCCCUUGACUGCCCUCUAAACAUGCUAGGACAGAGGACCUCUGACCCACAGCCUUCAAAACCUAGUCUAACUUCCAAUGCCCUGUAAAACCCAGCUGAUAAAAUGUAACUAUUGCUCACCUACAAUAUAUGCCUUAUCAUGCGAAAAAUCUGGUCUAAUGGUCUGUGGUUCGUGGUUGGCCUUCAGACAAACAAAACCAGAAGCCCAAGCCAUAUUCAUUUAAAGAACCUGUCAGUAUGGACCUCUGUUCUACUAGGGAUCUCUCGCAAUUUCCAUGUUUUAUUUGUUAUUUCUAUCAAUAUGGCAUUAGCUUACUGGUUAUGCUAUUGUGUUAAUAAUUCUUCUUGAGUUUAGUAUAAAAGAACAAUUUAUGAUCGCAGGUGUGAAUCUUGUAGCUUAAUUUUUAUGUGGUCCUAGUGGUUUUAGAUGCUCCAGAUAUUGUCCUGAUUGAGAGGAACAUGGGAAAAAGGAUUGACCGCAGAAACGGAGGUAAGAAAGUGCUCUGUACGUCAUCAAAUUGACAUAUGCUUAAACUACAGCUUCUGAUUCUCUGUGAAGGAAUAUAUUUGGCCGUGGGUUUUCAAUCUGGGUUUUCAUAGUCAGAGCCAAUCUUAUUCAUUGUCUAUCAUCUUGUGUUACAGAGAUCGCUGCCUUUGAAAUAUAACUAGCGUGCAUUAUAUUUGUAUAAAGUAUAAUAGUAUUAUAAUUUCAUGAGUUUUGGCUCUAAUUUAGUGAUCCUAACCGUCAGCUGGAGGUCCCAGAGGACAAAUCUACUGAAUUUGUGUUUCUGCAUUAAAAUGUAUGUCCAUCUUAACAUUUUAGAAUGUCUUGUUUUUAGUUUGUUUGUUUUUUUUUGUUUUUUUUAUAAAUAUAUUUUUUUAACCCUAUGCACAUCUUCUCUCCCACUCAGUUGCACAAUUCUCAGUUAACCUGUUUACUGAGAGAGCUAAAUGUUAAAAAUUAUGCACAUAGAAUUGUGGUAAAAAAUUAUAUUUACGUUUUAGAUAUAUGUACAUUUUUAUUUACCUACCAAGAACAUGUUUGAUUUAAUUUUCAAAUGGUUUUAUGAUCAGCAGCUGGUCACGUCUUACAUGGAAUCUAGUGAGGUGAUUGUAGCAAGAUCCUUUUUAUCAGUUUCUUGUGAACUAUAAAGGGAUAUUCUGGAUGAAUUUGUACGUGUAAUGCAAAAGAGAAACUUUCACGUUAUCUUGGUGGCAACAAAGAUAUGUGAUCAGUCCAUUUGUAAGUGAACCAAAAAUUGCGAUUAUAUUAGUAGUAGUUGUACCCACUUCUGCCUUCAAAAGAGUCUCAGUGCCACAUAAAUACAAUGUACUACGAGUAGACAUAGCUCUAUAGAAAUGAAGGUCCUCACUGACUUCCCACAGUCAUCUGUUAAUCAUAUUAAUUCGUCUCGUGCUGGAUCUCCCCCUAAAUAGCCCUGUUUCUAUCUUUUUAUAGAUGCUCAGUUGGAUUGUGGUUUGGUAAACAGAAAGGCCAAUUCUCUAAGAUGUGCUCACUCUCAAUUUUGCGAAUUGAUUCUGUUACAACCCUUGUUUUAUGGCAUGGGGCAUUAUCUUCCUGAAAAUCUUUUUAGCAGAGGGAUUCACUGCUGCCAUGAAGGGGUGCACCUGAUUGACCGUGAUCUACAGAUAUACUGUGGCAUUUAUACUGAUUCAGUCGAUCAUAACUGUUGACAAUACAUUGCUCCCCUUGCAUUGUGGGUAUGGUUGUCAGAUCCACCAUGCUGCCCUGGGCACACAUCGCUGAUACAUGUAAAGGGGAAGCAUAGGAUAUUGCCGCCUUUUAUAUCAAGUAUCAUUCAUAUAUAAUAUAAUUCUUCCUUAUAAUAAAUGUACUUAAUUCUUGGGUUUUUAGUCCACAUAUUACAGAAUAACACUUACCACAUGGCGAUCCUCAGCAUGCAGGAGUGGUGCAUGGCCAGAAAACCAUGGAGGGUCUGGAAAUUUAAAUCAAGAAAAAUGCAUUUUACGCAGUGACACUAUCACCAGCCUGCACUGUUGACACAUAGGGGAUAUUGAUGAAAAUGUUCUGAAAAGUGACAGUUGAAUUCUGUCACUCGUUUGAUCGCAUUUAUUACAGUGUCCUAAAAGUGAUCUAAAAAGUGACCAUUUUCUUGAUAGUUAGCCCAAUUUGUGUUUCAGAAGAUCAUCAAAAAUAGUGGUGGAAUAAAAGGAAAUAAAACGAAACAAAAAAGUCUGAAAAAGUGGCAGAAAGAUUGAUACAUCCAUUGUUUUGCCGAAAAUAUUGUGUGUACUCUAAAAGGACACUUAGGGCGUUUAAGAACCAACAGGUGACAAAAUCCUACAGAUUUAAGAAAUUGUGCUAAAAAUUAAACAGAAAAAUGUCAGCGACACUUUGAUAUAGCUCCCCCAUAGAUACAUGUAGUCGUUCCUCUAUUUCCAUAUCCUAGCCCUUACUUCAUCAUGAAACAGAAACUGACAUUUCUCAGACCAGGCAAUUUAUAUCCAAUCUGUAGUGUCCUGGGUCUCAUGCCUUAGUCCAGUACAACCAGGGGUUCAUGGGUUUUUACAAAACAAGUGGAACUUCAGAUGUUGGUUGUCUUAUUGCAAUUUGUAAGACAAGAUAUGAUAAGGUGUAUUGGGCCUUACUUAAUGAACUGACCAUUUUUCUUGGCUGUCUUAGAUCUUCAACACUGUACAGUUUAGUGGAGCAACUUUUUAUUUAUAGCUUUAAAAAAUUACUGCUCAUGAGGCACAAAAUGUGUAACCGUUAUCGUGCUCAACAAGAAGAAAUAAAAGUAUUUCUUUUUAAUCUCUGUUGCACAUAUUAGGCAUUGUUUUCUUUUCUCCUGGAGGUACUGGUUGAUUCAUGCUUGGCUUAGAUCUUUGGUAAUAUUUCCAUCAUAACAUGAUCAAAUUAAUCAAAUAUUUGUAUUAAAUUAAAACACCUGUGUGAUGAUGGGUUUCUUUGACUUGCAGAGAUCUACCACACUACCUUCGAUUGGCCUGAUGACCCAGAAAUACAAGACAAUUUGGUGGAACCCGAAGGAAUAUCAGAGGAAGAGACAGGGCAGGCAUUACUAGUGUACCACAGGCAUAUACCUGGAAUACUGUGUACCUACCUGAAAGUACACAAAAAGAUUAACGCUGACCAACCUUGCAUGGAUGUGUUUUCACAAGGUAAAGAAGUUCUUGGUCAUUUGAUAUAAACUACAUUAAGUAACAAGUCAAAACCAAAAAUAGAUCUAUGUAGAAUUAUCCUGUUCUUACCCUAAACUGCAGGUGUUUUGAAAGGUUUUGCAUAACCAGGAACUAGGAAUUGUAGAGAAAUAAAAAAGACAUGGGUAAUCCAAAUGAGCUGAAUUGGAAAAGUCCUGUAACUUUCCACCAAGGCUAUUCUGGACAGAAUUUGCAAUUUUCUGACAGUUCUACACAGUUGUCCGUUAAGUGGAUAAACACCCUCUGUGAAUUGUAACUGAAAAAAGUUUGAACAAAGAUAACUACAAUUUAUGGACUUAGUAAAUAGUUUGUCAAUUGGUUGACCAUGACUUGUCGAAAGAUAGACCAUUAUUUUGAUCGUGCAGCAGAUAUCUGUUCCAAAGAACUCUUGCAUAUUCAAGAUUCAUUGUCCUCUGCCCACUUACGAGCUUAAUUGAAUUGAUGAUAACAUUCAACCUUUUGCCACAAACCUGUGUUAAACAAAAAAACAAUGCCCUAUCUGACAUAAAAAAUAAUAGUAAUGAAUGUAAAUUAUAUGUUUGUCCUUUUCUUCACAUAGCAAAUUAAUUAGUUUCCAAAUUGCUUAAUUACAUCUAAAAGUCGAUAUCAGCAUUCAUAAAGUAUUCAUGCCUUGAACAGUAAAUAAAGACAUGGGUGCUUGAAUAUUAAUUAUUAUUAAUUAAUAAUGCAGAGAGCUAAAUUAGGGAUGGGAAAGAGGAAAAUCCACACAUACAAGGAAAUCCUCUGUAGAUCUUUCCUGCAGCACAUCAAGCUUCAAAAUCCUUCUUUAUUCAAGAUAAUUAGUCAGGGAGCCCAUCUAGGGGAUUAUUACUCCUAAUUAACUUACAGUUAUUUACUGGAAAUUAGCACCAUUUGUAAAGCGAGCUUUCUGCCAGUAGAUGAUCUGAGGAAAUCACGGAAAACGAGGAACUUUUAUUAGAAGCUUGUUUUUUUUCUUCAGAUUCCUUCACUUUCACUGUAUAGUCCUUGUUGUAUGAUCUAGGACCUUGUGGCAUAGGACAGGCUUGUCCAGAUGGGACUCUUUUGGAAUGGUCCUUCAUUCACAGCUGUCAUGUGGGGCUUUGGUACAACCUGAUACCUAUCUAAAAGAUAGCAAUGGGUUGUGGUUACAUAGUUACAUAGCUGAAAAGAGACUUGCGUCCAUCAAGUUCAGCCUUCCUCACAUAUUUUUUUGCUGUUGAUCCAAAAGAAGUAAAAAAAUCCAGUCUGAAGCGCUUCCAAUUUUGCAACAAACUAGGAAAACUAGGACAGUAUGAUGUACUCUGUAAAUCAGGGCAAAUACAUAAAUUUUCAAUUACUUUUGUUAAAGUAUAGGCUAUAGUCACACUAUACAGCUUAAUGUAGUUGUUCUGGUGAGUAUACUCUGUCCCAGCAAGCAUUUUAAUGUAAACACGGCCUUUGCUCCAUAGGAACACCUCUAGUGGAAGUCACUCAGGCGGCCACUAGAGGAGCUUCCUUGGUCAGUGCUAUCCAACGUGCAGCACUGCCGUUCAGCAUCUCCACACUCUGAAUGGAGAUGCCGAACGUUCCUUAUAGAGAUGCAUCGAUUCAAUGCUCUCUAUGCGGAGAUCAUCAAAAAGGAGGCAGAGUGUGGACAGGAUCAGCUGUAACGAGACCUGUGCUGCGCUGGAAAAAGGUAAGUCAACUACCUUUUUUACAGAGGGUAAGGAGGGCCAGGGACCUAAACAGUGUUUUCACAACAAUAAUGUCAGGAAUACACAUUUGUAUUCCUGACACUAUAGUGUUCCUUUAACCCCUUAAGGACCAAACUUCUGAAAUAAAAAGGAAUAAAAGGGAAUCGUGACAUGUCACACAUGUCAUGUGUCCUUAAAGGACCACUCUAGGUACCCAGACCAGUGGUAACCCUAGGUCCAGCUAGGGUUAACCCAUUUUUUUAUAAACAUAGCAGUUUCACAGAAACUGUUAUGUUUAUAAAUGGGUUAAUCCAGCCCUCAAAUCCUCUAGUGGCUGUCUCAUUGACAGCCGCUAGAGGCGCUUGCGUGAUUCUCACUGUGCAAAUCACAGUGAGAACACGCAAGCGUCCAUAGGAAAGCAUUGUAAAUGCUUUCCUAUGAGACCGGCUGAAUGCGCGUGCAGCUCUUGCCGCGCGUGCGCAUUCAGCCGAAAGGGAGGAGAGGAGGAGGGUCGGAGGCGGAGAGCUCCCCGCCCAGCGCUGGAGAAAGGUAAGUUUUAACCCCCUUCCUCUCCCCAGAGCUGGGCGGGAGGGGGACCCUGAGGGUACCCUCAGGGCACUAUAGUACCAGGAAAACAAGUAUGUUUUCCUGGCACUACAGUGGUCCUUUAAGGGGUUAAACUGUCCUACCUAUGUACACGUUCUUAUUGAAAUACUUUUUUUUUUCUCCUGUAUUUUUUUUGGUCAUAAAUGAGAAUUUAUAUAUGUAUAUGUAACAUCAAAAUAAAGCUUUUAAAAAUGGUAUGUAAUAGUGUUAGUGGAAUAAAUGUGAAAGACUGAAAUUGUAGGAAAAAUAUAAAAAAUGCCCAAAUUGCUCGUGUUCUUAAAUACAAAACGAGUAAACUGAACCUGUGUCUUUAAGAGGCUAAAAAUUAGAUUUACCUUUACAGGAAGUGUGCAGGGAGACUAUGUAAGUCAUAGCAAGGGAAGGUGUGGCUAAGGCUGUGUAAACAAAGUGGUUUAACUUUUAAAUGGCAUAGACUUAAGCAGUGAUACUGCACGGGCAUGGUCUGUAAACCAAAACCACUUAAUUAAGCUAAAUUUGUUUUAGUACUUGGAGUGUAACCCCUUAUUGAUGUAUGGUAUGUAGGGACAGUUAUGAUAUAAUAGGAUUUGACUCACUCUGUUGUCUUGAAAAACAACAAAAUACACCUGGCUACCCUUCUACCCUUCUGAACAUUAAAAAGCAAGAGAUAUUGUUAGUCCUGUAAUCUUAGCGAUAAUCGUGACUGUAUUCCCUGCUUACUUUAAUGACACUUUCUUUUCUUUUUUGUUUUUUUUUUCAGUUUUGACAUUUGUGCUAAGCAAACCAAGGUCCGUGGCCCCUUACACGCCUCGCGUCUUGCUCUACGGACCCCCAGGCAGUGGACGUGGCCUUCAGGCAUCAUUGCUGUCACAGAAGUAUGGCCUGGUCAACAGUAAGUCUCAAACUGUGCUUUAUCUUUUGAUUUUACAAAAGAAAUAUAGCACAGAGAAGCCUGGUUUUCCCUUGGAAUAUGAUAUGUCCAGGUAGCUCCAGGUGAACUGAGUAAAACACAGGUGAGCUCUGAAGUAUUAUACAGCCUUUUAAUAAAGUGUACAAGUAGGCACAUGGCAGAGAUUUGCAGGGGUAAAUAUUCCCUAAUGAAGAAUUUCAGUAUAGUAAAACAUUAACACAAUUUUCUGAAGGUAAAUACAAUAAUGCCUAAAAAUCUCAAAAAGGCAAUAGAUUCAUAUUCAAAAUAUGCAGUGGAUCCUGCUUAGUUGUGAUGUUCAUUUUUUGUGCAAAUUAUUAUUUUUGCAAAUCCCACAUCUCCGUUUCCUUAUUGUUUCCAUUUUGCCUGUCUUUUGUCAGUUUGCUGUGGCCAAUUGCUGAAGGAAGCUGUCGCAAAUGAAAGUAAAUAUGAAGAAUUAAUCGGUCCAUACAUUGAGAACUCUCAGCAAGGUUGGCAAGUCAGCACGUUAACAUUUAUUGCAAUGAGUGUCAAUCAAAAACAAUCUACUUUGAACUUAACGAAACACAUUAGUGUUAGGAAUACAUCUUUGUUUUCCUAACACUAAAGUGUUUCUCUACUCCUGUGACUUCCCCCAGUGUUGUAAAGGGCUAAAUUACCUUUUAUUCACGUACCCGAUUCCAACGCCUAUGUCCCUCAGCGCUAGAUCAUGCUAUGCCUCCUCCGACGUCAGCUGAUUAGGGGUGGGAGGGAGGACAGGACUUAAAGCGCAUAAGCGCAAGCAUUAGGCCUUCCCCAUAGGAGAGCAUUUCCUCAAUGAUUUCCUUUGAGGUUUUCCUUGACGCUGGAGCGUGAGGGCAUGCAGCAUCCUAUCACGGAGUCAAACUCCAGGAAGCAUCAUCUAGUAGACAGCCACUAGAGGCAGUAUUAGAGGCAUGUAAAGGAAUGUGCAGAACUGAGGGGAAAAGGGACAGUACACCCACACCACUCAAUGAGAAGAAGUGGUUGGGUGUCUUUAGUGUCCCUUUAAUGCCCAUCUGUGAUCACAUAAUAAUAACAUUAUCACAUUUUUAAAUAGGAAGCAUGCAUGUAUCUUUUUAUGUUCUGUUAUUGCUCCACUCACUGGGGCUCAUUGUAUUAAUCAUGGACAUAUUAAUUGCAGCCUUGACUUUUCCAGUCACCUUCAAAUACUGCAUGUGUAUUAUGUAUUGAGAAAUGAAUAAAUCACACUUGGAUUGCUUCUUUGCUGCAGAGGGUCUUUGUAUAAAGUCAUGUAAAUGAUUAAAACAGAAAAUGUUAUUUUCACCCAGUUUUGCGGUUAAGAAGUUUGACAUUUUGCAUCACCAAAACUAAAAUAUAUUCAAUGCAAUUAUGUGUUGUUUGUUAUACAUCACAAGAUGUCUAAUUCCAAGCUGUUGUCCAAACUUUACACACUGAAGACUUAAAGUUUAACAUCCAGUACAUAAAAUGUGGCUUCUUUUAGCUUAGCUCCACCUCCCAUAUCAUUCCCAUAAUCUUGUUAAUACACAUUUACUCUGAAUAGUGUAACGCGCCCCAAAUCACUGCUGCAGCUUAACGCCAGUUUCCGAAGUGGGUACUCUAACCUCUUCACUUAAACUGCGCAGCCCUUUUGACCCUGCGAUUCGAAUGGUGCAGUAAUCCCACUAGCUCUCCCCCCCCCCCCCCAGUAAGCAAAUGAUGGGGGGCAAUCAAGCAGGACUGAAGGCAAGAAAAUAAGUGUUUUUUAAAAAUGGAGAGAAAGAAAAAGGACAGCGAAGUGAAGGAGCAAUUCAGUGGGGACCUUCUCAUGCUCCAUUCCAGAAAGCCUUUGCAGUUGGUGUAUUAGUGGUAGCUGCAAACAGCACUUGGCUGUGUAAAUAAUUUACCAGUUGAUUAAUAGACACACAUGGGUAUAAUUAGCAGAAGGAGAGACAGCAGCUACAGUAACGGAUACCGCGCUUGGGGGAACAAGAGACUAUAUUUUUAUAUUUAUUUAUUUUUUUUAGAACUUAUUUUCCUUUUUUUUUAUUUGGAAACUUUCUAGGGCACUGGGCGUUUGAAGAUGAGUUGGGAAGAGCUCUGUUGGCUCUUGUCUUUUGAAGUGGAAAUAGGACAGUUUGAAUCUGUUGAGUUUAAUUUUUCACAAGCUUUCAGAGCCCUACAGAGAAACUCCUCUAUUUUUCUUUUCUUUUUUUUUUUUGUAUUUUAACAGCGAAGGAAAGAAAAUCACGCUGUUUCAAUCUUCUUUCCUUUAUUGCAGUUUGCUCUGUUUUUAACACAUUUUUCACCUUUUUAGCAAUGGUUUGCAGAUCAUUCUGCAAGUGAAAAGAUUAACGCUUUUAGGUGAUAUGGGAUUGCGAAUAAUUUACAAGGGAACUGUAGGCCAGAAUUUCACUAUUUUGUAUUUUACCAUUUGUAAUGCUUUAUUCAAUUUUCACAAUUCCCUGUUUAGUAAAUAAACACCUUUAAGUCAUUAAUUUUUGGUGUGGGAUUUUAUUUUUUAAAUAAAAUCUUUUUCAUUUAUUUAUAUGAUACCAGCUGUCUGUAAAUUAUUUAUGUAUACAUAGUGCUGUCUAAAAAACAUGAUUUCAGAUAUCAGCAGGGCUAUUUAAUAAAGGGAGAUCUGAAAGUGAAUUUCAAAUUUAAGGCCAAAGUAGCUGAAUUGGAAAAAAAUCUCCAAACCAGCAAGGCUUCCAUUUCAGCUAUUUUUGUCUAUUUGAAUUUGAAAUUUACUUUGAAGUCCCACAGUUCACACGUUCGUAAAUAACAUUGCAAAAAACAAUAGUUCUUUGCUGUUUUCUUUAGAACGAUGCUACAGUAACACAAACCCUUGGUAGGUUUAUCUAGUAUAAAUGUAUACAUUUACAAACGUAUUUACAAGUAAGAAUUUUCUGGAAUUCAAAAUGAAUUUAAAAUUUGGGAGCUGAGCCAGUGCUCGACUGAGAAAGAUGUGGUUUACUAGAGCUCUGUGCAGGAAUCUUUAAAAGUUCCGAAUUCGGACACUACAGUCCUGAUUUUUCAAGCAAACAUGCCCUUUGUUGUGUGGGACUAAUGGAGAGGCAAUCAAAGAAGAACACAUCCAAUUCGGGCCCUGGUGUACAAGAUAUUGGAGCUUUGAUGAGACAGACCCUGAGACCUGCGACAUCCAAGAUGGCGCCGAGCACAGCCAUCCUCUCAGCCUCCUCGGAAAAUCUGAGCUUGGAGGAUGAACUAGAGGAGCUCGGCAGAGAUCCUGGACCACUGCCUACUGCUGGAAAUCGAGGGUACCGAGGGCCAUCCACAAAAACAGGUACUAAGGCACUUCUGGGCGACAUUCGCUCCAUGUUCCAGUCAGAGUUAGUGAUGAUUUAUGAGGAGGUGGCUACCUUAACAGGAUGCAUAGCAGCUGUGGAAUACCACAACAGAGGUGUGGCAAAGUCAGCCACAGAUGCAGCUCUGGCAGCCCUGCAAAGAAGUCAAAUGGAAAUAAAUGCACGAGUGAUGGUCUCGGCGGACCAAGCCAGGGCGCACAACGUGCGCGGGUCUGUGGGGUGCCAGUGGAGGUCAUAGGGUAAGAACUCUUGCAUUACACGAGGAGACUUUUUACUACCGUGUUAUGACCAAAGCGUGCAAAACAACUAGCUAUGGAUGGCUCAUUGAGGUUCGCCAAGGUUGCUCUGGCACCACCAGAGUCCGCCUGCGAUAUAUACUCGUGCAGUUCCAGUGUAUCUGACAAGGCGGCUCUUUUUCAUGCAGGCUGUGUCAGUCACAGCCAGAGGGGGUGUGACUAGGACUGCAUGGACAGAAACAAAAGUGAAAAUGUCCCAGAUAUUUAACCGUUUGUUCCUACAGCUAUCUCACCUUUGCCUAAACCACUUUAAGGCUUACAUGCCUCCUAAGUCAUAGCUUUGUACUUGUGUAUGCAUCUACACUGGCUCUGCGAGCUGCUGUUGCAUAUCCUAGUAAACUGAAUUGUUGUAAACUUUCUUUAAUAUACUGUCAAUAAUUACUGCUUUACCACUGUCUUUUUUUUUUACACGUUAUAAUAUACAUAAUUAUGUUAUAAGUGAGGCACAUUUAGCUCUCAUAACUACCCACCUAACUCCCCAGUCUAACAUACUAUUCACAGUCUUUUCAUCUGCAAAUGUUGUAUACCAAAAAUAAAAUAAAAUACAAAAUUUAUAUUUUAGGCCACAAUAACUGAUCUCAUUAUUUAGCUUACUUGGUUUUUUGUAAUUCGACUGUUUUAGUGUUAAAGGGAUUAUAUUGCUUUUUUGGUGACUAGUGUCCCUUUAAGUUUAAAAUUCACUUUGAAUUUGUGUAAGUGCAUACUGCUGAAAAAAGCAGGCCAAACCAUUGGUCAGCAUUAACAUUAGCACUGGAUAUAUGAAGCGCUGUCACAGGCAGAUUAUCAAGUUAUAGGUUGUUGGAAUUGUAUAUACAGAUAUGACAUGAUGUACCUAUAAAUGCCAUGGUCAGUGGGCAGAUCAUGUCUUGGAAUCCUGUACUGCGUGCAAUUAUCCCCUAUAAUGAACGCAGAGUAAUGAGAGGGUAGUGGAUGCAAGGAAUAGCCUACAAGCUGAAGUGGUAGAGAUUAACACAGUAAAGGAGUUUAAGCAUGCGUGGGAUAGGCACAAGGCUAUCCUAACUAUAAGAUAAGGCUAGGGACUAAUGAAAGUAUUUAGAAAAUUGGGCAGACUAGAUGGUCCGAAUGGUUCUUAUCUGCCGUCACAUUCUAUGUUUCUAUGUAAUGCACAGUUAACCCAAGGGAAAUGUAGUCCACAUCAUCUGGAGUGCUGAAGGUUGCCUACCCCUGUGUUAGGGGAACAUAAUGCCGUCCCAAUAAACAUUCAGUCUCUUGUUUUACAUUGACGUUUCAAUAAAACUCUUGAUGCUAUUAUUUUCCCAUAUUACACACGUCACUGUUAUGUAUUCUCUACAUAUAUAAGCAAUUAAUAGACGAUAACGUUUUAUGUCAAGCUUGCCAAUUGUCCCAUAUGAGAAUUUUCUCCUAAUUCCUUUGCCCAACAGAAAAUUAUUCAUUCUUGCCGUAAACUAUGAGCGUCAUUAAAGAGACUUUGGAACGGCCUUGUAUUGGAGUGUAUUUACAGUGCCUUCUUAUUAGUAAACAUUGUGUACCCCCCCUGUUAUGAAAGGAAAAGAGAGUUUUGCCAUGUGCUCUAUGGCACCAUAUCUUGCUUCUGUCGAGGGACCCCUCAAGGACUAGUCCUUCUUUAGUAACAGACCAGAUCCAGCUGUUUGGGAGUCAUCAACCUUUCAAUCACCAUAAGGGUUUUCUUCUCUCCUCUAUCCCCCAAAGGCUCAGUAAACACUCAUCUGGGACUGUGUCUAACUCUUUUACUUGGCAUUUGGAGCCCACUCCCUGGAGCUUUAUUAGCUUAUCACAGGUAAUGGCUAACCUCUUCCAGAUGCUGAGAACUCUCAUGCAUUUGUAGCAGAAAAGCUCUUGCAAGUCUCGCACUGCACCUGCAGAGGGCAGUAAACAAUAAACAAUUAAUUCAGGGUUGCUGCAUGCCUUGUCGUAAAUGUGAAUCUGUAGUUAAACAUCCUCCUGCACUGGCUUCUUUUUAAAUCCCUGAUCUCAUUACCUGCCAGAGCAGCAUGAGUUAAGGAUGAUCAUAACUGAUAAGAAGAAAAGUUCAGAGCUGCUAACUGCUACGUAAUAUAGGUAGUUUAACCCUCCUUUAGCUAGGAUAUUUAUAUUUGUUAUUUAAUAGUGUGUUUAUAUUUUGUGCACUGCGCAAAUUUGUACUCCUAGCUAGCCAUCGGCGAGUAGCAUAGGAUUUUAAUAUUAAAAAAAAUAUUUUUUUAAUACAUUCUUUAUUUACUAAUUUAUUAUGGUUACAAUUAGGGAAAGACUUGAAAUCUUGACAUUUUAUGACGUGUGUGUGUAGAUAGAUUCAUUAAAUCAUCUUUGCAUCAUUUUGAAUACACAUUUUGAACAAGACCUAUGAAUGCUUUUAUUAUUUAAUGUGUAUAUACCGUAUUUACUCGAAUUUAAUGCGCCAUCGAAUCUAAUGCACACCUCAAUUUUUGAAACAUGGAAGCUGAAAAAUGUUUUUGCUGGCAAAUGUAAUGCGCGUUUUUACAAAAAUAUGCUACUAUACAACAUUGUGCUAAAAUUAAAAGGUUUAUUGCCAUAUACCAUAGUAACAUUGAUGGUUAUUCAAUUUUAGUGUUACAUGUUAAGUCUAUUCUUUCUUUCAGGAACAAAUUUUGCCUGUGUGAAUUCACCGGAAUGAAAUUCGCCUGUGUGAAUUUGUCUGUUUGAAUUCACCAGUUUUUAAUUUGCCAGAAUGAAAUUGUCCCGAAUGUAAUGCGCCAUCGAAUGUCAGGUGCAUUCAAAUUUUGGAAACUUUAUUUUCCAAAAAGGUGCACAUUAGAUUUGAAUAAAUACAGUACAUGUCUUGCUUGAGAUUGCACCCAGGCAAUGACUUUUUGAAUCCUUUAGGUAUAAGAGUGCCGAAUAACUUUUAAAGUGUGUGUAUAUAUAUAUAUAUAUAUAUAUAUAUAUAUAUAUAUAUAUAUAUAUAUAUAUAUAUAUAUAUAUAUAUAUAUUCAUAUACUUUUCAGUGAAGUUUACACUGUAACAGAAACAUGUUUCUUGGUCCUUAUAGAAUCAUUUCUCAGUACAGGACAACUAUACUGUAAUGUUAAUACUGUUUUUGUCUUGUUUGUCUCUUUUCCCUAGCCCCAAAUAACAUUGUACUGAAGAUCCUGCUCGAGAGGCUCAGCAGACUAGAUUCUGCUAUGAACGGGUGGGUUCUGCAUGGCUUCCCAAGAGACACUGAGCAGGCAAGUCUGCUGAACGAUGCUGGAUUCAUGCCCAACAGGUGAGAUGAUUUAUCAACACGCUCACCGCUUACUGAGUCUUUCGUUAACCAUUGGCAUAUGUAUGUGGAAUGUAGGAUUGAGACAGGCCAAGUCGAAAGUCACAUUCACAUUUCUUUGCUGUUAGAAAAUAUAUUUUAGACUUGCAGGUUUAUUUGCUAACUUCACAAUUAAAAUUCUAGCCUCAAAUAGCUGAAUUGAAAAGAUAGCCGACUUGAAGAAUGUUUACAGUUGUCUAUUUUGGCCUAAAAUGUAAAAAUAAUAUUGAAUUCCCAACAACUCACACUUUAGGUAUUAACCAUAUGAAUACUAAAUGAAACACUAACAGGGUUAUUCACUAAAGAGAGAAUUCAAAGUGAAUUUCAGAUUUAAAGUCCUUAUAGCCUAGCUGUAAAAAUUCUCCAAGUCGAUUAUGCUUCCAGCUCAGCUACUCUGGUCUUAAAUUUGAAAUUCACUUUGAAUUUAGUCUGCAUUUUCACUUUAGCAAAUAACCCUGUUACAAACGAUAGGUUGCACCAGUAAUGUUUUUAGGAACUAGAGCUUCCAGGCUCCUGGAAUAUUGACAAGCCUUAUUAUUAAGCCUUAUUAUUAAGUCUUAUUAUCAAAACCAUUUACUUAAAAGGACACUCCAGGCUCAAGAAAACACCAUUAUUUAAAUGCAUUACGUAGAUAGUAUAUAUUUUUUUUAAAAUGCUACAAUUUUUUUUAUAAUAAACAACAGAGACAUACAUAACAGCACUGUUAACACUAUACAAACGUAGCAGUGAGAUACGCUCACAAAACCUUUGACAUCAUGAGGACACAUAACUGAUCCACACACACAACUGUGCAACUGAUCCAUUCCAUUCUGCGAUAUUUGUAACUGCCAAUGUGUUCAGUUUGCUGAGAUUUCUAAGUUAUACCUGCAGGUAGUUUUUUCAUCAAAACUAGACAAAUUAGAAAUGUCCUAAGACAACUAAAGACCUUCAGUGUUGGCACCUUAAUGUGGUGGAAGGGGACUUUAAUCUACCACUAGACCCAUGUGCCAAUACAAGAAAGUCACACCUCCCUGCCUGUCUGUUGGGGGGGGAUUCGGGCCUUCCUCCAUGAGUACCAAUUAAUAGAUUGUUGGAGAACCCCGCACCAACUGAUAGGUAUUAUAUAUUUUACUCAACUCCACAUAAUGCCUACUCACGCAUCGAUUACAAUUUUAUGCACCUCAACCUUUUUCGUGAUUCUAUAAUACCAAGAAACAGGCUUUUAGAUUCUCACUUCUAUAUUUGGUAGAGUUGUAACCUUAUUUAACCCUUUUGGAAGAACAUACAUAAGACACUUCUUAAAACGUUCCCCCACUCGUUAACACCUGAGCCUUUUCUGUUGCAUCUUUACCCAAUCAAUUUAUGCAAAUAUUAGGGAUCUAUUCUACCACAUCUCAUAAAUGCAGCACGUAGUACUAUUGCAGUACCCUGGAGUAAGGGCUCGAUACCCCACUGUCAGGUAGUGGAUUGCGAGGGUGGUGGACAUCAAAGCUCAUGAGGAAUUAGUACUGAGUUAUUCACUGAUGGAUCCUUUUAGAAUCAGGCUUUAGCGACAUCCUAACGGGCUGUUGCUACAACUAACGUGUCUCCAAAUAGACUUUCAACAAAAUCACAGUGGGUGCAAUAUCCUGUGCAUCCCAUAAUUACCUUUAUUUCAACCCUUUUUCCUAACCCACAUACUCUGUUUCUCUCUCCAAAUUCCACCCACACUUAUAUCUUCUUCCACUCUAUUUACCUAACACAUUUACACUACUAUUCCAUCACGGACAGUCGCUGCAAUGGUCUCAGAGAGGGAGAUCAUAUGAUCUCAUGGUUUGCUAGAAUUACAAUUUACCACACUGAAUGUAAUUGUUAUAUCACGGUCAUACUAUUUGAUUAUUAAUAGCUAAUAAUGUGAAUGUUUCUGUUCUGAUUAUUAUUGCACAGAUUAUGUGAUAUGCACUUCUUUUCCGUGUACCGAUACGCUUUCUCUGUACCUGCGGAUAUAACUUAGACUCAAUAAACGUUGAAUUAUAAAAAAUAAAAAAACUAGACAAAUUAUUGCAUGUAUAUAUAGAGUGAAGUAAAUGACUUGAAAGGGACACUAUAGGCACCCAGACCACUUAAGCACAUUGCAGGCUUUUACAUUAAAAAGAGUGUGCAAAACUGAUCUUUUCUUUGAAAAGGCAUUGUUUACAUUAAAAGGCCUGCAGGGACAUACUAAACACACCAGACUACAUAAAGCUUUGUCUGUGUUCAACCAAAUCAAAAUGUUGCAUCAAGUUCAUUCAGCUUUUUCCUAUGAUUUCAAAUCUUCAACAUGACCUCAGUAUAGACUUUGAGCUGGUAUUGAUGGUCCCAUAGCUUUCUAUGUGUUAAACUUUGAAACUGGAUGAAUCCACUUUCUUAAUUUAUCCACUUACCAUGCUUUCUUGUGAUAGAUGUUACUCUGCUGUCAUGAUGCCUUUAUUAGACAGGUGCUGCACUUUCUACACAUUGAUAAGUGUCCUACCCAGUCUUUCCAGUCCAAUGGUUGUCACAUGAUAUAGAAAUAAGCUGCAGUCUGUAUUGUUACAUAAUAGUAUAGAUAGGACCUACUACAGUAUGAGAAUUGUCGGAAUUCAACUUGAAUUUCAAAUUUAAGUCCAAAGUAGUUGAACUUGGAAGCAGAGCUGACUUGGAGAUUUUUUUCCAGCUCAGCUAUUUGGCCUUAAAUGUGAAAUUCACAUUGAAUUCCCAAGAAUUCGCCCUUUAGUAAGUGUUUUACCCAGUCUGCCAACGUCACACAGUUGUCACAUGAUAUAGAUAAUAGCUGCAACAUAAUGAGGGAGAUUUAUCAAUGGCAUGUGUUCACUAAAUAUUGAAUUAUGGUCAAGUAAGAUAUGAAUGGCAAAACUGAGGCAAAAAUAGCUGAUUUAGAAAACUUCAACACAAUGCUAAUUUGACUAUUUUAGCCUGAACGUUGUAGUUUGUAACAUUGUAACUUUAAAAGUUUUGUGUCCUAAAAAAUGUGUCCUCUCCUGCAACUGUCAUCAAAACAAAAUCACAUCAAAACACUUUUCUACCCUUACCCUUGCCUUUUGUGUAAAUAAACCCCACUCCUUCUAGCAUGUAAGCUCAUUGAACAGGACCCUCAACCCCUCUGUUCCUGUGCGUCCAUUUUACAAAUACAUGUCUGUUCGACCACCCAUUGUACCGCGUUACGGAAUCUGUUGGCGCCUUUUAAAUAGUAAUAAUAAUAAUAAUAAUGGAAAGAAGCGCCCAUUUCUACCUGUUUGUGUCACCCAUUUCAUGUCAAAUACAUCUGAAUACACAGCAAUAGAAUUACUUCUAGAUAUUACUGAAAUACUGGAUAAAAUAAUCUUAUCUAAUGAGUUCUACUCCUUCUUCAUCUGCUAUUUUGUGGUUUUGACAAGUCCCCUAUUUGUUCAUAGGUUUUGAAUUCCAAAAUGUUAUUUAAUGCUGUUGGAUAUUUUAUUUUUUGUUAAUUUAUUUUAUUUAGUCAUUGAAACCUGUUUAACCCCUUAAGGACCAAACCUCUGGAAUAAAAGGGAAUCAUGACAUGUCACACAGGGGUUAAACGUAGAAGUACAUGGUAUUAAUGGCACUUGGCAAUGAAGAAGUAACUAUUACUAAAGGCUCCCGAGUGAAAAGGCUUGGGAAACAUACUGGGAAAUAUAAAAGGGCUUUAUUCGGUAAUUGCUGGCAUGUUUAAUGACUAAAGUAAGAAUUGGCAGGAAUUAAAAGUGAAUUUUAAAAUUUAGGCCAAAUUAGAAAAUAAAGAGAAAAAAAAACUCCAAGUCAGUUCUUUUUUCAGUUUGGCUUUAUCGGCCUUAAAUUCAUUAAGAAUUUUCAUAAAUGUUCAAUUUAGUAAAAAAAAAAAACCCUCUUUGCGAUUUGUAGGAAUUGAAAAAUGAAUUGCAAAGUUUAUAAAAGUAGCAGAUAUUUUACACCAAAAUAUCCGAUUACGAAGAAACUUCUUUGUCUGAUUUAUUUUUCCAAUUGGGCUACUGCGGUUUAUUAUGUACAUUUCCUGUCACUCACCCUUAAUUCUUGUUUAGUGAAUAAGCCUCCAGUAUUCAUUUUACACCAUUCCAAUUUUGCCUUUGCCAUGUAGAGCUGAUUACAGCAGCCGAUGACUGCACUCUCCGGGAGCCUGAACAAAGCUUAGGAUGUAAAAGUGCCUUUGUUUACUUUGCUCUGCUUUUCACAACGCGGUGUCCGAAUUUUCCACCGCUGAUUCCCGUGUGGAUUAAACACAAUAAACAGCCUAUUAAUAAAAGCUUGAACUAAGGAAUGGAGCUCGAAUUUGCAGCAAAAUCCAGUGCAUAGUGUAGGUUAAUAACUCUAUUACUGCCAGCUGAAUUCUCCCUGCGUUUGAAGAGCCUGCUAUAAGCCUUCUCUUACUCCCCGUUAAUUGAGCUAAUAAAACCUCAGUAACCCAUCCAUGCUGCCAUUAUCUGUGAGUUUACCAAGACUGGACUAGAAUAUUUAUUCUGGGAUAUGGAUUCCACCCUGGCUGUGUUUUUCUUUCACACAAGCUGGGAUUGAUUCUUGGAGGUGGGGAAAGCAGGAGGGAGAUCUAAGCAUCUCUGUGGGAUAUCCUAUUCUAAUCUGUAUUAACUACCAUUAUCCGAUGCUCAAAAGUGCUUACGGUGAGUUCUUAAAGAGAAAUAAACCCUCUGCUGUAUAAAGCAGCAUUAUCUAAAUGUUCUCUACAAACCAAGCAGCGUUCAAUUAAAAAUAUCAGGGGCUUAGUGACUAAGGAGUGAUUGAUUGGCAGCGCACGUUGGCAACCCCUAAAAAUACAACCAAAUUGGAGAUUUUGUCCAACUCUGUUUUUGCAACUAAAUUCACUAAACUGUGAAUUGCCUGGAAAUUACUAGGGUGAUUUUAAAUCUUAUGCCAAAAGAGUUGAUAUGAAAAAAUAGAUGAGCUGAAAAAGGGUUCCAGUUUGUUUUUUUUGGUCUAACAAUGUUAAAUGUCCUGCUCAGUUCCAGAUAGAUUUCUAAUUAAAGGAACACUAUAGGGUCAGGAAUACAUGUUUAUAGUGCAAAACCCACCAUUUAGGUGGCUUACCCCUCCCCCCUUAGCCUCUUAAAAGUGAAUAAAACUCACCUUAUUUCCAGCACCGCGUGGGUCUGCCGCUUUGGUGACAUCAUCAUCAGAAUUGCCGAUGGGGAAAGCAUUAGAUUGGCUAAAAUCGGCAAGGGUCGGGGCCAAUUGCUGUUUUGUCCAAUCAGCACUUCCUCAUAGAGAUGCAUUGAAUCAGUGCAUCUCUAUGAGGAAAAUUCAGUGUCCACAUGCAGCGCGUGGAGACAUUGAACGGCACUCCUGCCUACUGUGCAGCACUGAGCCAGGAAGCACCUCCAGUGGCCAUCUGAGGAGUGGCCACUUGGAGAUGACCCUAGGGCCAGUGUAAACACAGUCUGAAAAUGCCUGAAUGAUUAAACUUACCAGAACAACUACAUUAAGCUGUAGUUGUUCUGGUGACUAUAGUGUCUCUUUAAUUCAAGCCAAGGCAACUCUUGGUUUAGUGCAGAGGUACACAACCUUUGGCACUUCAGAUGUUGUAGACUACAUCUUCCCUGAUGCUUUGCCAGCAUUAUGGGAGAUGUAGUCCACAACAUCUGGAGUGCCAAAGGUUGCCUACCCCUGGUUUAGUGAAUAAAUCCCUCAGUCUAUAGUAAGUGAGUCUAUAAUUUUAGUACUGGCUCUAAAUGGUUCAAGCAAAGAGUAGGUUUCAUUUUAAAUGUUUCUUUCUUUAUAUUUUUUUCACUAAACUGAGAAUUCUGGAAAAUUGAGAAGGGAAGUAGUUUGAAUUUUUCAAAUUCUGCAAAUUUGGGCUCAAAUUUGCCAUCCCCUUGUCAAUUCUCCUCAGUUCCUGGUUGAAUGCAUAGAUGCUCAGAUAUAGUAUAAUGUUUGUUUAUCCAUUUGUGCUAGUAAGACUAGGGGUUUAUCCACUAAACUGUGAAUUAUGAUGCAAUUACUGACUUUCAAAAUGUAGGCCAAAGUAGCCAGCUUGGAAAAAGGUAUGGCUAAAUUGUCUUUUAUUCUGGACUCUACACUGCCAUCCCAGUGCAAAGGAACAGUGUAGAAGAGGAUUUAUUAUAGUAGCCCAAACAUAAUUGUUGAGGUCAGGGGUACCAUAUAGAUGAGUCCUGUGGUACACAUUCUAACCAGGAAUGGGGAACAGAAUUUGACUACACUUUUGAUGGCAUAUACACAGCCUGGAAAAUUGUGGCCUCACGGCUACAAUUGCAACAAAAUCAAAUGUAAAUGUGUACACUGACAUGUUAAAGGGACACUAUAGUCACCUGAACAACUUUAGCUUAAUGAAGCAGUUUUGGUGUAUAGAACAUGCCCCUGCAGCCUCACUGCUCAAUCCUCUGCCAUUUAGGAGUUAAAUCCCUUUGUUUAUGAACCCUAGUCACACCUCCCUGCAUGUGACUUGCACAGCCUUCCAUAAACACUUCCUGUAAAGAGAGCCCUAUUUAGGCUUUCUUUAUUGCAAGUUCUGUUUAAUUAAGAUUUUCUUAUCCCUGCUAUGUUAAUAGCUUGCUAGACCCUGCAAGAACCUCCUGUAUGUGAUUAAAGUUCAAUUUAGAGAUUGAGAUACAAUUAUUUAAGGUAAAUUACAUCUGUUUGAAAGUGAAACCAGUUUUUUUUUCAUGCAGGCUCUGUCAAUCAUAGCCAGGGGAGGUGUGGCUAGGGCUGCAUAAACAGAAACAAAGUGAUUUAACUCCUAAAUGACAGUGAAUUGAGCAGUGAAAUUGCAGGGGAAUGAUCUAUACACUAAAACUGCUUUAUUUAGCUAAAGUAAUUUAGGUGACUAUAGUGUUCCUUUAAUGCGCACUUUUACAAUUUUAUUUUGAGAAAGGUGAACGUAAGCCAUCUUUGCACAUAAUACAAAGUUAAAUCUUACUUUCAGAUUCCUUCCCUAAACCUCCACAUUCAUUUACACCUGAUCACAAAUCUAAAACUAACUGAUGACAUUUAAUGGUCUCAGCAGGCGUACGAGAAAAGAAAUGGCUACCCCAACACACCAUCACAGAAUUCACGCAGCUUGAAAUAGCAAUCCGGUGUACACUCCGUAAAAAAAAAAAGGUUGAGGCAUUAAAUUGCAUUGAUAGGAAAAUCACCCGCCACAUCGUUGCUAAUGCUUUGAAUCUUUGAGAAAUAAAACCAUAAUAGUUGGCAGAAAAUGAAGCGGAAUUCAUACUUUUUUUGUAAGCAAGUAGAACGCUCCCCUUUGACAUUCUAGCAUUUCCAUCACUCACUGAGCCGCAGGAGCAGUGGGUGGCUUGCUUUGAAGCAUUUGUGCUCGUAAGAACUUGGUGAAUUACAUUUGGAAGGAGAAAUCACGGGUCACUUAUACCUCCAUACAGGUUAAAACUUAGUUUAUGAGAGUCUGUUACUCAGUUUGCAGACAGCCUCGCCAGAGACCAGGAGCAAUUACUUUUGAAGCAAGUGCAUCCAAAAUAUACAUAACCUUCUGAACUGCGAGUGCCCCAUCCCUCUCAAUUUCAUAGUAUAUUGGGGGGUUGGGAGGGCGAGGAAGUGGACUUCUUGUUUGAACAGAAAUUGCCUUGACAACACUCAGUUUGCAUCCAGAAGUGGGUGCCCCUCCUCCCCCACUAAACCUUUUAGAUUUUGUAGGUGGCCAUUUAACCUUUUAAAGCCACACUACAUGGUGCAAAUGUUUCUGGUUGCCGAAGGGUUAAUUUAUAAAAUCAAUAGAACCUCACAGAGGCUUCAUUGAUGCAGUCAUCCGAAAACAUCCCUUUUAAAGCAGCACUGUCACCCAAGAGUAACUUUAAUCAACAAAGCAUAAAAAAAUUACAUAUGUGAUACAAUUGUAUUCUAUUAGAAAUUCUACAAAACGUAUCUUGAUCGUCUUAAAAAUCGUGCUGUCUGGCAGUGUAAAAAAAAAAAAUCACAAUAUGGGUAUUAUACUUUUGUGCUGCUAUGAUGUAUAAAAAGAUACAAAUCUGCAGUUUGGGAAAGGCACAGAGAUACCAAAUGCCAACCAUAAAAAAUGGAUUAGACGGAGGGAGCAAAGUGAUAUGUGCAUCUGAUUUCCCUAUCUCUGGUGUAGAGCCUUCACAGUUAUAGUUACUAGAAGAAUCACCAUAAUAAGAAAAAAAAUGAUACCUCCAAUGUGUCCCUUUUUCAUAAGGGACAGUCACUAUCCCACAUAGGGAAACAAAAUGGUCUCUCUCUUUUAUUUCUAUAAACUCAGAAUGUUUGGCGUGUAUGCGUGUAGUACUGAACUGUACUACCCACCUAGGUCUGUGUAGUAUGCAAGAGUGUAUCACAGAGCUAAAUUCAAUAUAUUUUUUUUGUAUACCAUAGCCCCUUAAUUUUAAUGGUGUACCAUUGUUGCUGGGUAACACCAAACGUGUUGUCUAGUGAAUUCCGCUGACACCUAGUAAUGGAAAUAUAAAGUCUACACCUCUAACUUUGUACAGAAAAAAAUGUACUAUUGAAUUUGAUCAAUGUAGUUGUUCUGGUGUUUAUUGCCAGUCCCUGCAGACAUUUUAAGGUAAAUACUGUGUUUACAUUACUGCCUUGAAACACCUCUAGUGGCAGUGACUCAAAUGACCACUUGAGGUGCUUUCUGGGUAGCGCUGACAUUCAACGCCGCCACACUCUGCAUGAAGAUGCUGAACACUUUGCAUAGAGAUACAUUGAUUCAAUGUAUCUCUAUGAGGAGAUACUGAUUGGCACUGCGUUUUGCUGUGCAUGCACAAUAGCCGAAAGCAGUGGAUUGGCUGAGAUCAUCAAAUUUGGUAAUCUCAGCCAAGGAGGCAGAGUGGGGCAGAGCCAGCCACAGUGCAGUGUGCUUUUAUUAUUUUGAGGUUACAUCUGCCUGAAAGGAAUGGUUUAAUCUCACUUCUUUUGAGAAUACUAUAACACUUAAUGAAACAAGCCACAUUACUUUUGAGCCAAACAUUCCCUUUCAAAGGGCCUUUCAGGGACAUGUAAGAUCUGACUGCAGAAGGUCUCUGUAAAGGUAGAGUUUUGAUUUACCUGUUUCCAAAAACCGACGGUGCCAAUUUUAAAAAGCAAAAAAAAAGCUUUUUGAAAGAUCCUCCUCCUCACCCCCAAAAUAGCAUCCACACAUGAGAUUAACACUCAUAUAUGUGAGAAUAAGCAUCAGUAUUGAUUUUUAUAUAUAAACAUUAUUGUUUUGAAAAGACAUUUUCCAUACUGAAACAGAAUUUCAAGACAUAUUUACCCUGGAAAUUGCUAUUGACAAGGUUUAAUAAAUGUUUCACUGUAGACACAUAUUGCGGGCCCUCGGGAAAGGUCAGCCCGAAGAAGAAUUUCUGUGGCAAAUCAAAGCAUGUCAGUUACUUGCCAUUGGGUUUUAGAUAUGAGAAGAGGCAGAGAAAUUCUGGCUUGCUCACAUACAGUAAGGUAUUUUCACAUCACAAACAUAUUAACGCCAAAUAAACUGAAACAGAGAUUUGAGACCUUGCACGUUUGAGGUUAGAUAAAUACUUGAUGGGGGCUAGAGACAUUGGUUCAAACUGACCUGAUAUAUGCUCAUUCUAGACUCUCUGUGUCUUGACCUAUUCCAGAUACUUCUAGACAAUGCUUGUUGCCAUCUCCCACCUCUUUGUUGUGCUCCCAGACAGCAUCAUUUGGUCAUGCACACACUCAUACGUCACAGUCACGCUUCUUCACUUUGAUCUUUUGGCAGAGACGGAUUUUAGAUUGGUCACUUUUUAUAAAUAAACUUAUGUCCACUACUCUGGUCUUCUCUGUACCCAAUAGUGCAUUACUGAACACUUUGCUUGUUGAUUUAUGGAAGUAUUUCAAUGGCUGAACUUGACUCAUGCUGUGUUUCAUGCCAGCUUGCCCACGGGCAUAUUUUUUUCCGUCUCAUUAGCAGUGUUUCAUUAUGUGCCACCACACUAAGGACUGAUUAUGCAUAUUGCAAUUACUGUUGCUCUUUCCUAUCGUUGCUUGAAGCCUAUUCUAGCUGAUUACUCUGUGAGUAGGUGCUUAUUGAAAGGUACAGACAUAAAGUUUUGAGAGUUUCUGAUCUUCUGCCCAAUUUAUAGAAAUGGAUCCUGAAAGCUAGGGGGGAGGGAAUACAGUUUGUGGAUAGACAGUUGCUGAACAUACUAAAAGAGGAGGCCAGUUUGACGAAAUCAGGAAAUGCUCAGGACAUAUUGCAAACUUUGUGAGCAAUGGCAGGAAGGAAAGGGUAAUGGAGAAGGGGUACCAUGUAGGCAGACCAACCAACAGACAAAGAUGGCUCAAAUAACAGUAGAGUUUGGGGAAGCACUGCCUUCAUUAUAACAUGGUGAUCACCUAUAACAAGCAGCAAUGCCUGUCAGUUAUUGUCUCAGUGGCUGAUGCAGCACCUCUUGAAGCAGCAACCGAAGUUAAAAAUGUGAUUGAGAAAAAGUACAAGGCCCAAUUCUCAGCAACAAGUAAUGCUCCAUCAUACUUUCCUGGACAAUUUACUCUUCUUGAUGAUGAUGGGCAGCAGAUGAAGCAUUCUGCCUGUAGUAUGUGGCAUUCAUAUACUGCAUGAGAGAAUCUAUUAACUAAGCAAGGCAGUUUUUUUGCAUUCCUCGUUAAUUAAGAACUGAUGUCCUUCCGGCAGUAUAUUCAUUCUAUAAACUGCAGAGUAUCAUUGGUUUUGUUUUUUAAGAAGAGUCUUGUAAUAAGUAGCAAAUUUGGCAGAUGCAGACAUGAUCACGCCCAUGUAACUAUUUAAAUGGCUGCACACAGAAUGAUUUUGGGGAAAGUAGACUUUAUAUGCCUGCAGUCCCAAAACUACCAUUUACCGUGUUAACACAGAUAAAAAUUUAAAAAAAAUACCUCUUCAAUAUCAGACUUUCUCUGAGCAGUUCAUUGUCAGGUUGCAUAUUUACUUUCGUGCCCAGGAAAAAAAUGAUCAGUUUCAGGUAGAUUUUCUCGGGAGAAACCGUUGACUAGAAGCACGAGUUCCACAAUGUCUAAUGUUACCGCAAAGUGUGUUUAGAUUUCGCUUUCCCAUAAUCCCUUGCACUGCCGUAUCUAAUGACUUGUUCUCUCAGCGAAGAUGGUUUGUGUAUAUUUGCCAUAGCCAACUGCCCCCUCUCUCCGUACACAGCACUGGGAUUGAUCCGUUGCUCCCAUCAACAAUAAUUAGUCUUGUAAGACUAAUGGAAAAAGUCAUGUCUAAUUAGCCUGUUGAAGGCCCAAUUAUGCUAUUAACGUUUGUGGGCUUUAGGCUAAUAACAAGGAGAGCUGUCUAAUUUGCAUAGCAUUAAGUUAAUUGAGUUGGAAGCUCCGGGGCGGAUCGUUGUGAUGAUAGUAGGAUUUCGUUACGGAGUGGAUAAUGAUCACUGAAGUUAAGACUAUUCACCUGACAGUUUUAUUAAUUAACGCCGAUCUUGUUACCUGCAGAGUCCUUCCUUUCUAUAAAAGGGACUUGUUCCGUUUUUUUCGUUUCUUUUCUUUUAAUGAAAACCGAGAUAACUCUGCUAAUUGUUCCCUGUAAUUAAUUAUAAAGGGAUAGCUGCCUUUCUAAUCUCCACUAGUCUUACAUAUAGACGGGGUUAGCAGCUGUUUGCGAAUAGACCAAGGGAGGUCCGUAGGUCCUUGUCAAUCUUAAAGCAACGUUUUUAUUCCCGUAUGUUUUGUUGUUUUAGACAACAUUAACCCCUUAAGGGCUAAGCUUCAUUUGCAUGUUUUUCACUUAAGGACCAGAGCACUGUUUGCUAUGUGUGUGUUCUUUAGCAAUUUCAAUCUUUCUCAUUUAUUGCACCAAUACAUAUUACAUACUGUUUUUAGAAGAAACAAAAGGGCUUUAAUUUGAUAUAUAAAUUCUCAUUUAUUAAUUUUUUUAAAAUACACAAAAAUGCAAUGAAAAACAAAACAAUCACUGUUUUGGCAAUAAUAAUGGGUGCAUAAUUAGUGCAGUUUAAGAAAAGUAAUCCAAAAUAAAUCAACUUAUUUGUCCUGAUUUAAAGAGGGUUUCAGUUUAUUUUUGGUAGUUACAGGUCACAAAAUACAAAAAGCAAUAUGGAACAAUUUUAGAAUUUAGUUUGUUUGUCUUCUAAGCUUAAUAGCCAUCACAGAAAACAAAAUUGCCACAAAAAAAAGUAUAUAUUUAUAUAAAGUAGACAUCUCAGGCUUUUAACUUACAUAUUUUGACACUUUUUAAAGGAACACUAUAAGGUCAGGAACACAAACAUUUAUUUGUGACCCUACGUGUCAAUAAAACUUAUCAUAUUUCCAGCAACGCUCGUGACCGCAGCUUGGCCAAUCAGCACCUCCUCAUAGAGAUGCAUUAAAUCAGUGCAUGUCUAUGAGGAAAGUUCAGUGUCUCCAUGCAGAGCGUGGAGACAUUGAAUGUGGCACUGCACCAGGAAGCACCUCCAGUUGCCAUCUGAAGAUUGGCAAGUGGAGGUUUCACUAGGGGGCAAUGUAAAACACUGCAUUUUCUCUGAAAAGACCAUGAUUACAUGAAAAUGCCUGUAGGGACUGACUAUACUCACCAGAACAACUACGUUAAACUGUAGUUGUUCUGGUGACUAUAAGGUCCCUUUAAGUAGCCAUUUAACGGCCAAUCUCUGCUAAAUAUUGUAGUAAAAGUUUUGUUUUUUAACAUUUAGCAAGGUGCCAUAUUGUGUUCAUCUACAUCUUCUGAGUACAGCAAUACUCCUAGCGUUUGACUUUUCCUAUCGUGUGAAGCUGCAACACCAUGUAAGAGACCUGACCAUUUCAGUUUUUUACAGUUGGAUUUGAUGGGCCUAUUUUGGGGCGCUAUAGCAGUUUUACUUUUCAAAUUAUGCCACAAAGGCAUACAAUUUCCAUUUGUGAAAGUAGACACUCCAGGAUAUCUCAUGUAGUGUAUAUUGUGCCUUAAUGUGAUGCCAUUUUUUUUUAAUGGCAAAUUGAUGAUUGAUCUAUGGUGCAUUCUGGGGCAUUUUAGUAGCUCAUAUAUUUAAAUGACUCCAUAAAUGCAUAGUGUUUGCAAAAAUGGACACCUUGGACCUAUCACAAUACAUUUUCAGCUGUAUUGCUUUAUUAUUUUUAAAGGAACAGGAUAGUUUUAGGAAUACUAAAGUGUAAUUCUAACACUAAAGUUCCCCACUGAAAGGACUGUUGUCUCCUCCCCCGCAAAGUAAAGGGUUUAAAAAAAAACCUUAUCUGAUUCCAACAUCAAUGUCUCUCAGAGCUGGGUAUGGCUCCUCCUCCUCUUACAUCAACAAUCCUGGGAACCCUAAUGCGUGUUGAGUGCCACACUCAUUAAGUCUUCCACAUAGGAAAACAUUGAUUUUAACCCCCUGGAUGUCCUCAUGCAAAGUGUGAGGACAUCUAGCGUCCUUUUUACAGUGUCAAAAGCUCUGAAACUCCAGGAACCAGUCUGAAUCCUUUUUUACAUUGCAGGGUUAAGGGGAUGAAGUGGUUUGGGUGCCUAUAGUGUCCCUUUAAAAUUUUAAAUACACAUUACAUUUGUUAUGCUUUUUAAAAUCUCAUGUGUCCCAUUGUAAUAAAAUUAUGUUAGUGUCAGCAAUACAUGUUUGUGUUCCUGACACUAUAGUGUUCCUUUAAGACACUUAACUAGGCACGCUUAGUAUUGUUGUGAAGUUUUGUUAUACACUCAGACACACCAACAACAUGGAGCUCCUAGAAAAGGGAGUGAUUAGGAUAGGAACAGAAGGAUUUUGGCACAAAGUAGUAACUGUCCCUCCUAAAUAGGGACACUUGAGAGGUAUGCGUCCAGUAUCAUCUCUCUGAAGGUAAAUGGAGAAUAGUGGUGUUAGUGAAGAACUACAGGAUUCUUCACUUUUUUGGCCUCCAAGAAAGAGCUUUACAUGACUCCAGCUCACCUUCUUCAUCGUCUAGGAGUUCCAUACUUUAGUGGAUUUGUUCACCUGGACUUUUGGUUAUUUCUGCUAGACUAUAUGCCCACUAUACUAUAUCUACUGGUACUUCAGUUGAUUUGGUGUGCUUGUUCCCAUACUAGGAAGUUUUUUUUCAACACUUACCCAGUGUACUGUUAGGUCCCUGAAUUACCUAAUGCUUUUAUCUCUUUGGAGUUUUAUUUAUUUGCUUAUUUAAAGAGGUAAAACAAGUAUUUGAUCCCAUGCUGAUUUUGAAUGUUUGUCCACUGUCAAAGAAAUGAUCAGUCUAUAAUUUUAAUGGUAGGUGUAUUUUAACAGUGAAAGACAGAAUAACAAAAAUAUAAUACAGAAAAACGCAUGUCAAAAAAGUUAUAAAUUGAUUUGCAUGUCAAUGAGUGAAAUAGUAUUUGAUCCCCUAUCAAGCAGCAAGAUUUCUGGCUCCAAGGUGUCUUUUAUACAGGUAACGAGCUGAGAUUAGGAGCACUCUCUAAAGGAAGUGCUCCUAAUCCCAGCUCGUUACCUGUAUAAAAGACACCUAUCCACAGAAGCAAUCAAUCAAUCAGAUUCCAAACUCUCCACCAUGGCUAAAACUAAAUGAGCUGUCCAAGGAUGUCAGGGAAAAGAUUGCAGACCUACACAAGGCUGGAAUGGGCUACAAGACCAUCGCCAAGCAGCUUGGUGAGAAGGUGACAACAGUUGGUGCGAUUAUUCGCAAAUGGAAGAAACACAAAAUAACUGUCAGUCUCCCUCGUUCUGUUGCUCCAUGCAAGAUCCCACCUUGUGGAGUUUCAAUGAUCAUGAGAACGGUGAGCCUAGAACUACACGGGAGGAUCUGGUUAAUGAUCUCAAGGCAGCUGGGACCAUAGUCACCAAGAAAACCAUUGGUAACACACUAUGCGGUGAAGGACUGAAAUCCUGCAGCACCCACAAGGUCACCCUGCUCAAGAAAGCACAUGUACAGGUCCAUCUAAAGUUUGCCACUGAACAUCUGAAUGAUAAAGAGGAGAACUGAGUGAAAGUGUUGUGGUCAGAUGAGACCAAAAUGUUACUCUUUGACAUCAACUCAACGUGUUUGGAGGAAGAGGAAUGCUGCCUAUGACCCCAAGAAUACAAUCCCUAACGUAAAAUAUGAAGGUGGAAACAUUAUGCUUUGGGGGUGUUUUUUCUGCUAAGGGGACAGGACAACUGCACCGCAUGAAAGGGACGAUGGACAGGGAUAUGUACCAUCAAAUCUUGGGUGAGAACCUCCUUACUUCAGCCAGGGCAUUGAAAAUGGGUCGUGGAUGGGUAUUCCAGCAUGACAAUGACACAAACACACAGCCAAGGCAAUAAAAGGAGUGGCUCAAGAAGAAGCACAUUAAGGUCCUGGAGUGGCCUAGCCAGUCUCCAGACAUUAAUCCCAUAGAAAAUCUGUGGAGAACGUUGAAGGUUCAAGUUGCCAAACGUUAGCCUUGAAACCUUAAUGACUUUGAGAGGAUCUGCAAAGAGGAGUGGGAAGAAAUCCCUCCUGAGAUGUGUGCAAACCUGGUGACCAAGUACAAGAAACGUCUGACCUCUGUGAUUGCCAACAAGGGUUUUGUCACCAAGUAUUAAGUCAAAGGGGUCAAGAACUUAUUUCACUUAUUGACAAUUGAUGCAAAUAAAUUUUUACCUUUUUUGACAUAGUUACAUAGUUACAUAGUUACAUAGCUGAAAAGAGACUUGCGUCCAUCAAGUUCAGCCUUCCUCACAUUUGUUUUUUGCUGUUGAUCCAAAAGAAGGCAAAAAAACCCAGUUUGAAGCACAAUUUUGCAACAAGCUAGGAAAAAAAUUCCUUCUUGACCCCAGAAUGGCAGUCAGAUUUAUCCUUGGAUCAAGCAGUUAUUACCCUACAUUGAAGAUUAUAUCCAUGCGAUUUUCUGAAUUUUAUUUUGUGUUAAUCUGUCUCUCACUGUUAAAAUACACCUACCAUUAAAAUUAUAGACUGACCAUUUCUUUAACAGUGGGCAAAUUUUCAAAAUCAGCAGGGGAUCAAAUACUUUUUUCCCUCACUGGACUUUUUGCUAAUUCUAUUUUUUUUUGUGCUAAUUUUGGACAGGGUAACAAAUAAACUGUCAUUUUUUUUUUUUACAGUUGCGCUCCUUUACUGUACAAUAUUAAUUUUUAGGCUGACUUUGAAAAUUUUGAACAAAAUUUCCUAGAUGAAAAAAAAAAAAAAUCACCAACUUGGUUAAAUUGGACAUAUUUUUUAAAAUCCAUUUAUUUUUACUUAAAUAUUACAAAUCGGUUGAUGCUCUGUCUCACUGUUUAGCAAACAAACCUGAGUGAAUUUGAGGCUUCUCAAGGUCACUCUACAGACCAAGUGUUUUUAUAUAUGAUAUAAACACUGCUCACUGCGAUACAGCCUAAUGACAUGGUAAUUAGCAGGAUCCUAAAAUUCUAGUUGGAUUACAGCCCUUGAGUACCGAUUCAAGGUCUGUAAGUGAACAGCAAUGCAAUUUUCAUUUUUAAUCUCUUGUUACCAAGCCAAGAGUUAAUUAUUCAGUCCUUCUAAAACCCACGGAUCUCCCCCCAAACCUGUGAAGUCAUCUAGUGAGUGUUAGCGAGAUGUUAAACAAAAGACUAUCGUAUGCUGGUGCCUUUUAAUCAUGUAAUUGCAGAGUGUCAUUUAACACGGACGCGUUCUGUUACCCCCGUCAGUUUAAUGAAUGGAGGAGGACUAGCAGUGUCACCCCCUCCCCUAUCUGCCUUCUGCCCCUGAGGCUUGCGGCCUUCUGAGGAAGGAGCACUUUUAACUACACCGAAGUUUGGCCAGGCUUCUACAUAUUACAGAAGCAACACGAACGCAUACAAUUGAAGUCUUUGAAAACAAUAAAAUAUGCAUGGCUAUCGCUGACAGCGCCACAAAGUCAAGCAAUUAGCAGUGUAAUCCAAGAGGCUGGCAGCCGAUCGGAGAGGAGUUUGCGGUUCUCUAUUAGUUAAAUGCAUUUUGUAGGUCCUCAUUCCAUCAAAUCAACUAACACUUCCUUUAAUUGGCUGAUAAAUUAUACAGCUGCACGCAUUAUAAUUUAAUAACUCGUAAACAUUCCUAGGGUCUGCUGUAAAGUCUAUAUCGCUCUCAUUAAUUCCUUAAUUUCAGCUGAUGGAAGAGGAGAUGGGAUGAGCAUGCUAGUGCAGUGAGCCCCGGGCUAUGAAAUAAGGAAAAGGGACCAGGGAAGGGGGGUGGGGGGGCGUCCUUUUAACGCUUAUUUUUUUUUAUUUAAUUUUUUUUUUUUUAAUUUUUUUUUUUUUUAACACGGCACUGUCGGAAACUCAAUCUGUGAGCUGUCAACCGUGCCAGGUUGCCCCCUCCCCAUACAAAGGGUGACUGACAGAUUCCUACCAAGUCUUGUCAAGCUAUCUUUAAACAUCAAGCCAGCCAGUAAACAGAACCCAAUGUAUAUUAAAUCUUGUUAUACCACCCGCCCCUUCUCAUUGCUAAUUCUACCACUCCACCACCAGCACCACCAUCCUCCUCGCCCCCCCCCAUCCCACUCACUCUGUCUUCAUGAAUAUUUCAUACCAGCCAGCAUAAAUAUUAAUUCUAAUAGCUCAGUAUAGUAGUUAUUAUUUCUGUUUUGUGACAAACAUACAUUAAAUAUUCAGAAAGCUUUUUAUAUAUAUUUAAAAAAAAAAGAGAGAGAGAGAGAAAUUUACACACUUGAUUGCUGAAAUAAAUUUCUCUCUAUCCUGGGGACAUUUGGGAAAUCCUAAUUUUGUGUUUAAUUCUAUUGGAUUUAACCCCUUGUAGUUAAAUGGAUUAGGCAAGCGUUAUGGUAUCUAACAGAAUUUUAUAUGACUUUUAGGCUGUUUAUAAUUGAAGUAUUCAUGACAUAGACAUGGGAUGAAUAAAAUGAAAUGUUAUAUUUCUGGAAGUAUAAAUUAAGUAGAAUUUUCAGUUGAAGUUGAUUGUUCAUUGAUUAUUCACACGAGGUCUUAUGUAAUUGUUUAAAUGACAAUUAUAUGUGUUUGUUAUUAAUGACUGUGAGGCCUCUCCUAAGUGUAUAGCUCAGUCAGUUAAUACACGAACUGCAGUACCUAAUCAAAUGGUGGAGUUGCAGGUUUCAAACCACAUUUUCAUUCUUCCGAUAUCAUCAUAAUGGAUACAAUUGAGUUGGGAAACUGUAGCACCUCUUAGAAACCUGGCAAUUUGUUUAAAUUUGAGUGACUUGGGGAGGAAAACAUUGUGUAAAAUGAGAAUAAUCAUAUCGUUUGAUAGAUAUUUUUACUUAUCACUGUUCACCUAUAUGAAACUUUAUAAAUAAUUUUAGACUUUUUCUAUAAGCUACGAAAUUUGUAUUAAUAAACUGUCAAUUAUGUAUAUAUACUAUAUAUUAUGAAUCCCUCUGCAGCCCAUUUUAUUAUUAAGUAGCUGUUAAGACUACAUUUUGUCAAGGUGAUAGCUAGGGUUCUAACCUUAUUGUUUGCAGAUCAUGCAGUUGCGAUUGUUGCCUAGGUCACAAAAUCUGUAUUCCCAACACUAAAAUGUUCCACUGCGCCCACUUUGCAACCCCGGUAAAGAGUUAAAAUCCCUUUUUAAAAUUGCUUUCUUUCAGCUCUGAGGUCACUUAUUGCUGGCUCCGUCUUCCUCCGUCAUCAGCGCUGAAGGGGCAAUCUAAUGCGCAUGCGUUCCGAGCACUGUAUGCGCAUUAGGCAUUUGAAGAUGCUGGAUGUCCUCAUUCACAGCAUUGUUUUAUAGAGUGAAACAGCAGGAAGCGCCUCUAGUGGCUAUCUGAGAGACAGCCACUAGAGGCAGUCUUAAUCUUCCAAUGUAAACAUUGCAGUUUCUUUAAAACUGCAAUGUUUUACGUUGCAGGAUUAAGGGGACAGGAACCGUGCACCCAGACCACUUCAAGGAGACGAUAAAGUCUUGGUGUCUAUCGGGUCCCUUUAAGUUAUAAAAAAACGUCAGCCUUACAGUGAGAGGGAGUGGUAUACUGCUGGGUAACCACGAAGCUGGCUGAGCAUCAUGGGAAAUGUAGUCCAUUGCAAUAACUAAAAACAUGAAAUAUAUGCAUCUAAUAUGACUAAUCCCUUUGCUUACACUCUGCAUUUCAAUAGCUGUGACAGAUGUGGUCUGGGGCAAACAUGUUGCAGCACCUUCAGUCAAUGAGACUGCAGAGCCAAUGAAAGAAGCACAUUAAGAAAUGUGUCACUGGUCCUUCGCUACGGACCCCCAUCAGCGAAAUUUACUAAAGUGAAAAUUAAAAGUGAAUUUCAAAUUUAAGACUAGAGUAACCAGGUGAAAGCGAAGUUGGCAUAGAAAAUUAUUAUUUUUUUAUUUUUACCUUAAAUUUGAAAUUCGCUUCGAUUAACCUUGAAUUCUCACUUUAUUGAAUAUUGCUGUAUGUGUAUGUUCCACUCUGCAAAUGUCUUAAAGACUAGUGCAACAGGGGAGAAAUAGAGGAUAAUGUCAAACACAGACCGAUCUUCACUAAUCUUCACUAAAAGGUAAUGGCACAACAUGGAUUACAUAAAAAGCAAUGGGUUGGCGGGCAAAAUUCGAAAAAUGGAGCAAUCACUAACAACCAGUGAGAAUUCUGCUAAAUGCUCCACCUCCACGUAUAAAAUUUAACCUCAAAACUGUCUAUAAUCCAGUGAUUUUACUAAUACUUUAUGUUUUCGAUUACAUGACGGAUUUCAAAAAUCCAAGCAUUUUUGCCGCUUACAAUACAACAGUACAAUGGUUCUGUAAAUGGUAAAAUAAAUAAAUAAAUAUUCAACCCAUUAAACCUGGAGGUUUGGAUUAUUUUAUGGUGGAUCUAUACGGGUUAUUUUUUAAAUAUAUAUAUAUAUAUAUAUAUAUAUAUAUAUAUAUAUAUAUAUAUAUAUAUAUAUAUAUAUAUAUAUAUAUAUAUAUAUAUAUAUAUCAGAACGUGCCGCCUCUAUACUAAAUAAAGUAAAUGCUCUGACUACUUGGUAAGAAAAGUGUAAGAAUAUUAACAUCUCCAGCAGAGCAGGGUUUAAUUGUCAAUAGUUCGAUUUGUUUUGUUUUUUGGCAUAUUUCUACUUUUCUUUUUCUUUUAGAUUGUAAGCUCCUAUGUCAUGUGUUUUGCUGGAAUUCAAUGUUUGUGUUGUUUACCUAGUGUACAGUGCUGAGGAUUAUGUUGGCGCUAUAUAAAGAACUGUCAUUUUUUAAAAUUUUUAACUGAUUUCGCAUUUGUAUAAAUUAUUACUACCAGAGGGAAGUGUGAUAUAUCCAAAUUCUAGAUCUUAGAAAUCAUUCACUUCACUGCAAGAUGAAAACGCCAAUCACUUUUCUUCUUGUUUGUCUCGGCAGAGUUUUUUUCCUGGACAUCCCAGACUUCACUGCCAUAGAGCGCCUGUCUUACCGUAUGACAGAUCCUGUCUCAGGAGAGAGGUUGGUACUGACGAUUAUUAAAUAAAGAUGAUCUGAUCAUAUUGACUCGCCAACAAGAAAACACUUAGACAGGCUGUAAUGAGUGGGGGUUGAAAAAGAACUGGUAAACCCAUCAAAUCUACACACUCAAACCAAACCAUGCUGACAAGCCAUGGGCUUACAGAUACACGCCUACCUGAUGUUGGUAGAAAUUGGAUUAUUAUGUCAAACAGAGAACAAUUCUACAGACUUUAGCGGUUAGUUAAGGCUUAUUCUCUAAACUGUGAGAGAGCAACAGUCUUGUAAAACAGGCCAAAACUGUAGAGAUAAAAAAAACAGACAUGAACACAUUUAAUUAGCUUAUGAAAGAAUAUAAACAAAUUGCAUGUUUUAAGCCAAAAUGAAAAAAUGUAGAAAUUUUCUAGAUCUCGGCUUUUUUGUUUACAAAUUUGCGGUGCCCUUCUCAAUUCUCCACAACUCCCGGUUUAGCAAAAACAUCCCACUAUCUUGCUAAAUGUGCAAUCAGUAUAUAGUUAGUAAACAAAGAACAUUCACAAAUGGAAUAACUGAUUGCGUAUAUACUCAUAAGUAAAAGUUUGAGAUGUAAGAAAGUAUUUGUGAAGCUAAGAAGAAGUAAUAUUCAGGUUUUUGCUGAGUUGGAAAACUUUUUCAGUUCAGGUACUUUGGCAUAAAAUAUGAAUUGUCCUCGUCAGUUCUUCAUAUUUCCUACUUAGGUGAGCAAAUUCCAAUUCUAAAUUUAAAUUUGUAUGUGCUAGUUAACGCAUACAGACAUGUAUACUGGGUGGUUAUUUUAGAAUUAUCUUCUUUUUAUAUAUUUUUAAUAAUAAUUAGUUUUACUGCAUGAGCCCACCAUUUCCUCCACCUUUUAAAGCUACAAUGUCUUCCUUUGUGCUUUAAUACAUGUUGUUGUACAGAUUAUAAUGACUUGGGAUUCUGGGAGUUGUAGUUCAGCUGUUAGUUUGCUAUGGCAGACAGCUAACAUGUGCAAGCAUUGUGAUUGGCUUUUUUGGGGAGAACUUACUGUAAAUGUUGCCUGGAUAUUUGCAGCAAGUACAAGUCUUUUUUUUUCCCCACCAUUUUUAAUCUUCUUUCAUACAUUUACUUAAAGGAACACUCCAAGCACUAUGACCACUAAUCUGCUUACAGUUUAGGGGUAAUAAGCAGGCUCCAGGGCAUUCCUGGCACCAUAACUACUACAUCACACUUUUGUGGUCAUGGUCCCUGGAGUGUUCCUUUAAUGCAUUUUCUAAAAAGAAGAGUCAUCUCCAGCCUGAUUAUUAAAAUAAUUUUUGCUUACUUACCCCUCAAAUUGUGUAGUCCAGAAUUAUUAUUAAACUGUAGCCCUCAGCAAUCUUUUUUGGACUAUAACUCCGUAAAUUCUCUUUCAGCCCAUACAACUAUCAGAGAAUUAUGGGAAUUGUAGUGCAACAGCUGCUGGGUAUACCUAGUGUAAACCUCUCAUCGUCUUCCUCAUGAACAGAGGCACCUGCCAAAUCUCCGCAGAGAGUGCUUAUAGUUACAGUCCCCCAUAUCUAGAAUUCGUGCUGCCAGAUUGCCACUUUUUCCUGAAACCUUGAUACAUUAUGCAUUUUGUGAGACUGAGAAUGCCCCCUGUGUAUAUCAAUCAAUUACUCAUGACCAGCAUCCCAAACAGAGUGUUGAAGGGAACCACAAAAUUGCUUCCCUGCAGUAUGUGGAAUUCAUACACUGCACGAUUCCUGACCUGCAGCAUUUUAAAUAAACAUACUGCCCAUCGAUAUAUAUAUACCUGAUAUUUGUCCAUACAAACCCAAUCCCAUUAUACAUCAAUGCUGCUCACUGUACUAAAAGCACUUCCCCAUGACGUUAACAAGUACCAACCAAUUAAACAAAUGCAAAAAACUGACACAUAUGAUGUCUAAAUAAUCCACUAGUGCAGUCCUAGUUUUAAUGAAGAGCAAAUUGUAAUUACUGACAUUUCAGGCUGUAGUGUACAUUGAAAAGAGCUCCUUUUCUGCUUUCCAAAAUGUCUAUUAUUGCAUUUUGCUCUCCAUUAAAACAGAGACUGCAUUAGUGGGUCCUUCAAACACCAUUUGCGCUUGUUUUUAAUUUGUUUAAAGUGGUUGGUACUAAUCCCAAAGGAGUGCCUCUUUAAUCAUCAAGAAAUGCCAAAGGACCUGCCAUGAUUAGGAAUGUAAAUUUACUUGUGCAGCAUAGGAAUGCUACAUACCUCAGUGCUGCAGUUUUGAUAUGUGGCCCAUUAUUCUGAACAAGAGAUACCUUGGUGGGUCUGAUAACACUGUUAUGUUGUUUGACGUAGCAGAAGCACAUAACCACAAUAUUCAUCUCUCUAACAUUGCCAGGUAUCACAGCAUCUACAAACCAGCUCCUGGUGUGGACGUACAUCAGCGACUGCAGCAGAAUCCGAAGGACUCUGAAGAUCAGGUUCAGGCGCGGCUGGAAAUGUAUCAUGCCAAUGCCGAGGAUCUGGAGGAGUUUUAUCAAGAUGUCAUUCAUGUUAACGCUGAUCAAGACCCAUACACGGUCUUUGAGUUCAUCGAAAGCUGUAUUAUCAAACCCCUUCCCAAGAGCGUCCCUGGGGAUCCCGCGUCUCCCUAAUCACUCUCAGCAGAUACAGCACAAUCUAUUAGACUGGAUCGGCAAGCCAUGUCAUAAAGGCUAUUUUAUUCCGCCAUAGAGAGAAAUGUCAGAUUCCUUUUUCACUUAACUUUCUGAGUGCCAGAAAGUGACACAACAUCCUGUCGCAGUGACAGGGGAAUUGACUGCUGCUCACUCUUCCCAACCAGGGGGUCAGUCACUUCCAUGUUACCUCUUUCCCAGCAACUCUGAUCUUUUAUUCACAUCUUACAAGGCCUUGUGCAAAGAUCCAAAAAUAAAAUAUUUUAUCAUUUUAAUUUGCAGUUUACUUUGCCUACCUUUCUAGGGAUGGUGUGUGUGUGUCACGUCACUGUAAGCACCAUGGUAGUAGUAUGGUAGUGGCUGUGAUUCUACGAAUUUGUCCAUGCAAAUGAAUUUAUGUAUUUUAAAUCCUCAUCAACACUUAAAUGGUUUGCAGCUCCAUCUUGGAUGCCCAGGCUCCACCUUCUUUGCCGUGAUGUAAUUGGGGGAAUUCUAGCUUCCCCAUUGAUCCAUCAAAGACUUGUAUUUUAGUCUCGUUUACUUACAGGAGCUGCUCUAUGUGAGUAUUUGUGCACUCACGCAGUCCAAAAGGUUGGAUAGCCCUGAAAGUGACUGAAAAGUAAUUUUAAAAUGUUACGCCAAAAUUUAAAAAUAGAUGUCCGCUAUGAUUUUGGUUUAUGUCUUUUGGCCUAAACUCCCUGCAUUUCACACAUCAUUGAAUAAACCAGAAAGUGUUAAAG